GGCUGAACAGGAGGCUUUGGACGGCAGGAGUCGGGGCCGUCGGUAGAUGGCGGUAACCCAAGAAACCUGAUCCAGCGGCUUCUCGGGCUCCCUGUCUCAGUUUGCAGCACUCACACUGAAGGCAGAGGAGCUGAGCACUUUUGAAGGACAUAAAAAAACACACACAGGAGAAGAGAGAGAGCGAGAGAGAAAGAAAGAGAGAGGGGAAGAGGGAGGGAGAGAGAGAGACACAGAGACAGAGAGAGAGAGAGAGAGAGAGAGAGAGAGAGAGAGAGCUGACGGCGGGUCCUCUCGAGUUUAGCGCGCGCAGCCCUCGCGAGCCCGGAGAGCCGGAACGCUUUUUUUUUGCCGCAAAGAAGACGAGGAAGACAAAAAAACGGGAAAAGUCCAGACACCAUGGAAGACCAGUCGAAUUCGUUCUCCAGCAGCAAGGAGGAGAAGGCGGAUGGGAAUAAUGUUUUUCAGAGGCAAGACUCGAUACAGAAAAAUAACACGGGCAGCCAGAAGGACCAUGGCAACUCCGUGGGCUUCAAGGGGGAGCGCGAAGAGGCCAUGGUCGGCUUUGACGAUCUGGAGGGGGCGGCCAGGCAACACGGGUUUAUGCAGAGGCAGUUUGGGGCCAUGAUGCAGCCCGGAGUCAAUAAGUUCUCCUUGCGUAUGUUCGGCAGUCAGAAAGCGGUGGAGAAAGAGCAGGAGAGGGUGCAAACGGCCGGAUACUGGAUCAUUCAUCCAUAUAGCGAUUUUAGGUAAGGGCUGGAAAAGACACCUGCUCCUCACCCCCACCACCACCACCUCCUCCUCCUUUACCCCCCCUAGGGUCUGCAAGAUAUACACUUUCACACAUAAUGCUCUGUCAUCAACACACACACAUACACACACACACGCACGCACACUCUCGCAUCUACCUUAAUCAUUCUCCAAAACACGAGUGUGUGUGUCUCAUUGCGGCAUUUCUAUUCUAAUAUGAGGGACGCGUUCAGGCUUCAAAGGUGUAUCAGUGAGAUGUCCUUGGAAAAAACAUGCUGAAUGUCAUCAUUUCACACACACGCACACACACACACACACACCCUGACACAAGCGCACGUUUUCUCCCUCAACCACAAUAACACACGCACACACACCACUGUCAGGUCCUCAUUGCGACACAUCCCCGUGUACCUGGACACAACGUGACAGUGCCAUUGCACCAUCACGGGUGUAAACAUUUCCUUGUAGGCGGCGGGGAGACAGCGGCAGGCCUACACGUCAAAAUAUAUGCACAAAAUGCGGUAAAAUCGUGCAGAGGAACGAUUAAAGAGGAAAAAUAGGCGUGUUUUUGUAUUAAUGAGCUCAAAAUUUGCAUUAAAAUUUCAUGAUAAAGUUGCACAAUUAGCAGUCAGCGGCACUGAUGCAUGAGGGACGUGUUGUGGAAAUGUGAUGGAAUGUGUUUGUUGGAAGUGGAGCUGCAGGAGCAUCAUGCAACACUUCCUUUAUUAGCUUAAAGAUGUGUUAAUGAUCACUGAAUACAGCCUGCAUCAGUGACUAAUUGUGUAUUUGUGGAUUUACUAACAUAAAUUAAUCAGAAGUUAGAUUAGAUAUAACCUGCCACCUCUAAUCUGCAGCAUAGUGACAAAAAAAAAGUUGUACAGUGUAUCCCAGGUUAAAGUGUAUUCAAUUUUCGUACAUACAGGCAAAUUACAUGUUAAACAGCCUGAUGGAAAGAGGCAACCAUGUGUUUGGCAGGUGAGGCCGGUCAGUUUGACUUUCAACAAACUGCUUCUAAUUUGUCCCACAUUUCCAGCACAAUGACUUCAAACAGCAAACAAAUGAGAUCAGGUAGGGCCAGAGCUGGUACUCCACAAGCCGCGUGUUUACAGUUCACCACUCAAACCAAUUAAGCAUCUCAUCUGGCCCAGUCUGUUCACCAGCGUUCCCCUGACGCAACUUGACGCUGACAAUCAUCCUCGUUUUCCACUGAAGCUACAUGUAACGUGCCGGGGCAUGUAGAUCUGCCCUCUGCCUUUAACGUGGAGCUGUCCGUGGUGCUGAACUCACUGCAGGCCUCAGUAUGUGCAGCACACUGUUUCGGACUCUUCCACCGGCUUGUCUGACUGUGUGGCUUUCCUUUGCUUUUAUUCACUCACAAAUAUUUAAGUAUAACCAUUUCUCUUCAGCGCAUUGUUCCCUAGCUAUAAAAUUAAUCCUACCGGGAUAUCCUGUACCCACCCAAACAAUGACACAGGCAUAUGCACACGCCCAUCUGCACACACAGAUGUACAAUGACAGUGGGCAUGGAUUAAAAGCCCAACACAACAGUCAAUGGGCUUAACGGUCUCUGAAAACAAUUAUGUAAGGAGAUUGCCCCCUCCAAAAAUGACUAAAGGGUAGAGGCUGAGCAAUGGGAUGAUAUGUAUUUUCCUGUUUUAAGUUACGGUUAGUUACGUGUGUGGGGAUGUGAUCGAAAAAAAAUGAAGCAAGUUACAAUAAAACUUCAUAAAACUACCAGUACAAUCAAUAUGCAAGUAUGUGAAACUCGUAAAAAUACUUGAAUUGCCAAAAAAAUGAAAGAAAGGAAGAAAAAAAAGUCAGAUUAAUGGUGUGAUAAGAGAUUUAAAUUUGUAUCGUGUUUCCUUUUGUUCCCAAAAUCACAUGUUUCAGUCAGCAAAUCACAACAGUGAUCAUUAAAAAGGCAGUGUCAUUCCACCUCCUGAUAUUUGUGGAAAAAUCGUCAAAAAAAGUUAUCAACCAGUCUCUGUUUUCUUGGGUUCCGCAGUUUAUACUCAAAGCCUGUUGUAUGCUGAUUGAAAUUGGAGAAAGCGUGCAGCAAUGACAGACCGUCUAAACAUGUAUAAUAAGAGACUUAUUGUGCCAUCGACAGGGAGUUUCUCAUGUAAUCAAAACUCUGACGGAGAUCAGCUUUUUUUUAUUUCUACUGUAUCGGAAACCAGUGAACAGAUUCCCCCUCCCACCCCCAGGAUACUUUCCUUCCACAUGACAUUUCGCAAAGGGCGGUUUUUCAUAGGCAGUCCUUGUCCUCUAGCCACUUUAAAGACACAGCCCCCUCAAUAACAGAGAGGUUGCCUCCUGGCUUUAAAGUGCUACAGUGCUGUGAGGUUACAUCCCAAUGCUUCAAGCUGCCUCUCCUGCUGGUGCAUCAAUCAUGGAGGUGAAGGGUACACUUUGCCUGGCAGCUCUCCUUGCACUGAGGCUUAAAAGGUAAUCUGUACUUUAGGGAUCAACUUAACAACCUAAUUAUUUUGGUCUGGUUUUUUUUUGCUGCAGAGUUUUAGCACCAAGUAUUCUCAGUUUUGUGAUGCUCUGAUUUUUGCUGCAGAACCUCAAAUAUCCAAAAUGAGGCAACAACAAACUAAAAAAAAAACAAAAACACAGCACGGUCCUUUAAUGAAAACUCUUACGUAAGAACAGUCCCUGAAUGACACCACCAUUCACGUGGACUUUAUUGUGGGAGUGUUUGAAACUCAAUAUCCGACAUAUUCUUUGUACACAGUGGCUGCUUAAAGUUUAAUGGCAGGUUAGUAAUAUUCAUUAUUCAUCGUUUUUCAGAGAGGCCUCAUGCACCAGCCUCAUACGCCUCUGCUUAUGCUAAGGAGAGGCCUUUGUCAUACUCUGAAAGACUCUCAGUGAUGUUUUCUUCCAGAGUGGACACAUGGGUGUGCUCUCAGCCAUUACAAAACAUCAUCCAAUCAUAAUCCAAAUGCCCACGCAGUUUUUCUCAUGUUCUUGCAAUUACUUUUCUUGCCUUUCAAACUUUGCCUGACAUCUGGAGUUUGUUGCUGGAAAAAUAAGGGUCUAUUUCUUCUUAUUUGCAGCCAGGAAUCUUUUUAAAAUGACUCUACCAAAUUUAAGGAUCCUGUAAUGUAACCAUGCUUCUCUGCAUGAGGAUUUCCACAUGUUCAUCGCUGCUUCCAAAUAAGGUUUAGGGGUAGAUUCAUGAUUUUUUUGCACGCUUAUUUCGAUCCAAGCUCCAUGUUGUUCCAUAAAGUUGUGAAAAGUCUGUACCACGUGUUUCUCGUUGGAUUGCACAGGUCAGACUUGUGCGGGGGUUCCCUCUGUUGCCCUACAGAAGAGCUCUGCCACACAUUAAAAUGGAGAAACUUACGAGCAGACAUUAGCGAGUUAGAUUUGGAGCAGGGUUGUUUGAUUCUUGCACCUCAGCCUGAGCCGGGUCUCUGAUCCACCACAAAGGUUAGGCACUUAAGUACGAUGGUUUGUCCUCUGCAGAUUUUCUUCUUUGGGGAUGUUAAAGUGAAAUGCAGCCUAUACAGAUGAAACGUCUGCUUUUAGCUGCUGGUUUUUACUUGAGCUUGGUGUUUUCCCAGAGCUGGAGCACUGAAGCACUGUAGAAAGUUCUGGAAGCAGUUUCAGAGCUUUAGAGCUCACUGCAUUGGCACACUUGUGACUCACUCUCUAAAAGGCAAGGAGAGGACUGCCAUAAAAACAACCAUCUACUAAAAUGUGCUUUAUUUCAUAGGGGAUUUCUCUCUAAACUUUGAACUCUGUGAACACAGACAGUUGAAUGCAGCAUGGCUUGCAGUCUACCAUAUUCAAGUUUCUAAAUCUAGAAGUGAAACAAUGUUUUAUUCAUUAGCUGAGUGGGUGUAUUGGAGGUCAUGAACAGUAUAAAUACCACCUACUCAAGCCAUCAGAGGAGUAGAAAUGUCUUAGAGGUGUGGGUACUCUGUUGGCUCUCAGUUUCAAAACAAAGCCUUGGAAUAAAGCCAUUUAAAUAUAUUAUAACAUUUCAUAACUUUAAGCUAUCUCUUAGUUUUCCCACACUGGUUUUGAAAUCAUUUUAACAGUAAUCGUAAGAGAACAAAAAUAGUAAAUAUAUAUUUAAAAAAUGGUUAAAAAUAUCUUUUAAGUCAUGUUUUAUGCAUAUUUUGCCACACAUGAAAAGAUCUUAAAAGUGUUUCUUACUGAUAAGCAAUAUAAAUAGUGUCUUACAUGAGAUUUAUUCACUGCAGACUCUUAUUUACAACUACAUGAUAUGUAAGAAGUGUGAGGUCCUAACAUGUCGGAUUAAUGGGCACCAGUUGGCUGAAAACCAUCUCCAUUGUUGCUGUAUACACAGCCGCCGUCUGAAUUUAAUAGCUAGCUUUAGAAAAUUCAAAGAUGUUCUCCGCUUUGAUGUCCCACUCAAAGUGUUGAGUCAAUCUCCAUUUGAAAAGGCCACUCUUAGGCCUCAGUUCAAUGCCUGCUGGUGUAAAAAUACCGAUAGUGGAUAUUUUGAAACACCUAGAUGGCCGCUCUGUGGCUGAAGUGAAGACAAUUAUCGGACACAUGAUCUGUGGGUAUUUAUAAAGCCAAGGCCCCAUCUUAACUCAUUCAAAUGUAUCCAUUACUGCGUAGAUGGUCUGCAAGCCAGACAGGCAGCCUGCCAGCCAGCAAGUCCAUUUCUGUGCUCAACAUCAGCCGUGCACAGGCAGCAAGGCAGACUGUGCGGAUGGCGUCAGUGGAGAGUUUUUAGCAUGAGAUAGGAUUCCUGAAAGCAUCUAUUUUCAUUCAUGGUUGCCCGGCCUUUAUCGAGGGCCUGGACACGUGGCGAAAAGAGCAGAGCGGGGUGCUGAUGAAUCACUUCUGACUCUGUUCAUCAGAAGACAGAGGGCAGAGACAUUAACACAGUCAGAGGAUGAGAGGGUCUCAUUCUAGCAGGGCCCUCAAUCCAUACAGUAAGUGGCGGCCCAGCAGCACUUUCCUCCAUGUCCCUGAAUCAUGGAGAACUUUGGGCAAUGACUUGAAAAGACUGAGAGGAGAUUUGAUAACAAUACUCAUAUUAUUAUUGGAUGUUUGGGGGAUGCUAGUUUAGCUUCGAAAUGGUUAGAUGCUAAUGCUACAAGUAAAUGCCAGUGUGAGCAGACAGGAUAACUGCUAGCAAGCUAUUACACAGCAAAAUACUGUCAUUUAACCUGAAUUUGACCAUUUGUUGGCUUAAGUCGCAGCUGCAGAACAUACGUGAUUUAUUAUGAUCCAUUGUGUUGACCUCUUGCCCCUCGUGUGGUGUCCAUUUGGGGUUUUGAGUGAAUUCUUUAAACAUCUAUCGGGUGGAUUGUUUGGAAAUUUGAAACCAGCAUUCAUGUUUCCCCUCAGGAUGAAUUUGGUGAUCCUCUGAUUUUUGAUCACCACCAUGCCAACAUUUUAUCAGUGGAGUGUGAAUGAGUAUGACUUUUGCACACUCAACUCAUGGCUGGCUGUGCACAGAGGUUGUGCUUGAUAUUACAAGCCAAACUAAGGACUUUAAUGACUAAGAAGUAGAAAUGACUCCAAAUGUGGCAAGCCAAAUUUUCUUUCUAAGUUCCUGGAAACAAGCUGUGAUACUUAUUUCAAAGAACUUCUCAAGAGUGUUUUGGCUUCAAUAUCUUGAAAUAAGAUCUAUAUUUGGACCUGUCACGUCAGUGUAGCUCAGAUGAAGUGUAAUGAGGUAUUUUGACAAGAAAUGAAACAAAUCUAAGAAUUGAGGUUUUUGCAAUUUGGGCAUUCAAUCAGCUGGCUGUCAUGCAGUUGAUGGAAAGCUUGGAUGAUAUUUUUAAUGAUUUUUCUUUAGCACUGACGCUAUAUGAAAUAUAGCAAAGUGAAUUAGCUUCAACAGAAAUAACAGAUUUUUACAAUCAGACUCUUUCUGUGUGGAUUUUCCUAACAUGUGGAUAACUGGUGUCUGUUUGUCACUCUGCAGGUUCUACUGGGACUUGAUAAUGCUCAUCAUGAUGAUGGGGAAUCUAAUCAUCAUUCCUGUGGGAAUAACCUUCUUCUCAGAGCAGACUACCACCACCUGGCUGGUUUUCAAUGUGGCCUCAGACACCAUCUUCCUGGUGGACCUGGUCAUGAACUUCAGGACGGGGAUCGUCAAUGAGGAGAGCUCCGAGAUCAUCCUCGACCCCAAGGUCAUCAAGAUGAAUUACCUAAAGAGCUGGUUUGUUGUGGACUUCCUCUCCUCCAUUCCAGUGGAUUAUAUCUUUUUAAUAGUGGAGAAAGGCUUUGACUCGGAGGUAUAUAAAACAGCCCGUGCCCUGCGAAUCGUCCGCUUCACCAAGAUUCUCAGUCUUCUGCGUCUGUUGAGACUGUCCCGACUCAUCAGAUACAUUCAUCAGUGGGAGGAGGUACGUAUAUGUUUUGGUUAUAAGCAGAAAAAAACACAAAUCAGAAUUGAUUUCACAGCCAAAAAGUAGCAAAGGGAAGAUACUUGUUGUUGUUUUGGUACCCUAUUAUGGAGCUUUCAAGGUAACAACCUUGAAAGGUUACUGCAUGGGACGUGAUUGUGCAAGUAUAAAACUAAUAGGUGCUGUCAAUCAUCACUGGUCAGAGGGCUUAUCUGCGGAUAACAACUGGAAAUGCCACUUUCAGUUCACUGAUGGGUGAAAUGAAUUCAAAAUCUGGAGUCCAAUUUAAUUGCCUUUGUUUCUUUACCUGAAAGGGGCUUUAGUUCUUGUUAUAAAACAAGUCAUACAGACUUAGAGCAUAUCUUUCUGUAGAGGAAUCUAAGUCAGGUGUAUCACAGGCUACAGAAUCUACUUCCUUUGUGUUCUGCUGGUAUUAGGGCUUCUAUGACUCGGCUGUGGAUUUGGUGCGAACAUCCACAAGGUCAAAGCCCAGUGGACAUUACUGGGAGUGAUAUGUUAUUACUCUCCAUUGAGUCAUUGCACUCCCUGACUCAGACUACUUAACAAAGCGAUUCUCUCCUCCUUCUCUUGGUAACGAUUUCAUUACACACUGAUUGAUAGAAAGAUUGUGCUCCCCGGUAUCAGGACCCAACCUCUCCAGCAGACAGAUACAUUUUGGGCAUGGUGAUGGAAGCAGACGUACAUUAUAUUUUUAUUCUUAAUAUAGCUGAGAUAAAAAUGUAAAUGAUUGACCAUAGCAUCGUUGUUUUUUAAUGAGCUGGCCUCCCACACACACCUCGUCCUGGUCGUCCUUGCCCCACUGCGUCCUGUCCCUCCCUUUCUGCCCGACUCUGGCUGUUGUUAUCGGUGCUGUUAUCCAGGCUGUUUGUAACAAUGAAUGAGGCAAACUGUGUCGAUGUUAGGGCUCAACCUCAGAUAAGAAAUCUGCAGGGGAAGCAAACCAUAUUAUUUAAAGAUACAACAGUCAUUAUGGAAGGGCAAAAAUAUAGGCACAAUCAUAAAUGACCAAUUUAGCAUACAGGCAGUGUAAAGCAUUAAUUUAGGAGGCAGAAUAAUGACAGAUAUUUUCGUAUGCAGUGUUUAAAUAAAAAAAAAAAACUGUUGGUAACACUUUAUUUGACGCCUAUCUCUAUAACACAUUAUAUAUAUGUGUGUAAUGCAUUAUAAUCACAUUAUAGCACUGUAUAACUAUGUUAUAAACACUCAUAAAUGAUCAUAAUGCUUUAUAGCAAUAAUUAUAACACAUUAUACAGCAUUUUAUCAUGACUUACAAGGUCAGGUAUUAUAAUGUGUUAUAACUGUUAACAGCUCACUGACAAUGCCCAUAUAGAUAAUGCACUAUACAUAUAUUAUGAUGUGUUAUAACCAUAGACUGUAUAUAGAAUGGACAGAGUCUGCCUCCUCGCUGCGUGACGCCACUCCGAGAACAGCACCCUCUGUUGAUGGGCUGCAGUAUAAGUCAUAAAUCCCGCCUCCGCCAGCAAAGCUUAUAGAGCUGUGGACAAACUUUAGAAAUUUAUUACACAGAACAUAAAUUUUUCUCCCCCCUGCUUGUGAUGUUGACAUGUAGUUAUUGUAAGACUGGUUUGUGCCCAAGUCCUUUUUUUUCUGUACAGCUCCGUUUUUAAAAGUUAUUAGGGGGUUUCACGUUUGCUAUGAUAUACACCUGAUACAGCCUAUGGGCGUUCAGGGAUUGCGUAGCUCUCCCGGGGGAUACGCUGUUUGAGCCGAGCGUCAUCACAGCGACUCUCUGUAACUGCACGGCUGAAUGCACGCAUUGCUACUGCGCAGCACUGGUUUCAGGAAAUGAACAAAAAUCCCGGAAAUACCGAGAGCUUUUUGGCUUCAAAUCCAUAUACAGGCGGUAGGCGGAACCAAGUUGUCCAUCGUAUAUACAGUCUAUGGUUAUAACAGUUAACAACAGUUGCAUUGCAUUGUCUAUGUGGGCAGUGUCAGUGAGUUGUUAACAGUUAUAACACAUUAUAAUACCUGACCUUGUAAGUCAUGAUGAAAUGCUUUAUGAUGUGUUCUGAUUAUUGCUAUAAAGCAUUAUGAUCAUUUAUGAGUGUUUAUAACUAUAGUUAUACAGUGCUAUAACAUCACAACACAUUAUAAAUAUAUUCAUAAUGCGUAAUAGAGAUAGGCGUCAAAUAAAGUGUUUAAUAAUAAAGUGUUUAACUGUAAGAGUCAAAAGUUAAAAGGAAUUUAAUACAAGGGUUUAUAAGCAAACUAAAAGCCAUAUUUAUGAACAUCAUCCACCCAGAAUUUAAUGUACACAAUGAAGUUCUGCAGCGUGUCCAAUUCCCAGUCCCACUGCUUUGGAUCGUGAACAUUUAUGAAGCAGGAAAAGAUCUUAGUGCUAAAGUACCUGAGAGGCAGCAGACGUACACUGUUUGUGUUGGCUUGUAUUUUUCCGACUGUCAGUGUAAUAAAUUGUGUUGCAUACACUCUCUGCACAACCUGGCAUUAAAAAAACACAAAAUCAUUUUCAUGUAUUCAGGCCUUGUUGAAUAUAUUAAAGUUUCUGCAUAUUUUAGCAGAAAGGAAAGAAAGAGAAUCCCUAAAUUAUCAGACGCAUACACAAGGGUAGUAAUGAGGGAUGGGACCUAGAGGCAGAUCCAGAUCAGAACCAGUUCUAACUAGUUUGAGCAACCAUUAUCAUAUGGCUUUAUGCUUAACAGUAGUCUGCACUUAGUUCUGCGUGCCUUGCGAAACAAUGACGUGACGCUCUGAGAGACAGACAGCAUGACAACCAAGGACUCAAGGAAGUAACUAUGGCAGACAGAAAGCAGGAGCAGUCCAUAAUGCUGUUCAUUGUAACUUAUUAUUGUUAAUAUCAGCUCAAAAAUCAGAAUGCAUGACAUACAGAAUUACAGUAAAAUACACUCACUUUGUAAGAUAAGAUAAGCUUCCCAGCAAUAAGCACCAUGUGUUUACUAUCCCACAGAGAUGAUCAGUUUAUUUUCAGAGACCGUGCUGAUCCAAUCCCUCAUAAACAAAGUUAAUCUGUGAUGAUUUAUGUUUUAAUUUUAGAGAAACAGUGUAACAUCUGUGGUUGGAGGAAGCCAUCUUUGUAUAGAUCUGUCUACCAAUCAGGGGCUGUAUCUGAGACCAAAAGCCCAAUAAGAAGCCAGGCUGUCUCAGAUGAGUGAUAGCAAAACUUGGAGUAAAAAUUAUGUUGUUGAUACAGAAAACCCACAGAAACUGAUAACUGGAUUGAUAAGCAGAAUCAAAAAUGGCAUCAGUAAAUACAAUGUAUUCAUCAUUUGUCUCCUCAAUACUAAUGUAUCUGUAAAGAAUAUGAACUAAAGCGUCCUCUGAUGCACUUUUUCAAUCAAAGAUGUCGGGUUUAGGACACUUUUUAUUCAGCUGCAUUUUCAUGCUGUUACUGACUGAACUGAUUUAAAAUCUGGCAACUGAUAAGUUUGCAGUUUCACUCCGUUCCCUCGAGGCCGUGCUGGUAAAUAAGCAAUUUCUGAAGUCAUGCAAGAGAGGAGAUGAUGAGUUGAGCUUUUACAAAAAAAUAAAGAUUUUGAGCCAAAAAAUAAAACUCUUUUCCAAGUAAACACUGAGUUUGGAUUCAGGUGGCAAGCAAAGACAUAUAAAAACUGUAUCCUGGAGGAGAGCACCCCAUAGGUUAACAUGGCAUGCACAACGUGUUGGAUGGCACUUAUGAAUUCUAAUAUUCCUGUUUAGAGCAGUGUUGUCUAGUUUGUACAGCUGUGUGCACAUGCAGUGAGAAGAAGAGACAUUAUGGACCAGGUUGGAAACACAAAUAGACGCUGCCUCAAGGUUAAUGAAAUUCUGCGGCGAGCAUACAGGGAGGCAGGCAGUGCAGUAUGUAGGGAUGUGUCAGAAAUGCUCGGAUACAAGAGCAGAGCUCACAGGCCUGCACUCUCAGCUCGUCUCUCUCACGCUCUGUCAUUCCUCACCGUCUCCGUUCUGCUUAUCAAACUCUGCCUGUGUCUUCCUCCCUGGCUCUCCUCCUCCUCCUCUUCCUCCUCCUUGCGUGCCUGUUCUCACUCUCACAGCCUUUUCCAUCUCUGGAUGUUGUUGUGUCUGACUUCAGGAUGCUUAAAAAACGGUGCAGAAGCUGAAAACAGUUAUUCCACUGUAACAACGUUAUCUGAAUAAUAAAACGACAGUGAAUCAGACACAUCCACAGGAAACUUGAGAGGAAAGAAAACGCACUGGGUGGAAAAAUCCCAAGCUGUCGUAACAUGUUAGGUGUAGGAUGCUGGAUUAGAACAGUAAUGGAGGGACAAAUGCAGCCUCCUGCCACCAUAAUGGGUUUCAAGCAGCGCAGCAUCAUUACAUCAGCUUUGGGAUGGACUCUGUUAGUUAAUCAGACUGCGAGUUUAGACUAUAAAUCACUCCGCAGCCUGUGUGUCCGUCACUCCUUCAUCUGUCGUGUGCUCUAUGCCCCUCCCCGCCCUCCUUCACUUUGUCACCAUCUCUUCCCUCCAUCUGUGGUUAUUUAAUCAGUGCAGGCUGGACAGUCAGAACUGGGCUAAGUCAGAUUUGUUGGUUCAUCAACAUUGUCUAUCAAAGCCUUCCCUCCACGUUUCGAUCAUGGAUUUAAACGUCAUACCUGUGCACUCUGCAGAAAGCAGGAGCUCAUUGUUACAGGCUCAGACGUAAUUUGUGGAGGGGGCAUGUCCCCCGUGUGGUCCCCUUCAGUUUUAACCAUCUGAAAACAAUGUUACUUUACUCUAUAGCAAACAGAUACACGUCAGGUACUUGGAUCGAACGGCUGCUCAAGCCGAAAAAUGGUUUCCCUCGGUUUGGACCGCCCACAAGGUCCUUGAUUGGCUCUGUCGCAGGGACGCUUUUUGUGUGUGAUUGGCUAUUCCUGCUGUCAGUCAUUCCAUGCCUGCCAGACGCAAUAUUUUUUUUUGUAGGAUGGUAAGGUAAAGUCCCACCUUUUUCACCUCUGAUUGGCUAGAAAAGCUGAGAAGUCAUUACACACUCAAGCCCAAUGCGGGCUGUCAGCUAUAUACACCGAACACAACAUUACAGAACAUGAUCGCACUUCUAAACAUCCUUACCCUCAUCCUAACCCUAACCCUAACCCUUACCCAGCAGAAGAUGACAUUUCACAGCCAUUAGGAAUAACCAGUCGGGGCCCAGCCCUUCUAGCCAAUCAGAGGAGAAGGAGAGCGGGACCUUCCCCUACCAUCCGACUAGCAUUUUGCAAGUUGCUCGUAAGCGUCAGUCCGUGAACAUUGCUAUUUGCCGAUGUAAGUUUACAGGAGGGCUGUUUCAUUUACGUCCCUGUAUCGGGUUUGUACUUCCAUCCACUCGCUGGCCGUAUUGCCUCCUCUGUUACUGUGUGUGCGAGUUGUGCUGUUUGCUAGGCUAUAUAUCUCAACAGUACUCAAGUCACAUACCUUUGAAAUCAAAAUUUCGUCCAUGGUUACAAGUGCCAAAUUUCCACAAAGGAAUACUUGUCCUGUUUGGUAGUGUAAAGCGUAAUGCUAAGCCAAGCUAGGGGCAAAUCAACACAUCUGUUGGGUCAGAGUUUACUUCUGUGAUCCCAAAGCAAGAGGAUCAAAAAGUGUUGUUCCCCUCUUUUGAGCAAGGGAAAACCAUUCUGGAUAUUAGGCUACCUCUGGGAAGUGACCUCUGGGUGUUAUGGUCUAAAUAAAACAGCUGAGUGUCUACAGUGUAAGUGGCCACAGAGGAACUGAUGCAUCUUAUUUAAGCAACUCACUCGAAUGUCACUCAUUAGAGAGGAGCAGCAGACGACUCCAUCUGGCUGCUGUGCCAGUUAGACAAACAACGACAUCUCUUUAUUAGUCUGAAUAUGAAUAUCUAAAAAGUUUCUGAAUCCAGCCUUUCUGUCAUUCUAGGCGUUGCAACUGUUGUAUGACUUUCUAUGUGUUUGUUCAAUCAUGCAUUUCUUUGUUUACUCACACAUAAUUAUUGCAGAGCACAGUGCUUAGGGAAAUUGCAGCGUUCAGUGUGAAGGUCAUGCAGAGCAGUAAAUGCGCUCCACGCUCAAAGACCGCAAUUUAAACAGGCACUAACCAAACAGAAGCGGGUUUGCUGUUUAUGCAACUGGAAGUAACUCAGUUCUCCUAUUUCCUCGUGGCUAUCUAACCACUAAAUCUUAAGUAAUUUUAAGUGACAUCAGCAUGAUUUUACAGUACAGUAUGUGUAAGCCCUUAUCAUGAGACCUGCACCCUUUCGUGAGAGAACAGGAAGUGUUUCAGGCUCUCAGUGUGUGCCUGAAAGGGCAGUGAGAAAUGUAUGUUACAUCGUGCCUACGGUUAUGAAUAUUCAAGGGCAUGUUGUUUUGCUUCUUUGAUGUGCUCUUGAGCAAUAUGGCCUAUUUUGACCCAACUUUAUUGAGGAGCAAUUGUGAUUUAUUUCAAGAGGACUUUUCAUGCAAACCAUUGACUGUGCAGCACCCUUUAGUUCAGUUUUACCCCCCCGACUCCUGUGUUUGGAUACUUCCACUACUCUAUCCUUUAACCCUGUUUCAAGGCACAGCAGGCCAGCGUUUUUUUUUUUACAUAGAAUAUGAAAAAAAUCCUUCUGUAUUCUCCUUACUGAACACAAAAUAGCAGAUUGUUGUAGGUAGUGACUAGCAGGUGAAGGUACUGUAGCUUUUGCUUAAAAAAAUUGCCAAGUCAUGGGUCCCAGCACUCACCUAUAUCAGCCUGCAGGGGAUCAUUUUAAUUGCCGACUGUUUAAUAAUUCAGUAAAAUAAUGAGAACAGAAACAAGGGCAUUUUUUUGCCCUUUUAUGUGUAAUUUCUCAGGAAUUUUCAGAUCUUUCAAGGACAUUUAUGCCCCCUGCCCUUAUUAGUUAAAGGCAUGGCUGACGAUCUAAGAAGCAGUUGAAAAAAAACUGAGCCGUUGAGGCAGAUUUGAAAAAAGUGUCCCACCCCCACACACAAACCUCUCCCCCCAAACCUGUAUCACCCUCCCCACGACAAACCCCCUCUGGCAGAGCAAGAAACCGGCCGGCAGAAGAUCCAACGCUAACUUCAAGUAGGAUUCACCAUGUCGGAUUGCUAGUGACUAGUGUCAGGAAAUGCCAGCUCUGCUAGCGAGCACCGUCUGCAGCUGCCCGGACAGCUACUGUGUUGACAUUGCAGAGACUAAUAAGAGUUAUUUAUGUAACAUGUGCCACGAUAAAAGGCAAAAAUUACCUGUUCAGCAAAAACUCUGCUGCCUCAGCGUCUGUUUUCAGGAGCUUUCUCCACCGCUCAAAGGAUGACCCGAUAUUUAUUCAAGUUAGAUUCCUCGCUUGGUCACGUUUCCUCUUCGACUCUGCCCUUUCUUCUGUCGGCUUCUUCUUAGCACUUUUGGCGGUGGGGCAAGCAGAGUUGUUUUUUUAUUUGUGGCCUUCUCCAUCACAGCUCGUGUAGCUAAGCUGCUACGCUACUUUUAGCCACUCUGAGCUCCGAGGAGGGCCGGGAGAGUGGGAGGGGACGAGUCGAGAGAUUUACCAGUAGAAGCUGCCUGGGACGCAAUAUUUUUUUUAUUUUUAAUUUUUUGGGAAAGUCCUGCCUCCUUCGCCUCUGAUUGUCUUGAGAAAGUGGAAAAGUCAUCACACUUGCAAGCCAAACGCGGGCUGUCGGCUCUGUACAUCGAACAGAACAUUACAGAACAUUAUCGCACUUCUGAAUAUCCUAACCCUAACUGGAUGGACGAUGACGUUUCAUAGCCAUAGGGAAUAACCAAACGGAGCCUAGCACUUCUAGCCAUGGAGGGCGGGACCUUCCCCUUCCAUCCUACAAAAAAAAAAAAUUCCGCGUCCGGGACGGAUGUCUCCCAUUGGUCAGUGUUUUUGCAGCCCUGCACCUGCUAUGGUGAGCGGAUUUUUUCCAUUCUUCUUUCUCUUCACUUUGUGGAGAUCGCACUAUAGGACCAUGAUUGCCAUAUAAACGAGGUUCAUAAUAAUUACCAAUCUCUCCAAUCCUAACUUCUGCUGUAGCAUUGGAUAUGUGCAGAGAUCUCCAUAAUUUAUGUUACCAGGAGCAGCUUUUAGAUGAGACUGAAGCUGAUUUUAGUUUAUUGUCAUCAAUAAAAAAUGCAAAAGCAGACAAGCAGACGACAUUUUAAACUGCAGUAGAGAAUACCCUCAGCUCCUAGGGCCACAUCUGGCUCAUCAGGAUCACCAAGCCGCCCACCGGAUCCCAGCCCAAGGAUGAGGGGUUCAGGUUGGGCUUGUGGCAGAGUACCAGCUCCCGUGGGUGCCAGUACCCUUUAUAAAGCCCCAGGCUGAAUUGCUCUGUUGCUGUCUGGUUGAAAUCUCAUCUACGACAAAUAAGACAAACCGUGAAUAAUUUCUUUUUAUGUAUUACUCUAUAUUGAUUGAUUGAAGUUUAUUUUGAACAUAUAAAAAAAUGAUAAAAAGUAAAGAUACAACAACAAAUGAUAAAGUUAUCCAUGUUCAAAAAGGAGUGGGAAGAGGUCAAAACUUAUCUAGUCCCACCCCUUCUCCUACACUUAUGAUUUACAUAUAUAUCAUAAUAUUUUGUAAUUAUAUUAAUCAUCAUAAUAAUAGCAAUAAAAGUUAUCAUCAUAAUGACAAUAACAAAACAACAACAACAAAAAAAUGAUAAUGAUAAUAGUAACUAUAAUAUCAAUCAAAGAAAGGACUAAAAAUAACACAACAAUAACAAACAUAACUUUUAGAAAGGACCAGUUAAUGAUGUACAUAAAUAUAAAUAGAAAAUAAAUGAGUGGAUACAUGUUAUCACAAAUGUGCUAUGCCAUCACAUUCAAGUCUCACAUUUGAGUCUCAGUUCAAGUCACAGAGACUCUACUUACUUAAAAUAGUUUAAGCACACGCUUCGGUACGAUAAAUAAACAUGCCGUCAGUCUUUUGGCACGUUGUCUUUCUGACUCAGGCCUUGUUUUCAUCUUUAAUUAAACAGAUACUGUAGUGUAACACAGUACAUGUUGUCUGGUCAUGUUGCAGAGUCGACUGUACCUCGAUACCAUUUGAUACAUUUGAUACUCACAGGUGGGGAGUUACACAACAGUUCUCUUCAUUCUGCUGUCAGCACAAACACACAGCAGUAGCAGGAAAUGAGGUAAUGUUACCUGAUUCGCAUGAUUACAACAAACACGCCUCUGUAGAUUGAAGGUACUUUCUUUUUCUCCAUCAAAUAUUCGCAGAGGCCUCAUUGAUGAAUCGUACAGUAGAGUCCCUGAGUGAUGCACUUUUUGUUCUUUGCUUCGUGAUGAAACUGCAUCAUCAUUUCAUGUCAUUGUGUCAUCAGCAGAGAUGAGUUGUGGUACAAAUAUGCCCUGAAGAGCCGUUUUCAUUAGCGUGUGUCAAUCACAGGCACAGUAUACAUUCUCGUGAUGAGGCCUUCCCUUCAUCACUGAUUCAUCUCAUGAUGUCUUGCAUGCAAUUAGAAGUACAUUCAUAGGAUGAUGAACUGAAUGUGCGUGAGGCACUUAGCAGCUGUAGGAAGUGGCGGCUAUACCAGCCCCUAUGUGCAGUUUCACUUUGUCGGCAGCGGGAUCGCGAUGCUGUCGUGCAGAAGUACAACCUGUUUCUGUGAACACGAACACAUCAGACUGAGUCACUUUCACUCCGAUCAGAGUCCUCCACUCACUUGCUUCCUAGAACAGUUUCAUUGAAAAGAUAGAGGCUGAGAUUUGUCUUAUUAAUUGACUCUUUUUUAACGCUAUCUUUAAGAGAUAGAGAGAGCAGAGCAGGGUAGAGACAAUCUGUUUAAUUAUGAAGUCUGCACAGAUACCUGGUCUGGUCAAAGGUGCGCGGUUGAUCCCUGUCAGGGUCAGUAAAUUGAUCCGAAAGGGGGAAAAUGUGAGCCAGCUGACCUGGGUGUCUAGUUCAGUGGAUGGGCGCACGAGAGGAGACUUAACGGUGUUGACUUGACACUGGCUAAAUUUGGUCCCCACAGAAAUAACUCACACUAUUGCAUGACGGUGUGACCACAGACUUAUUUUAACUCUGCCGUCUUUAGACACAGAAUGUCAACACGCUGGUUGUGGAGGUGUGAAUGUUUGUCUGCACCUUUACACCAAGUCUGCUCAUGUGUUGAUCCAUUGACCCACAACUUUGGAGGUAUUUAAUUACACACAAAACUCCUCUGAUUACUGCAUAAUCUGUUUCUUGUUAUAAGUUAGAAAGACCUCUGUAACGACAACAACAAUUUAAAAUCACAUUUUUUGUCUUUAUCUGAUGACUGUCUCUGAUUGAUCAUAAAAAAAUUGAAAGGUAGUGCGUGGGCUGCAGAUACUUAACGAUUCAUGAGACAAACGAUGUAAUUUAUAACGAUGCAUCAAUCCAUUUUUUUCCCGAUCCAAUCCGAUACCGAUACCUGGGCUGAGGUAUCGUCCAAUAUCUGAUACUGAUCCAAUACUACUGUUGAAUGAAUGAACUGAAUACCUUGUCCUGUGAGUGAAGGUAUCGGGCUUUACAUUGACCUUGUUAAAAAAAAAGGUAACAAACUAACACAGAUAUAGAUUUACUUAAUAUUAUUUAUUAACAAAUAACAAAUUGCACAUUAGCACACAGCGAAAAGAAGUAAAAAACUGGAUCGGAACGUGGCAUCAUUCAUCAGAUAUCCAAUCUAGUUAAUUUGUCAAUAUCAGAGCCAAUAUCCAAUCUAAAUAUCGGAUUGGUGCAUCCCUAGUAAUGUAUACUCCAGAGUUUGUAGUUAUUUGGCUGCCAGGGGACAGUGUUAAAAGAGAAGAAAAAAAGAGCUUCUCAAUGUAUUUUGGCUAUAACAUUGAUCAGCUGAUCGUCUAAAGUGAAAAGCGCCUUAUGUUUUGUUUCAAUUAGUUGUACUGGUGGUUGGGUUAAUGACAUGACAAAGGGUACAGGGAAGGUUAGGUAAGAAAGAAGAUCACGAUUAAGUCAAUGUACUCUGUUAUGUGCCACCUCAGCAACAGAUAGUUUAAUGCCAAAUGAGAUUAGUUGGCUGGGUCGGAAUAGUCUAUGCCAAGUCAACAGAGCCUAGAGGCCACCGCCCCGGUCUCAUGCAGGGACACAGGUGCAAAGGCGCAUGCACACACUGGAGGUGUGCUGAAUCAUGAAGUGCUGAAUCAUGUGUGUGUUUGAAAGAGAGAGAGCAGGAGAGACAGAAGCACUGAUGGAAACAGAUAGAAAAGACAAAACAAAAGGAGGAGGGCCGUGUGUGUUACAUUUUAUCUUUGUGCGCGUCACGCUGCAGCAACAGUGCUUCCUAUACAAAGUUCCCCUGAUUGAUUUUCUAUUGUGGUGACCCCAUUUCCCCCCUGUAAUUGCAGCUUGUAACCAAAGUGGGUACAAAGGUUUUUCAGAUUCGACCUGGGUGGGUUUUAUUUUUGUUUGUGCGUCCGGUCACAGUUUCACACGCUAUCAACCUCUGUUCUCUUAAAGCUACAUGCAAUUUAUCACAGAGACUGCAGCUCUACCUUUAACAACAGUGUGAGUCUACAGUCAAAGUUUACAUUCAUCAUGGAGAAGAGGGAAAGACAUGAAGAGGAGGAUAAUUAAAAGGAGCCUGGCCUCAUUAUCACAAUCUCUCAAAUGGCAUUUAGUUGUGGGACACAUGCAGAGUAGUGCAGCGCAGUACUGUGACAGAGCUGUGUCUGAGCCGAGCCUCGGCUGAUGACUGUAUGCAACUGUUUCCUGUUACGUGACGCGGUUUGAUCUGAUGUGAAGCGAUGUGUCGGGCUGAGGAUUGUCAGGAGAAUGUGUCUUAUCGAGGUGUUUGUGCGUGUGCAUCUGGACUCUUCAUAACCACUAGCCCUAAAGGUGGAAUACGCAAUUUGCUUGCACAACAUAUCUGUUUUAGUGCUUCAUGGCUACACAAACGUAUUAUUUUUCUCACAGCCAGGUGAAGCCUAAUCCUUUAGUUCGGGGUAUGGUUUUACUGCAGCAUAGAAAAAUAAUGAAAAAAAGUGUUUGAAUGCAGCUGUUCCAAUAUUAUCCUGCCAAAACGGAGGUCAGUUAAUGCACUGAUUUAAAACCAUAUCCAGUCAGCCACCCAAAACCGAUCCUGUUCCAGGUAAAGUAUAGCCGACUAUUGAUUGACUAUUUUAAUAUUCUUAUCCUCUGGAAUUGGUAUGUGGGUAGUGUUGGCAGAGCAGCUAAAGAAAAGCUCAAUUUUUAUAUCUUCACAAUCAAAGAUUCACUAUAAAAGAUCUUUUUUACUUUCAAAACUUACAGGGAUGAGAUUUUUUUGUCAGAGGACAAGACAAGCAAGGACUGCUUUGUCCACAGGGGGCGCCAAAUGUGACACAAACUGAAAGUUACUCAUAAGAGCUUUAGGGUCUUUUUUUCAAAGCAAAAUGAACCAUUGAAAAGCCCAGCGGUUUUGUUAUAGACUUUUGGUUUUCCUCAGUUCUCAAAUAACUGAAAAAAUUGCAUCCUUACACCUUUACUUUGGGUGCUAAUGUUAGCUGUGACUAGGGGCUGGGAAAAGGUUUAUCACAAUAUAUUUUUUUUCACAUCAGUCAAUAAUAAAAAAAAACACUUGUCAAUCUUGAAUGUUCCCUGUUACUCUUAAAAAAAUGUAACAGUGCUUAUUGGUAGCAUGUAUUUUGCUAUAAAUAAGCUACUGCAUCUGUGAGGUCUUUGUGUCUCUUCGACGUUUUGCUAGAGAAAGCAGACUGAAUGGUCAGUUCAGUGCGGUGCCUCUUUUCAUUGGCUGUUCGUAUAGUCUACCAAAACAUGGUAGAAUGCCAUGAUAUUGACCAUGUUUCGUAUCGGUUUUCGUAUCAUUAUCGUUUUAUCGUCCAGCCCGAGCUGUGACUUCCUCUGUCUUUGAAACCUCUUUGUUUCUUUUCAGUUUGUCAGAUUUUCAGUUGACCUGAAAGUUUCUUUUGGUUGAUGAAUUGGUUCCUACUUUCAGCACACUUUGCCAAAUUGAAAUCCCUCUAUCCUCCCCUCAAUAGUGGCAAAUAUACUCAUUAUUUGUCGGACUGAUUUACUCUAUAUCCUGCGCUCCUUGAAAAUAAAUCACGCACUGCUGGGUUAACUAAGCGGGAUCGUGUGAGGAGAGGCUGCCGGCACAGUUGACUUAAGAGCAGGUGUUACUUCGCCCAGAUUCAGUUUCUGCUGCUGCAAGUUAGCCGAGGCUGCACAGCUGGUUGUUUAUAUUUAACAUCCCAACUGGAACAGCUUGGGAUGUUGGAUGUUUUUUCAUUUUGAAGAAAAAGGUCUGAUUUGACUCAGAGGUAAGUCGAGGACACCGAGGGAGAACGUUUCUGUGCAUGGAAACAUUCAUGUUAUUUGUAAAAAACAGUCAUUUGCUGCUGAUGAAUAGGUUGGGUUUUUACUCCACAAGUUUAAAUGUCCUCACCAUUAUAGUGAUUACAGCCUAACAUUGUGACAGGCCAUUUGUAGUGUGCAUUUAGAUACAAUAAUGUGGGAGGCUAGGAGACAUCAAUCAUAUAUGUAAGUGCCACCUACAUCCUCUAUGCAGCUCUGAUCUGAGCCUUUGUUGAAGAGUUGGAGCCCCAGUUUCUCCUUUGUCUCUAUUCUAUCAUUUGAAUGGAAUAAUCUUCCUUUUAUUAUGAUUUUGUUACCAAAAGUUGUUGAAUCAUUUAGCAGCUGUAUAGCUGUAACAGCUUAUUCCCUGUACUCUGAGCCUGAUGGACAAGAGUGCACCCUGUCAGCUCAGUGUGAGCAGAAAGUUGGCGUAGUCGUUGACUUACACUGAUCUAAAUGCCUUAUGAGAGGUGCUAUGGAUACAGGAACUGUGGGUUCAUGUCCUGAUUUAGACCCAGAAUUAUACACCCUCAACAAUCCCACAGCUGAUGAAAGAGAUAUUACUGAACCUGGAGCUGUGUGGAUACUUGAAAAUAAUACCCUGGACAGAUUGCAUUUGUCGCUAAAGCAAGAGAAGAGGCACAUUUCUCCGUGCUGCUCUGCACUUGGCUUUGGGGCAGCGAAUUCACUGUUUCCUCGUCUUCACUCUUGCAUUUUUCAUCACGUUCAGGCUGCAGUCGAGUUUGUGCAUUCUCUAUCCUGUGUAGUGGUGCAAGCCUCCAAACAGCAGCAGCGGCCUUUAUGGACGUAGAUAAGCACUUUCAUUUUAGCAAUGACUAUGUUUGCAUCUUUUGCAUUCAGGUUUCUGACGGAACAGCUUGUGAUUGCCUUUAUAAGUAUAAUAGCUGCCCUCUUCCUGCUACAUGUAAGUAAUGAAAUCUAUCUUAUGGUAGUAAUGCAUUUUUUCAGGGAGCCCCACCCUUAAUGCAGCCCUGCAGAGCAUGACCGUGCAGGCUGUCAGGAGAGGGAGCAGACAUUUGUUGUCUUGUUUGUGGGAGUCGCAGCCUGCGGGGGGCUAAAGAGCUCUGUCACGUGUCUUUAUGUGUGACAAUCUGCCAGUCACACAUUUGACAUGUUGAGAGGAGAGAGACCUUUCCCUGUUAAACUAAGAGGCAGCAACAGCGUCAGCACUCACUAACAUCAAUGUUUAAUACACUUGAAUAAUGAUGAGUUGUUAUGCAAUUAUUUGAACUGAAAAAAUGAAAAACGUGGACGGGAAUGGACUUUUUGAACGCUGUAAUAUAAUUUUUACAAGCUUGUAAACUUGAUUUAUUUAAGCUUUUGGUUCUUCUUUAUUAAAUGUGUCGAAUCAUCUUUUUCACACAGACUGUAAUCUCGUACUAAAUAUAGUUUAAUUGAUUUUCUCCAAAACCUCACUCCCCCUCUCUGUCCAUUUCCCUCUUUUGCCCAUCGCACACACCUACACACACACACACACAAGCCAGUGAAGCCACACACACACAGUAGCCUAAUGGAGUCCAGUCCUCCAGUCCAAUUUUGUCUAGCAAACGACAAAGAAAGACAAUGUUUUUUUCCUCUCACAUGCUGCCUGUGCGUUCUUGUCCUUUCUGUUCUAAGGAGCGGCUCUCUGACGAUGAACGUAAUGCGCUUUGAAUCAUAUUCUCGCUCAGAUCGCUGAGGGAAGCUCGCUCUCAGCCCACGGGGUGGAAAAUCCUAGCAUCCUCCACCGCCUGAAAGAAGACAUCUCCUCCUGUAGAUUUAACCCAUUUCCCAUGCCAAACAGCCCGACACUCCUUCUGUUGCAAGUUGGUCUUGUUAAACUGCUGUAGAGAGUGUUAAUUGCUCAACCAUAUGGUUUGGAGUACAGAGUUAAUUGUCACACCCUCGGUGUUAAAGUGAAGAACAAAUAUAGCUUCAAAAACACUGAUAAUUAUAACCACAGCUAUGUUUACGUCCGUGUUCUGUUGAGUAAGGAAAUUGAAAUAACUUAAAGAUCGUAAUGCUUUGCUCAAAACUAUGAACACAAAGAGGUAAUUUAAAGUACUUUGCCCGCACAGCAACUCCAGUACACAAUUUUAUUGAAUGCUACAGCAAUAAAAAUGUAGAGUAGAGCGUCUGUGAGAGUGCUGCUCUUAUGUCAAAUACUAGAUAUACAAAGAGGAAGAAAGAAGCCAGAAAUUAUGAUUACGAGAUGAGUUUCAAUUGACUUUUAGUGCCAUACUUAAAAUAAGUAUUACAUAAUCUGAUCUGAUCUCAUAUCUGAGGAAGUCUGAUGGAUUUGAGGUCGCUGUCUUUGUGACUCAGCCUCUUCACGGUGUAGAAGGAUGAUGCCCGCUGAAUUUGCAACUGAAAUGCUUUCAGGACCUUUAUUUUGAAUUACUUGUACUGUUGCAUUGAUAGUAUUUUAGACUGGUAAAUACCCCUACUUUUUAAAAUACCGGUAAAAAGUAGGGGUUGAAACUUUGAGUUGACCCAGCAUACCAAACUGCACAAUAGGGGACAAGAUGCUACGAUAUGAUAUGAUAUGAUACGAUACAUAACGAUAUAAUACGGUACAAAAUGAUAUGAUACACUUUGAGACGUUACAUUACGUUAUGUUACAUUACGAUUCAGCGAUACGAUACGACACGUUACAAUUUAGUAUGAUACAAAACAAUUCGAUAGGAUACGUUACAAUAUGAUUCAGUAUAGUAUGAUACAAUACGAUUUAAUGCGUUAAUUUACGUUACGGUACAAUAUGAUAUGAUACAAUAUGAUUCAGUAUGAUAUGCACGAUAUGUUACGUUACGUUACAUUCCAAUUCAGUGUGAUAUAAUACGAUCUGUUACAAUUCAAUAUGAUAUGAUACAAUAUGAUACGAUACAUUAUUAUAUGAUUCAGUAUGGUAUGCACGAUAUGAUUUGAUAUGAUAGGAUAUGUUAUGUUAGGGUACAGUACGAUACGAUUUGAUUCAGUAUGAUGUGCAUGAUACAAUAUGAUACAAUUUGAUAUGAUACGAUAUGUUAUGUUACGUUACGGUACGAUUGAUUCGGCAUGAUAUGAUUCGAUACAAUACAAUACAACAGGGAUGAUAAGAAGAAAUAUUUUAAGAUGCAGAACAACUUGAUAUGAUAUGAUACAUCAGCACAGGUAUAAAUCUUAUGCAACAUGAUGGUUUGCAUGUUGGGAUGCUCAUCAUGGAUAAAAUGAGCAGUAAAUGACACAUAGAGCAUCCUUGUAUGUGAUAUCCACCCAUCAUAAACACCACUGCAGAUCUGAAUGCAUCCCAGUGUUCACAUAGUCCUGGUCUCUACAACCCUACUGUCAGCUUCUUCAGCAAACUAACUUCUGUUUAUGUAACCCCCAUUCAUGUCACUGGUGCCACUAUGAGGAGCUUUGAAGCAGGGAUGAAAUCUGUAAAACAAGGGAAACUGAUAAAAAAAGCAAAAAGAAACUGCUGACAUAUCAUAUUCACAGAGUUUAGUUUCUAAUAAGUCAGCCUUUAUACUAGUAACCAGGCUCUAUAGGUCACUUUGUAUCGUCCUGUCACUGCGAGCUGAUGUGUGACAUUUAAAAUGUUGUAUACUCCUCCACUGGGAGUACCUCCAUUCCUCUCUUUCUCUCUCUCUCUGGCUCUCUGUCUGUUUCUGCCAUUUCAUCUCCCACUGUCACCGCCAGUCUGCCUCUCAGCUCGGCCCUUUCUUUAUUUGAUGUUAGAUAUAAACAGACAUGUCCGCACAGUAAAGACAGAGAGACAGACAGGCAGUGACACCGAGAGGCAGAGAUGGAGAAAAAGAGGAUAGUUAGUCAGGACAGAAAGCAAGAAGUUUAACAUCAAAAUGAAAGUGUCUUAAUCAGAAAUGCGUUAGAAGAGAUAAACAGAGGCGGGUUUUAUGCAAUACAAGUUUGUGAUGUAGAAAAGAAAUGCAUGAAAGGUUGUGAGAGAUAACUUUAAAUGAUUUUUGUUGCCAUAUUUGUAUGAACCCCCAGAAAACAGUCAGCUUUGAUCUUGUGUCCAUGCCUGUGGGAUAUCCCAAGUCUCCUCCAAGCUGGUGUGUACCGUACAGUAAGCAGACAGUUGACAGAUAUAGUCCUGGGAGGGGGGCUAAAGUGAUAAGAGUGGAGAUUAAGCUAAUCUCAGUUAUUUUUGCUCGCUGGGUUGUUGUCUGGUGAGGUAUGUGUGAGAGGGGGAGGGGAAUUCACAGUGAAGUAAACCCACUACUCCCAGGGAUCACCAGCGUAUCUAUGAUCCUUGGUCGUUUGCUGAGAAAAGCUCUUGCGAUGGACUCUCCAUACUUGACUGAUUCUCCUCGAGGCCUAUAAUGAUCCCUUGUUAUUUAGAGGAGGGGGAGCACCACUCAUUGCACAUAUCCUGUAAUGAUGUCUUGUGCAAAAUAAUUAAUUAGUAACUGGUGAAGCAUUUAGGGUUCAGCUAGUUUCACUUCCCGGGAGUUAAUGUUGUAGAGGAUGGAUUUACUAAAGCCCCCAACAUCCAUCUGCUCUGACGACAUCUGUGCUCAUCAUGUAUUCAAGCCUAGCUGUUAUUAAGAAUCUAAACACAACUAUUUAUAUUGUCUCUAUAAUGGGAUCACUAUGGCAAUGAACUAUUUAUAGACCACAGGGUAUUAUGGGUGCCGUUUGUGACUACAAUUCAGUACAGAUUUCAUUGUGUGUGGCAAGAUUGAGUUUGAUUUCUUGAGUCUGAGUAUGACUUACUGCUCUGUUGUUAUGAUUUCACUAACUCAAUACUGAUUCACAUUACUGUGUUUCUCUCUAUAGAGGCUGUCAGACAUGAGCGAGCAUCUUGUAAAACAACAAUAGUGAGGGAAACCUUUCUCAAAGUGGAGCUGCAAAGAAAGUAAAAUCCAGGGAAGGGUGCAAAUGGCUCUUACAUACAGCAUGCAUGUUUCUGCAGAGCAGCUUUGCAUAUAUGUGCAAGCCUGAGUGUUCGUGUAUGUGGCACUCCCACCACAUAUUUGCAAGCCAAACCUCUUGGACUUCUGCAACACCCUUACGCAAUGUGAAAAUACAAACUCGGACACCAAUAUCACGCUUUUUUGGGGGGUGCACUGUGGGAAGACAGAGGUGAAGUUAUGGCAGAAGCUUAUUAAACUUUUGCCAGAUAGAAAUAAAAACAAAAACUGAAUAAGGAGCCAAAUAAGGAAGAGAGAGCAACAAAAACAGCAAUGAUAAGUCAGGCUUAUUGCAGCAAUGGGCCUAACAUGCACAUCCCUGUCCAACACCCAUAGUUAUUUUAUCCAGACAUAUGUAUUUGCAUAAUUGCAUAAAAAUGAAAGAAAAAUACACUGGAUCAUGAUGUAAAUAUGAAGACGUGACAUUUUUAUGCCAGAGGUCAUAUUAAAAUCUGUUUAUUUAUACAUCAUAACAAAAUGCAUGUGAAACAUUUGUCAGUAGCUGUUAUAUUUGAUUUACUGUCAUUUAAUGUGUUAUCAGCUAAAGGAGUAUCAUCAUUGCAAUGACAAGACUGCCUGCAGACAUUGUUUUUUUUUUAUUUUUUAAUUGGCCUCAUGAGCCAAGAUAUGUUGAUUAAUUCAAAUACCAUUAAUCAGCCCUAUCGAUCUGUCUGUCUGCCUCGACAACAGAGUUGUUCUCUUCCGUGGUUUUAAAUGCUUGAAUGGUUUUGUUUGCUGAAAGCCUUAUAGCAACUGUAACUGCAGUCCCUGAGCCGUUUGAAGAAACUCAUUAAAAUUUCCAGAUUAGAGCUCCUGUAAAGAGUUUUUUCAUGCUAAUAUAAAGAACUGAAAAUCUAAUUUCAACCUAAUUAUGAUAUAUAAAAGCAAACAAAACCAUUAGUGACAAGAUUGACAAUUGUUAUUCUUUACUUUGUAAGUUUUAAACCAGUUCAAAGGGCACAGGUGUUGGCUAAGGAGCUGAGGAAACAACUUUUAAAAAAAUUUCCUUCUAAAAUAUUUAUGAUAAAUGAUGCAUUUGGCUGUCAAAAGUCAAGAGGAUGAGGUAUUUAUCUGAAAACACUGCUCAAACGUGUGAAAGUCUGAUAAACAAAGUCUGCUGGGGGUGCCAAAAUUGACUCAAACUAAAAGUUUCUCACAGAAGCUUUAAGAUAAGUAUAAAAACUUUAUUUUCUUUAAAUGUUUUUUCAAUGAAAUUAGGUAAAUGCAAAAAUAACACUGUUUUGGUCGAUUAAAAGCCUCUGAGGAUUUUAGAAUGUAAAUAAAAUAUAAUAACUAAUUAAUAAUCUUAAUAUUUUCUUUUAAUUCUAUAACUUUCUUUUCAAAAUCACGCUCAGCUUAAAUACGUUUACAAUUACAGCCAUGAUAAGAGAUAAGUAUUUUAACUUCCUCCUCUCCUUAGGAGGUUGUGUCCUCACUGUACACCGUAGAGGGAAGGGUCCAUCAUGCUGAUGUUUACAUGGACACAGCAGGUCACCCUGUGCAAUCCGGUCAAAUCCCUCCAGCUCUCACAUGGGCACUAAUCUUCCCUGACUGCCUUCUUAGCAUAAACGGGACUCAGGCUGCAACUCUCGCCCUUCCUCACUUUUACCCCCCCCUGACGCUUGCAAAAACUGCGCCCUGCUCUUUUUUCUUUCCCUGUUCUCCUGCCUCUCUGCGUUACAUUCCCGUUUUUGUACAUGGUGCUUAAAAUUCAAAAUGUCCACACAGAUUUGAAGUUGGAUUCUUGAGACCCCCCAAAGAUCAAAUUUUAAAAUCUUGUGAAUAACAGUGCUUUUAUUUGUACCAAGAGUUAAUAUGAGAGGAUUUAUUCCACUUUUAAAAGCAAAAGUCGAACAACAACUAGUUUAGCUUAGCAGAAAUCCUGUAGUUAGGGAAAAUUGGUGGCUCAGGUCUUUUUAAGUAAACAUAAAGAAAGUAAAAACAAGAAGUAAAAGUUUUUACAGUUUGCUGUGUGCUGGAGCGGCUGUCAUGUGACCACUGCUAGCUUUAGAAGAGUUGGUGAGUGUCUUCUGAAACUUGGAGGACAGCCAGGUUAGCGUUUAGCCCAAUUAAUGGUGUAGUCAGCCAAAGUCAACUAAUUACAUCCUGGCUCAGCUCCAACCCUUAAGGCGCAGACACAACAGGGCUGUCAAUCUUUUUUCUUUAUCACUUGGCUCAAACAGGUCCAGUUAGCAGCUUGCUAACAAGGAGCAUUUAGCUGCUAAAGAAUUAUCUGUGUUUCCCUCAGGAUUUGAUUAAUAACAAAGCGGCCAGAAAAGGACUGUAUGUGAUUUUACUCAUAUAUUAACAGCCAGACUAGAAACUUCACUCCAUCAAAUGUUACAUUUAAAAAGACCCAGCUGUAUGUGUAAAAUAGCUGCUAACCAGAUAGCUGGUUAGCGUCAUAGCUGGUUAGCGUCAUAGCUGCCAAGUGUCACGCUUUGAGUGUGACAGUCACGCAAUUUGACACGAUUUCGCGCCACACGCCACACUUGACAUUUCUCACACUUAUAUUUCCCCAUUCGAUCCUCUGUGUUUAUUUUUUUUAUGAUAAUAAACUUGGCUGGCCGUAGUUCAAGUAACUCUGGUUGACUGACUGAGAUAACCAAACCCAGACCAAUCCUUCAGUCCUUUGUGCCUAAAUCUAAUCAUCCACGGAAGGCAUCACGCAAUAUAAACCAAUCAGAAGCAACGUAAGGCGGGUCUUGGCCUCUCUAACUAUCUUGUCCCCAGCUAAAGGAUGGCGAGUUGGUUGAAAUGCAGCAUUAGGACAUCAGUCUUAAGGUAUAACUCGAUGUUAAAAAAUGCCAAUUUUUUUUUCAGCCCUGUGCUAACGCUAACUGCAUAUAUGUAAUUUAUUUCUACCACCUCACAGUGGCUGUUACCCUGAAAUGAACAUGAUAAUAGUCUUUAAACUGAGUGGUCAAAUAAUGCAAGACAUCAGAAAUAGAAGUAGACUGUCAAAGAAGAUGGGCAGUGUGACUGCUCCCACAAAGUAAAGCCAAAACAUCUAGAGCGCCCCCUUGUGAUUGGCUGUCAUGGCAGCUUAUUGUUUAUAGAAAAGUGAAUGUGACAUAAUGAUAGACAGCCCUGUUGACAAAUUCUAGUUUCUUCCACAUUUUUUACCAGCUUAGCAACGUAAAAAAGGAAAUAUGGGAAUAAAAUGUAAUAUACCCUUUCCUAAGAAUCACUGAACUUUCCAUAUCUGUGAGUUUCUGCUUCCAGUCGAGAGAAAAUCUGUUCAGCUGUGGACUAUCUCGACCUGAGAGAUCUUUGACAUUUAAUUUGUAAGUUAGAUGUGUUUUGGUGAGCUGCGGGGAGUAUGACGUCAAUCCCAUGGCUUUAACAGCCAGAUCUGUUUGGCUCCAAAAUAUAUCAUCACACAGAGCAAUAUGUCCAGCAUGGUGGUAAUUUGGCUUUCCUUUCCUUUUUUUUGUAGGGGGAGAGGAUUAUAAACAGUUAAUUAUACAUUGUAUCCCUUAUGGUUUUUAAUAUUUUACAGGAUUAAUCUGUCUCUGUUUUACUGUAGUAGCCAGCUGUCUUUGCCUCUUUCCUCCUUCCCUCCAUCACUGUCCUCAGUCACAGACCGACAGACUGAGGACGCUGAUUUAAUUCCUGGAAUGAUGUUGUCAAACUGUCGCCCUGAUACGGACUUGCAUAACCAGACAACUGGAGGGGAAAAUGGGUCAUGUGGGAAAACAGUUGUUAAGUCUGCUGGCGUGAUUUCUGAACAAUAUGUCCGCACAUAUUGCAACAGUCUCAUUGCACUGAUGAGUUCUCACGUGCUGCUUGUGUUUGGAGUUUGUCAGCCGUGUGAACAUGCUUUCUUAGAUCUGAACUGCUGUUACUUUGUAACUGCGCUCAGGUUUCAGGUACAAAUUGAUCGAGCAUUCGACCUCACUGCACAGCCAUAAAUACAUUUAGUUGUUUCCCUGAUGCACAGAGCAUCAGAGUAGACUUUUUAUAGACACUUAUAAAAAAAAGUGCCCACAUCAAUCCCUGCAGACUGUCAAACUAAUGCAGACUUUUUUAGCGGCGGAACAAGAACUGUCGGAAGCAGCAUAAUAUUCUUAUACCACUUUUCAACUCUGUGUUUACACUCUUGCAUAAAUAAAACUGUUUUUUCACUCAGAGUUAUAGCAAAGAGCAUCCUGAAUCCGACCCCCAGAGCAGUGUGAGCUUCAGCCCCAGAGAAUGCUGCCCCUGCCGAUGCAGCUCUGAAUGGUUGAGCGCAGAUUAAGGCAGAACUGUAGUGUUGAGGUUAUCACGCUCACACGACCAAAAUAGACGCAGAGCGGGUGAGACAGCGGGCAAGGCAGCUCCGCUCGCAGUACAGUGUGAUGUGCAUAGGGCAAGAACGAGAGGAAGAAUACCGCUGACGGACAGAGAAAUGAUGGAAAACAGCGCGGAUGAAGUCCCGCAGGAAAGAGCUGCAUGUGCAGAAAGAGUGUUUAUUUAAGCUUGUGAUUGACACAUCUACAAGGGAGGGCUUUUCCAGUUAAAUGAACGCACUGAUUGAUGGUCAGAAUGGGCUAAUCCUGUAAAGAACCAUAUCCCCCACAACACUACUCCUGGUUUCUAUUUAUAUCCAUCACUCUCACACUCAGCUGCGGUCUUUGAACGUGAGAAGCAUGUAAUUAUUAAGAAUAUGCUUCUUUUUAAAACCAUUUUCGUUCAGUUUCUUUAUGAAUUAUUUGAUAGAUUUUUUCUGAAUGAAAGAAAAUACCCAAAGUUGAUAAAAAAAUUGAACAAAAUUAUGACUUAAGCAUUUAAAAACAAAAGUCCCCAGUCCAUUAUUUGUUGAGUAAGCUGAAAAGCCAGACUUUAAAAGAAAGCCAAGUGUGGAUAACACUUCAAUGUGUGAUUCCCAAAGAGUUUUAACGUGUUGGUCGUUACUACAACUCCUCUCCGCUUGGUUUAUCAGAGGUGGUGAGUGCAGUGAUGCUGAUUUACAUUGCCUUUGAAAAAGCUGCUCUUAGUUAAAGGGAUAUUCUGGCGUAAAAUUGAUUUAGGGUCAGACACACCGUAACACCGAGUUAGACACCUCUGCAAGAGAUGACUGUUGCCAACCGCUUGCUUCUCUAGUUAUACCAACUUUAGUAACACCAGCACGAUAGCAAUACACAGCGGUCUGAGGAGCCAUAAACAAACCUCAACUAAAACACCACUCUAUAGCCACAAAUAAUGGUCAGAACAGCACCUAACUUCAUCAACAGUACAGGCUCCCAGCCAUAGUACUAGCCACCAAACAUCUUUUUAGCUUUGCCUAAUUUCUUCAGCAAAGAGACUAAACACAACUCACCUACUCUCUUCCAGCAGCUGCUUGUUUGUAGUGAGACCUCCGCACUACAGCGGGGGUGACAUAGCUCAAGGAAGAACAUUUAAUUCUAAUUAAUUUUACGCCGGAAUAUCCCUUGAAAGUGAAGUGGAUUUUUUUUAAAAUUAGGAUUACUGAAGUGAAGCUUGUUAAUUGAAACAGCUUUAAGGUUCUCAUAACUUAAAUCAGAUUAAUGCAGGAGGGCAGGGAUUCAAGUGUCAGCACAAUUUUUUUCUAUAUACUGGUAAAUUUUAUUCAUCCUCCAGCCCAGCGAGCCUAAGUAAGUGAAAAAGCCUCUGCAUCAUAUUAUAGCUCACAAACAAUUUGCUCCUGUGGUGACAUCAAAACAAGAGAAAGAAGAACUCCAAUUCCCUUAAUGUUUCUGCAUCCUUCUUUAUUAUGAUGAUCUGCUGACAUGGCCAAUCAUCUAAAGUUGUACAUAAAUGGUAAGAUGGCAGAAAUGAGACUUAAGCAUGCUACUCCACAACAUGCUGUUGUAACCGUGGCGGCAACAGAUCAACAGUUGCCUCUUCUUGCAGCCUUUCACAUGUUUGUUUUGAUGUUUUUCAGCCUCUGCAUCUGAACAAUGUUCACCCUCCCCCCUUAGAUAACAACAACAUGAUUAUUUUUAGUUUUUUUUUUUUUUUUUUAUAUCAUAGGGGCUUUAAUGCCUUUCUUUAGAUGAUAGGAUGGAAGAUGGGCUGCCCACUUCAAGAACCAUAACCUGAAUACAUGAUGGACAUUUAAACUGACGUCCACAGCAUUUUAGGUUUUAAUUGAAUGUUAUUUAAUUUUUUUUAUUUUUUUAUUUUAAUUCCGGUGAAUAACCUGGCUACUUUGUGACUUUAUUUUGGACAAUUGCUGUGCCUCUCCAGUUUUAAUCCCUUUGGCACUGUGGUUGUGAGUGAUAGCUGGUCAUUCAUGUGGGAGCUUUACGGAUAAGUAGUGCUGUGUGUUAUUGUGAAAGAAUAUUGGCUUUCAAAAGUCUAGACCUGAGUAUAAGACAAUCCACUUUUCCAGAAAGAAAAAUCUGUCUCAUUUUCAAUACAUAGUUUUUCUUUUAUAGUUAUAUUCAGUAACUCAGGGAGUUGUCCUUAAGUGCCAUGAGGAGGUACUUUCUUUGUACUUGUAACUUCUCUACUUUAUUUCAGAGGGAUGUACUGUACUCUUUACCUCAGGAUUAAUUGUGUAUUUGCAUGCAGGGCAGGAGCGUAUGCAGUGAAGAAAUAAUGACCUCCUCUUUUAAGUGCAUCCUGCUACAUUAAUAGAUCACUACUUGUUUUCUGCCUGUGUAAAGGGCUCAUUGAUCACCACCUGCCUUUUAAUUAAGUCUCUGGCUACAAAUUACUGUUGGGCCUCAUUACCUAAAUGUACUGCUCCUUGAAACUCAGGAUCCACCGCUUUUUAAUGCAGGGAAACAAGAUUACUGCAGUUUUUACACAGGCUUUGCAUGCCUUGGCAACAACCCAGCUAUGCAUAUAAGAUAAGAUGUCUCCUCCUCCUGUGUCGUCUUGUCUUUUCUAGUCUGUGCUGUAGACAGAUCUGCAGACUGAUGAGCUUUUCAGUGCAUACAGCAUCCUGCCUGAAGCACUGAAAUAAUGCCAACUCUAUUUAUGUUUAUUUAUUGCUGAACUAUAUGUAUAUGAGCAUGAUUACGCAUAGGGGAUUGCAGCCAUGUGAAACAUUAUUACUUCCAGCUGGCUGCUUUUCCUUGGGGGGCACUGGAAGCCUGUUUCCACUGCAACACUGUAUACACUGUACAGAAAACACCCAUAUUUAGCUCUAUCUGUUAUGACUUGGAAUUUUUUUACUUUGGAGACUUUUGCUCUUUUUCAAUGGCCAAAACAUGAGACUCAGUAAACCCCAGUGAAUUCUCAGCACGUGAUUAUAUUAUUUUUCAAAUCCAAGUUAAACAGCAGUUUUGUGAUUAAGCCAUAAAAAGGCCAGGUCCAAAAAAGAGAUUUACAAGACGAUUUUAAGGGGGAGAAUUCCAGAUUUUCCUGGAAGCAGUUGUGUCAUCCUCCAAUGUAAUAGCCAGUGGUGGAUUUAAUCCCCUCAAAUUAGUCCCUUGCUAAUCCUCACUAACCUCAAACAGAGGUCACUCAUGUCCAAUUUGAAGACGCGUAAAGAGUGCUUCCUUACUGCGUGUCGGAGGCUCCACCACAGUUUAACAAAGAGUAUUUCUUCUGCUCUAUUAUUUUACAAAAAUGUCAGAUACAGUUUUUGAAUUGUGGUGCAGAUCCUUUCAAGGGAAACUGCAUAUCUACCCAGUUCAGAUCUUUAUUUCGACUCUACACCCACUUUGUUGAUUGUGAAGUAGGUUUUCAAUGUUUUGCAUUAUCCCAGAAGAACAUAAACAUGCACUCUGCUCCUCUGUUCUGAAUGAGCGCUGUGUUGGCUCAACACAUCCAGCGUGCGACCUUGCGCAGCUAUCACAUCACAUCUUGGCUGUUUUUCUCUCCUGUAUUAGAGGAUUAUGCUGACCUUUGCCCCCUUGUCCCCUGGUCAAAUUUAAGCUUGAUGUACUUAAUUUUAAGCCUAUAUUUUGCCAAUGCCAGCUGAGAGUGUUGGCGGUAUUUCUGGCUCUCGGUCUUUGCUACCUAUUUCCUCUAGUCAUGCAGCUGAUAAAAGCUUACGGCAGCAGAGGGAGGAGGGGCAAUGAAAGUGGAUUCAUAUCUACCCAGCGAGGAAAAAGCUUCGUAAGCUUCUAUGAAAUGUACAUUUAAAUCAUCACCUUCUUCAUCGGGGUAUAAAGCAGGCAGACAGUUAAAGAUUUUCAGAGGGGGCACUUCACUGAGGAUGUAGAGGUACUGCUGAAUGAUGUGGAACACGCCACACAGAUCAACGCACAGUGUCGCAGUCUUAAAUCAAACCAAUGCAUUGAUUAAGACGCAGCAGAACAAAUAUAAACAGAUCACAGAGCUGCAAAAUGAAGCACAGGGCACAGUGAAAGCUUACACUAAUGCUGCUCUUUCACAGCAUCUACACUCGUGUUUGUAACACCAUACAUCCACACAUAGAUCAGAAACACAACAAACACUAACUAGAUGCACCAAUAGAGCAAUGUCAGAGUGAGAGGGCUGCUCAAGGGUAUCUCAGAAAUUGUACAGAAACUGAAGUGGCACCUUUUGAGCCAACCGCCAAAGUUUUAUACUUUGAUAUGUAUCAGGACUUGAACUGAUGAGCGGCUGGUCUCCAAUCCAUUUCAUAAGAGACCUCCGCUGACAACAGUUCCUGCCCUGUUUUGACAAAGGAAUCCUAAAACCCACUAAGCUAUUGUGUUUCAAUGUAAGCAUGUUUCCAUUACCUCUGGUGCCACUCUGACUAUGCCAUGUUAUUCCUGAUUGGAGCUAUUAUUUCUGAAUAGCUGAACAGAAAACUUAUUACUAGGGUUGCAAAAUUCCGGGAAUUUUCAAAGUUGGAAACUUUCCAUGGAAAUAUAUGGGAAUUAACAGGAUUAAAUCAAAAUUGAAGGUUUGCCCUCAUCAGGGAACUUAAAUAUAGUUGGGAAAAAUAUAUUGUAGCAUAAUCUUGGCUAAAACAACCAGAUUUAAUGCAAGUACUCUCCUCAAUCACAUGCAGCCAGCACAGUCCUCACAGUGCUCAGUUAUUUUUUUCUACAGAAAAAUGCCAUGUUCGCCAAUGCCACUCAAAUAAGUCUGUUGAAAUGUUUUUAGUUGAAUUAUUUUGCAGGGAUGUCUGCUAAUGACAAAACAAAAAUAUUUACAUUUUUGUUUGGAUAUGAUACAGUUUGUAUAAAUUACCCCCAAUUUCCAAUUAAUUCCUAUGAAUUCCCAAUAAUUCCCAUAACUCCCAUGGAAAGUUUCCAAUUCGAAAUUUUUCCAAAAUUCCCCAGCUCAACAUCCCAUGGAAAGUUUCUGGAAAUUUUCCGCCCCUUUGCAACCCUACUUAUUACCUAUGUUUAGUGACUGUUUUUGUAAGAUUUGUUGCCCGUGGUCGUUCUCGCUAGGCUGAAUAUCUUAAAACCUUUUUAGUAAUGCUUUAUGGCCAAUAAUAUAAAAAUACAAUUAAUCGAUGAAUGAAAACAGGUUGUUCUGAGUAGAUAAUUUUAAGGUAGUCAUGUUUUUUUUUUAAGGGAAUCACAGAGUUACUCCCAAUAUGAUACACCAUGCUCAAUAUAUGAUACGAGGCAAUAAUUUCAAGGCCUUAAUUUGAAGAGGUCAGGGUUUGAUAUAUUGCUGUAUCAAUAUUGUUCAGUACAUCUGUAAUUGUAAACUAUAAACAUAUUGUGUUUCUUUUAUUCUCUUUUCUUGUCAGUAGAUCCCUCACUCACUAUGUUAGAUAAACAGUGGCAGACUGUUAUUUCAAAAUAAAACACCCCUAAUUCAGUCUGUUAAACCAAAUACAGGAUAUCUUUACUGCCUUGUGGGGAUGAAUGAGGAUGAUCAGUGAUUUACACCUGGCGCCUCUAUAAUUAAGACUUCUAUUUUUAGACAGCUGCCUCUCAGCUACCUGCUGCCACCAGCGGACUUGUGCCUCUGCAGUACAAACCCAAACAAAUCCCUCACUGUGUUAAUGAGCUCUUACAUCUUUUCUCUGUGCCCUCGGUGUGACCCAAAGGUUGCAGAGGCUUCCCAACAAAGUGAAAUAGUCUCUGGGAAUUUUACAAAACCUCCACAACCUUCACUCACUUUUUAUGUUUCCUUUUUUUUUUUCUUUUGAUAAUGCAUUCAUUGAAAGAGGAAAGGGCAGACAAGCAGUCGACCUUUUUCUAUUUCUGCCUGCUGUGAAUCAUUUGUAAUUCAAAGAGGGACCAAAGUGCUCUUUCCUCUUUGCCAGUCAUGUUGCGAUCUGUCAGUAACGUCUGCUUCUAUAACUCUAUAUCUCAAUAUCUCUGUUUUUGUUUUUGUCACCCCCCUGUCCUGUAUGUGUGUUUGUGUUGACAUUAAACUAUGACAUAUAUAUAAAGGCAUUCUUAUUCUUAAUGGAGGGACAGAGAGUUCUUCUAUAUUAAGAAUAAAGAUUUAAGCAGCAGAAGAGAUACUGGGUGCAUAGAGACAGCCACCCAGUAAGCUAGUGGCUAAUUUUAGCGUGUCAGGGCAGUGCACUGUAUCUCCCUGUGGAUGAGUUGAACCAUAGAGGGAUCUGAGCAUCAGCUCAGCCUCUUGUUCUCUCAUCUGUUCUCUAUGUGGACACUGUCCUUUGUGCACAGAGGUUACAGGACAGUCACAAUGGACCGGGGUGGAGAGAUGUGGAUUCAAAGAGCUUCUAAAACACCUGGGGUUUUUGCUGAUUUUUGCUUAUGCGCGGCAAAAAAAGAGGUUCAGAAUUAUGGCAGAAUACGUGUCAGCACAAAAUGAAGACCUUGCACAGGCCUCCUUUGGUUUCUGCACUUCCUGGGAGGAGGAAGCAUGGAGCCUUUGCAAUUUGGUCAAAAUGAUCACUGUUAUUCCAAAUUCUGAGGAGAAUGCCAGAAAAUGCAAAAAUAGAACAGAGAAUAAAAAAUAAAAGGCACAUAAAGCCGCAAAGAAGAUUGGAGCUGAUGUUAAAUAUAGAGAAAAAGAUAAUAUCAGAAAAUAGAAAUGUAGAAAAUAACAAAGUACUGCUGAUUUAAUCCCUUACACAAUCUCUUAUUUGAGUAAAAAAAAGGCAGCUUGGAACUGCGACAUUGCACAACAAAAGAGUCCUCUCUAAUACUCUGUUUAUUGAAAAAUAAUUAAGAAAACUGCCCUGAUUCAACAGUUUAGUAUUUAAAUGUUAUCUGGCUUUGAGGAAGAUGUUGAUCACUCCUCCAGUAACAUCACAGCACUGGGUCUGCUCUAAUAAAAAUAUUAAAGCUCCUGUAAUGAGUUUCUGACUGGUUAUAAAACAGUGAUUUAUCAUUAUGGCGUAUUAAAACAAACACAACCGUUUGCAAUUAAAAUGUACUCUUCCUAUAUGGUACUAUUUAAGGCUUAUAGCUGCUGUAAAGGGAUAAGCUUCAGUCAAAGCAAUUUACAGCUUGAUGAAUUAAAACCCUUUUUUUAACUUAUUAGAUGUCAAGAAAGCAAGAGGAGAUUUUUAAACAUGUAGAAGAUGUAAGGGGAGUUUACUUCUUAUCAACAAAGGAUGUCAGAACUAAAAUAGACUGAAAGCUCUUCACAGGGACUUUAGCUGUCUGAAAAUCCUCUGUAUGUCCCUCUUUUUGGAUAAAAGUCCAGAUUAUCUGGUUAAGCUCAGAGGUAAAACUGUACCGGUUGCAGAGACUUUAGACCUCAAAGUGAGCAAACCACGUCCAAAUACCCUCCAUGACCUUUGAUGAGUCUGCACUCUGCCCUUCCAGUUUUCUAAUCUACUCACUUGUCAAUUUACCAAUUAAAUCCAUAAAUACUUCAAAAACUUUCUUGAAAAUUAAGAAAAAACCCAAAUGUUUUUUGAUAUGUUGGAAAUGUUGGUGUCUUAUUUCCUCUGAUGAUGCAAAAAUCUGAACAGAAUAACAAAGUUUGGAGUCCCCCUGGGCACUAUUGUUGAGCCACUUUACUUUAAACUGUAACUUCUUUCUUGAGGUCAAAUCAGACUCGGCAACAACUUUUCUCAUUACAGCUACGCAGAUGACACCCAGAUUUACUGCUUAGCUUUAUCAUGGGUCAGUUAUGGCUACCGAAAACGACUUUAUUUAUACUACGAGUAGAACUUCUGAUUAUCAUGCCUUCUCCAAUAGAGGGAAACUGGCAAUGCCCCAGUACAGUGUAGCCAUAUUUAGCAUAUUUUACUUAGAUUUUGUCUUUUUUUUUUUUCCUUUCAUUGGUGGUAUUGUUUUUUUCUACUUCAUUUGAAUCUUUAAAAUAUGUUAUGGAUUGUGAAGUUUUCUGGACACAUAUUGUGUGACUUUCCAAAAAAAGAAACAAAGUUUUCUCAGUGUGAUGUUAUUUCAGCUUAAUGAGGUGCAUCUAACCCUGCCUCAGUAAAAUUUUUAUUAUUCCUACAAUUAAGCUGAAUGGGCAGUUAACAGAGAAUAGAAAACCAUCAACCCAAAAUAAAAGAAAAUUAUAACCUGGAAUCGUUUAAACCAAUCGGGCUGAUUAAGCAGGUUUAUGGUGCAAAACUUACUAGUCCACAAUUAUUAUUUUUUCCAUAUUUAACUUUCUUGAAGGAGAAUUUUAAAGGAUGAUGACAGAAUAACUAAGCUGUAAUGAAGCAACGGGAAUCUCGCGCUAAUGAGAAACUCUGAAUCAGAGUAAAAGCCAACUGGGCGUGUGUCAAUUCUCUGCGCUCAGAUCCCGAGCAAAUGAAACGGUUUCGCAUUGCAGAUCUGCUUACUCAUCCGGCUGAUGACUUUCUAUUCUGAAACUUCCUGCUCUGAUUAAAUGGCCACACCUGCAGUUACCCUCGCCUUGUGUUCAAACACAUAUACUGUCUGAAUGUCCUGAGGUCUGCACUCCCUUCAUCAUUCAGCUUUUCAUUAAGCCCGCUCUGUGCUCUAUGAGGAUUUCCUCCGCUGGUCAGUUUGUUUUGGAAAGCAGCCAUGUUGAAUUAUGCAGCUCAACAUCUGUGGGAUGCACACAAACACACACACUCACACACACACACACACAAACACUGGUGGCAACCAGAUUCUCUGGUGGCCAAACAGGCGCACCAUGCCCUUCACUUCAAAGGGGACUUUGUACUUUUGUGAACGUUUUAAGUAUCUUUUUAAUCUUUUUUUGUGUGCAUGUCUCUAAAAUACCAAUGCAUGAAAUGAUUCAGAGGCGCAAACAUCUACAUUCAAACCACUUUGCUGCUAUAUUUAUGAUGCUCUGUUAUGUCUAAUUAGACUCUUUCUUUCUUCCCUGCAGAUCUUCCAUAUGACCUAUGACCUGGCCAGUGCAGUGGUAAGAAUAUUUAAUUUGAUAGGGAUGAUGCUGCUUCUGUGUCACUGGGAUGGCUGUCUCCAGUAUCUGGUGCCGCUUCUCCAAGACUUCCCCCCUGACUGCUGGGUAUCGCUAAACGGUAUGGUUGUAAGUAUUGCCACUUUUCUCUUUUGUUUGUUAUUUUAUCAUUUGGUGGAUUUUCAUCCAGGUUGUUUUCACACUAUGUAAAGAAAACACUUUCCAAAAGGUGUUUCAGUUUAACAAGCAAACCGAGAGGAUCAAAAAUGAACAAACUGGGAGUAUUUUAUGUCUGCGCUAACUCUAGGAAACAUCAUGUUGCCUGUGUUUUUUUCCUGCUGCAUCACAGUACAGAACACAUGAGAUGAUAAAUGGCUUUUAGGUUCCCAAACUGUUUUAUGCAUCAAAUUACAUAACCGGCAACACAGCUGUCAAUAGAGCAGAAUGAGAGGUGAUGGAGGAGGAGAAAAAGGAGUGUAACAAUAUGCAGAGUGCUGCCCUUUUCACCCUAUCAUUUUUCUCCCGCUGCUCUGCUGCUUACAGCGAUGGUGUUAAAGUCUUCUGACGUCUGUUUAGCCAACCCUGAACUGCUUCUUCUUCCUCUUCUUCUUCUUUAUCUUCUCUCCUGUGUUAACACCAAUUCAGCAGCCAGAACUGUUUAGAAAACACACACCAGAUUGGGAAGUGGUCAGAGAACACUUUUUUAUUUUUCAUCAAGUGUUACAAUCUCAAUGGAUGCAGCCAAAACUUACAAUAUGUGAGUUGAAAUGUGACUUAUGAGCAACUGUUAGUAUCCACACUUCAAAUCCCAUUUCUCUGUGUUAAAGUUAUAAUGAGCACUUUUUACCAUCCUACAUCAGGGGGAUAAGAGUCAGGGGCUUGUAAUUAACUAAAAAAAUUACAUGUUGACAUGCAGAUACAGGAUUAGUCUCUUACUCUCUUGGUGGUUUGUAUUGAUGUAGAGUCAGGUUAAUUAGGAUCAAGAGAAUUUAUAAACACGGACUUUAUUUCAUCAGAGACAUUGUUGCCUUGCCAGCCUACAAUGAAAUAUAGCUUUCAGAGGCAGUGAGUCAGAAUGAAACAGGACAUGCUGGAGCCUGACUGCUGUAUCUGUUUGCUGUGAUAGGCCUAUCACAGAUAUUGAAGUCGUCAGCCUGUGGAAAAAAGUAGACAGAUAGGAGGUUUCCCGGGGCGUGCAAUGAUUUGUGACACAUGAAGGUAAUUUAUUGAUUGGUACAUCCCAUAAGUCCAUUAAUGUCUGUGUAUGGCGUAAUGGGAAAACUCUGUAAGGCUUCUAGGUGGGAUCAUUACUGCGACAGGUGUUUUCGAGUCUUUCUCAGGUGACCUGUAACGAAAGGCAAAUCCUGUUUUUUUCAACAAGUGGGUUGUACCUUUUUUUAUUUUUUAUUUUUUAAUUGACAUCAACAGUAAAGAAAGUAGUCUGCUGUAAUUAUGUAACUCGAGCUGUGUCCCAGUCCAAAAGGUUGCAGCUUUCGAAGGCCAAAUUUGAAGAUCGAAUGCGUCACAGCAGCGCAUUGAAGGCUGUCGCUGUCCCUGUUCAAAUGCUGCCGGCAGAUGUGUCCUACUUUUCCCAGGCUGUGAGGGCUGCAUCCGGGAUGCACCCUUUGCAUCCUUCUUAUACUGAAUUAUUUUGGAAUGAAACCGAGAGAGUAGACUCUAAAUCUGCAGAAUACUACACUGUUAAAUAACGGUAUUUGGUUUUAAAGCUCCUGGUUUUAAAGUUUUUGACAGUAAUGAAGCAGUCAAAUAAAUAUCUUGAUGCCUUUUUGUGACAUACAAAAAUCAAACUAGAUAAGUGACCAGAUUAACUGUUUUAAUUUUGUAAUUUUCUUAUUCCAUUGUCAGGUUAGUGAUGUAAACUGAUUGGUAUCAGCAAUUAAGUUGACAAAAUGCACCAAUAUGACAAUUUCUUUUUACUUUCCAUGCAGAAACAAUGAUAUCUUGUCUUUAUGAAAUAGGAGUUAACUGAGAUGUAUCGUUUUGACCUACAACAGCAACCCACAGCAGACCACAGCAACAAGACUAUACUGUCAUUUAGGAAGGGUUAGGCGUCAGAUCAGACAAUGGUCAGCUCUUUAAAGAGAAACAGAUUUUUUUGCAUUUUUAUAGAGGGUGAAAUGUUUGACUGGGAGCAUUUUUUAUCAGAAAAUACAUCUGAUACUUUUAUGGGACAAAAUCAAUUAAUGCACAGGCGGUGCCAAAAUCAACAUGUACAGAAAUUCCAUCAUAGGAGCUUUAAACAAAGUUGUAUAUUAGGGAAUAUACAUGCAUACAACAAAGAAUAUUCAUAGCUAUUUUUAAACCCUAGUUUUCACCUACAGGAACUCCCUUUGUGUCUUUGACUUCUUCCAAAGACUCUACACAGAUGCUUCCCUACGAACUGUUUUUUCUCAAAUGAAGUCCUGCCCUCUCAUCUCAGUGUAGGAUUACAGGGUUAUUUUAACUGUCUGCCCUUUCAUUUCACUCAGUUUUGGUAUAUUCCCGUCUCCCUCCCUCUCUGACUGGGGGUCAAACGGACUGCUGUUGCCGCUCUCUGAGCGACGUGACAGUGUAGAAGUGCAUACGACCCUCCUGGCUAAUGCUGAUUGUAAAUGCCGGCCCGAGGAGCUCUUCUGCCUGCUCCCUCUCUGGGAGAUGUACAUUUCUGCUCUCCACAUGCACACUGACGCCUCACAGGCACCGUGCUGGAGGUGCACAUGUCGCCAUUCCUCAACAUCACAAACUCUGUAUCCCAUUCGCGUUCUUUCUUGGAGGCGAUGACUUGCCCAAGUGAGCCCGAUACCAGCUAGCAUGUGUUAUUCAUCCAAACAGACAUAAUCCAUCUCUGCCUGCACCAAAAUGAAUGUGCAGUGAAAUUAUUUCCCACUUAACUGUCACAAUUCAUCCAUGCUAAUGGUUGUGUACUAACAGGGCAAACACACUCUUCAUUUACUGCAGCAGACACAGAUUUUUUAAGCUUCUCUGUUAACGCUGCUCUGGAGCUUAAUUAUCAACACAUGUUGCUCCCCGUCUCAUAAUAAAUCAGAUAUAUUCCCUUUCUUGUAUGCAAAUCAAUACCAAAUGGGAGUCAUGUGAAAGGCUCAUUUACUGCACCCUGUGUGGCAGGAUCAUUCCCCCUGUGGAAAUCCAUAGCUAUAACUUCACAUUGCAAACGGGCCUUUGAAGCAACAAGCCAACAUAAAGCGGGAUAUGUGAGAUCCAAUCCCUCUGAUGACUCAUGAAUCUAAUUUUCUCUCUGUAGUAAAAGAAAACUGAGGAAACAUUCGUGUUGAGAGUGCAGGAACAUCAUAACAGCUCCGAACAGAUAUAAGGACUGUGGUGACACAUUUCGACUGCGGCUGCAGACUCGCACACCUAAAUAUAGAACCUCACAGAGUUUGGGUGUGCAGGAGUCUGGAGGCACAACAAUGCUUUCAAAAUGCACUAGUUUCUCUUGCUGGGAUCCAUGGAUUAGGAUUACCAUUUAUUUAAUCUUAUCUGGUUUAAUUUCCUUCCAGUUAUCAGGAAUGAUGACACUUUGACCACAAUAAGAGUCAGUUAAUUAAUGAAUUAGUCAAUGGAAAAGUCGUCCACAGCUAAUUGUUGUACCGUUAAAUAGGAGUAAUCUACAUUAUGUGUAUGCUGUGACUUUCACAGUACUUCUUUUUUACUUAAUACACACUUACAGCACUAUAUAGAUUCAUUUGCACAUUACAUUUAUGUUAUUUCUGUAUAUUUACCAUAUUUAUUCUGUUAAUAGGAUCUCAGAACUGUGCACUUUAUAUUUUAUACUGUUACAUAUUUACACCUAUGCACAUCCGUACCAUAUUUAUCAUGUCAAAAGAAUCUCAGGUCCACACGUUUACAUUGUAUAUACUUCAUAUUAAUCUAGUUUCAUAUUUCUAUAUUUUUUAUCUAUUUUUUUAUCAUGUCUUGCACUGAUUUGGGUGGCUUUAAUCUCAUUGUACUGCGUAUAAUGACAAUAAAAGGCAUUCUGAUUCUGAUUCUGAUUUCGAUUUCCCUGGACAGGAUAUCCUUAUGAAUUCUUAUCUAAAAAACAUUCUUAACAUUCUCAAACUUGAAAAUAGUCUAGGACCAGGGUUUGGCUCAGGGAUUAAAUCAGCCCUCAUGUACAGAGGCAACAGCUUUCAAAGUGGUGCCGCUCCCACUCACAGCCCUUUGCAGGAUAUCACUCUUUACUCUCUCUUGCCUCUUGGACCUUAUCCAGAGCCCUAACCCUCUAUAAAGGCAUUCACAAAGGAAUCUAAUCCAACUAAGUGAGGCUAUCCACACAAGCCCGAUCCAUUAUUUGUUAUAGAUUGCAAAUAAAAAUCUGUUCCAACCUUUGUUCAUGCAAGACAGUACUUGUGCAGUACUUGUGCUUAGCAUGCAACAACUCAGGAAACAAUCGAUACGGGAGGUAGUAAUGAUUUCAAAAUAAUAAGGUGAUAAUUUAAUAUAAUCAGUUUCCACAUUGCUUUACUUAUUGAUUUUCUCACUUCCUUAUUGAUUUUAGUCUGUGCUUGUAGUGCAGUUGAGAAAAAUAAUAGCUAGCUGCAGCCUUAAGCUUCCUGUGUGUGUGUGUGAAAGCGAGCCCUUCGGUAUCUAACAUAGUGUUACUGACUGUGAUGUGCUAGAACGAGCAAUUUGUGGAACCUCUUCCCUGUGGAUCUGUGCAGAACUAGAGGCAUGUGUGCUGAACGUGGCCUGCCAAAUCCAAAGUGAAAAGCCCUGCCUACAUGAGGGUUUCCUCUUCUCACACCAUCACACUGCGUUAGUGUUCAGGAGCUGGAGAUCUUGAUGAGAAAUCUCCCCUCCUGUUCACUGCAAUUGGAAAAAAAAAACAGUAAUGUGAGGAGAGAGCAGGGGGCCGCUCAGGUGAAGGUCGUGUCCGUCUCUCGGCUGUUUGCAUCAUGUGUGUUUUAUUUUGUGUGGUGUGUUGUGGCGCUGUGUUUUGUGUCUCCAGCUGUGAGAAGGAGAGGAAGAGCGAGGCUGACGAGGAUUGCAGAUACUGCUGAGUGCUGCAGUACAUGCAGGGAGCAGGACUGUUAUCUUCCUGACUAAUGGCCUGAGAGGAGCUUCUUACUCUUUAGAGGCUGCUUUUACUUAAUCACCAGAGUAGAUAGUGCUGCUGUCGCUGUGUUGGCUCGGCCAGAGGGUGACAGGCUGCUGCUGUUGUCUGCAUGUACAGUACAACAUAACAAGGUCUGUUGAGGAGCAUGGAGGAGCAUUUUGUCAGUGUUUGUUUGCUGACUGCUCCUCUGCAGGCUCAGUUUGAAAGUCAUUUUAAUAAUACGAAUUUGUGUAAGUCUCAAUCAAACUGAGAUUGUAAAAUGAUCAGUUCCUACUUGAAUUUUCUUUUACUUGAGUGGAAUCAAGUUAGAAAAUCAGGCUUCCCUUUAGAGUUUUUAUUUAUUGUUUGCAGUUUUUAAUGACUUUAAUAUUUUUAGGGUUUAGAAACCGAACUCAAACUGUCAGUAUCAGUAUUUAGCUUCUCAGGCAUUGACAGAUCUGCAGGGCCUAUUCUACCUCUAUUGUUCGAUGUUUUAUCAAUAUUAAUAUCAGUUGAGAAUAUGCAGCCCCUUAAGUCCAAGACAAAUUUAUCUCAAUCUUAUAAAAGGGUAUCAUAGCAAGUUCUACCAUAUUUUACUGUAUAAAUUAGGGCCCGACCGAUUUAUCAGCGAGAGGAUUAAGUCGGCCAAUUUUAGCCCGUUUCAGACUUAAUCGGUAACCGUCCAAAACUCACGGAUUUUCGCCAAUAUUAUCAGAAAUAAAUUGCGGAGAAUAAGAUUCAGUUUCACUUCAAAAAUGUUCCACCAUUUGAAAAGUUCCCCGACUUAUCCUGUAGAUGGCGCAGCGACCUCAUGUGACAAUACAGUGUAUUUAGUGUGUGAAUUUUUUACUCUAUUUUGUGCAAAAAAAAAAAAAGAAAAUACAAAACAGAAAAAAGAAUUUGCUGCUAGUACCAACAAAAAGUCCAAAGCCUUAAGAUUAUAGGAUAAAUUUCUGCUCUGGAUGUUAAGUUAGUAGCAUGACAGGGAUUUGUGUUUGUGUUUCUAUGCUACAUGUUACUGUCAGGAUUUAAGAAAUAGACCGAUAAAGAGGGUUCAUGUCUCAGAGAAAACCUGUAGGUAGGCAGGCCUCUCAGCCUCAUCCACUCUUCCUCGCCUUUUUUUUAAUCCCCGGACCACCCGCUACUUUCCUUUUUUUACUCAAACCUCUGGAAGAGUCACAGCCGGGUUCAGUCCAGAGACGUUAUGAAUUAAUCAGACUUUUUACCUCUCUCCCCCUCUCUCAGGGUGCGUCGGUCAACAAGAGGACACAGUGGUUUUAUCAAAGUAAAAUGCCAGACUGUUUUCUCCCAAGAUGAAUGCAGCUUUAGCUUUUUUUGUUCUUUAUUUAGUGCAGACUGGAGCUGAUGCUAUCAAUAAAUAUAUUCUUCACUAAAGACUAUGGGGAAACGUUAUCAGCAUGUUUCACAUCUUUUUGACAUUUUAUAGACUCAACAAUAAAAAGGCAAUUGUAGAAAAAAACAUGAAGAAGUUGCAGUCCAAGCUCAGUUUCAGUUUGGUUGUGUUGUUUCAGCCUCUUGAGUCUAUGCUGAUAACAUAAGAGUCUGAUAACACUUGUUGUUAAGUGUGAGUUUUUCCACCUUAAGUGUCAGGAUGUUAAGCAUGGAUACCCAGGACAGCACUCGACGGCACACAUGUGGAGGUUUCAGCCAUCUGGAGGGUGCAGACAGCUCUUAAGUACCAAGCAUGAAGCGGGUUCACUCCUGUCUUAGUUUAACCUCUCUGAUUGUGGCAGAGCUCAUCAGGGAAAACGGCCGCUGAAUGCUUGAUUGCACAUGAUUGAAAAGAAGAAAAGUCAGGUCGGUCCUCAGAAUGUAGAUGUGUAUUUAUAACGCUUGAUGAGAAGGAGAAAUGCGAAUCAAAGGUGACAAAUAGACAAAACUAGAUUAAGUAAGAUAAAGAGGAGUAAAAACAUCAUACAUGUGAGGAUAAACAUUUAGUCGAGUCAUUACUUAUUUUAUUUGAAGUACCUCAAUUGGCAACUUUUUAUUGAUCAAACUCAAUUUCGAGCAAUUUCAUUUUUUUUGUGAGCCAAAGGAGAAAAAUACCACAAGAAUGAUCCAUAAAUCAUGUUUGACGAUGGACGAAAUCAUCUUUUGCAACUCUCCAAUCAAUCCUAAAAAAAAAAGCAAGGGAGACCUCUGCACACAAACAAAAUAAACAACCAAAAAUAAGGGAAGUCUGGACAUGCCACCCUGAAGAACGAUUUUUCACACCCCUCUCACACUGUGACUCACCGCUGUGAGCUCUCUUUCUUGCCAGCUUACAGUUUGGCUCGGCUUUUGGCCCCGCAGACCCCUCUGCAGCAUUGCUGAUGUGUUCAAAGACUGAAGGGCCUCCCAUGCCCUCCCAGGGAGAACAGCUUGUAGCUUGAUUAUGUAAUUGAAAAAUGAAUAUUGUGCAUCACAUUUUUUCCCCCUGUUUGGGACAGCUCGCCGGGUCGUAGAGUUAUAUGAUUCAGUGACUACAACAGUCAGACCCUGUGAUCGGACAUUUGAAUUUCAUACCAAUGUGUUUUAUGUACUUAAAUGACUAAAACAUCAAUAAUACAAUUAUAGUUUUGAUCAUUUUGACCUCCGGGUCUAUUUUCUUCUUUCAGUGUAACCCCCCUCUUUCUUUUGGUGUAUGUUCAGCCCUCUGAAUGCAGCUCUAACACACAGUAAAGACACAAGAAAAGGAGAAAGUGCAGAAGGAGCGAUACAAUACUCUCGUACUAAACACAAUGGACGUGCUCACACUUCAUUCAUUAUUUCUGCUAAUGUUUGAAAUUAUGUUUACCCUUGAAUCCUCUGUACAAGUACUGUGGUGGUGAUUUAUAAUUGAUGAAAACCCACUGUCUUAUCCUGCCUUUGAUUUUCAUGUCCACACUACAUGUGUAGAAAAGUGAGAGGUAACACUCUUGUUGGUGGACCACCGAGAGUUAUUUGCUUUCAAUGGGGGAGUGAAAUCAAGGUUAGAUCUGUAGUUUUUCUUUAACCUAGUGAGAAAUAUGCUGAUGAGAGACUCCAUUAUUAAUAUAUACGUGGGCGCUAAAUAGGGCUGGGCAUUAAAACGAUAACAAUAUAUUUCAAAAAAGUUAAUUUCCCUCAAUAUAAAUAUAAAACAUGGUCAAUAUGCUUUUCAAUAGCCGGCAUUCUGCCAUGUUUUGGUAGACUAUACGAAUAGCCAAUGAAAAGGGGAGUUGCUUCGGGUUCACUUCGCGCUGAACCAGUCAUGUACUGAAUUAGAACCAAGUAGCAAAUAACUUUGUAGUAGCAGGCUGCAGCUACACACAACCAUAGCACUUUGACAGAUUAAGUCGACAGCAGUGGCUCAACAGAUGACGACAGAGUAAUGUGUACUGCAAAUUAAGUCGAGUACAUGUUCUCGCAAAGUCAGGGAAUACCUCAAAUCUUUUUCACCACCAGCAGAGCACGCGCAGUGCAAAAGGUUACAAACCCUAAGCUGAGCAAGGAGCCCAUGGUGCCUGUGCAGCCGAAACAGCAGACCAUUCAGUCCGCUUUCUCUAGCCCAACACCUUACGACAAAACGUUGAAGAGACACAAAGACCUCACAAAUGCAGUAGCUUAUUGUACUGCGAAAGACAUGCUACCAAUAAGCACUGUUGAAUUUCAUUUUUCUAUAUCAUGAUUUAUCGAUGUCAACUGAUACAAAAAAAUUAUCAUGACGAAGAUUUUCCAAUAUCACCCAGUCCUAGUGCUAAAUAAGCCAUCUUCCACUUUCUAUCUAUCAAAAGAUGGUGACACUGCAGUCCACAGUUAUUUUUACUAUAUCUCCACGGUCUGGCAAUGUCAUAAUGCAACAGACAAAAAAAUCUUUCAAACUGAAUCUCCUGCGUAGCAACCUUUUAAAAAUGCAGCCGAGAAAUUAGGAAUUUUAACUCAUCUCGACGUAUUUGCUGUGAUCAGUUCAGGUCUGUGGGAGUACAAAUGACAAAUCUUUCGUCCCUCCCUGUGAGCUCUGACGCUGUUAGAGGCUCGGUUUUCCUGUCAGCUGUGGAUUGCAUCCUUUGGGUCUCAUUCUUCUUCGUUGGCAUUUACAGCACCAGCACCUCUGGGGCACACUCCUCAUUGGGGCCACAGUGAAUCACAGAUUACCACCCUGGUCACAUAACUGGUAACAUCUUGUGUCUGGUGGAGGCUACGUGUAGUGACUAAUGAAUUAAAAUGCUGGCAUGUUGUUAGCACAGUCUUAGACUGGGCUCAGACUAAUUAUAGAAACUUUUAAGUUGUUUUGUACACUCUGACAAUGACGUUUGGUCAGAUUAGUUUUAAUGCCAGCUGCAUAAUGAAGUCUGUGAACUCUACUUUACUGCUCAGCUUGUAAACAAAGGCAGAGCGGCUGAAACAUGAAUAUGCAGUGUCUGGUGUCACUUGUUUUGCUGCAGCCAGAGCUUAAUGAUAUUUGGAGCUGUGGAAGAAAUGAAUACAUCUGCUGUGUUAGCCACAUUUAUUAAAAUCAGGGGAAUUGUGUGAGAAAAGUAGAAACUGCAGUUUCUUUCGAGAACGUGUUAAUACUGCAAUGAGUCAUUUUUCCUCAAGGACAGAAAAGCUCGCAGCGAGAAACAGCCGCAAAAUAACCCUGUCAAUCUGUGAGAUCUCUGCUGCUGUGUCAUAUUUAUAACAUACUGAGAAAAAUGCAUAUUUAUGUCCAUCCUGAUUACUAUUGUAGGUGAGGAAAAGGUAGAAUAUGGCUGACAGCUUGAAUAAAAAAGCACCAGACAUGCCGUGAGUCACUUGGUGUUUGGAAAAAUACACACUCAAGGCUUCAUAGUUCUGCAGGUGUCAUGGCUGCAGUAUUCGCACAGUUUUCCAUCUCACAAGGCUGAAAAACUGUUUUUGAAUAUUUCUGAAAUGUUGCAGAUUUUUCUCCUUUUCAUUCCUGCUCCUGGUUCAAACAGAAAAACAGCCAAUGUCUUACAUUACUCGUAGCAUUGCUCCCAGAAUGCAGCUUAUAGAAGAGCAGCUAUAGUGCCAUUUUGUUGCGCUGCAGCCACUCAUUGAAACAGAACUAUCUUGUUCAUCUGAAAAACCCUGCUGCAAAUCUUUUAAAGGCACUUAAUAUCUGCUCAAGGGAGGGCUUUAAAGAAUAAUCCUAACACCUGAAAUACGGCUAAAACUUUAAGAGAUGGAUUUCUCCCAUGAAAAAUCUACUUUGGUUUUUAAAUGUUCGUCUUGAUUCUCAAUAAAACAGCACUUUGCUGAGCCAAACCAGCUCCCAAAACUUGUUUUUCAGACUAUUUUUGACAACAUACAGCCUGUAGUAGAUGAUAUUUCCUGCAGCAUCUGCUUCCUCAAGAUUUUCUGGUUUAUUCUUUAAAAAAUAUGUACUAAGAUAUUCACCGAACACGCACAUACAUCCUGUCUUCUAUUUGUAAACAAACAUCAAACAUAUGUAAUAUGGUGCAAAAGAAAAUGACACCAAUUCCCAAACCCUAAACCACCCAUACAACAAUAGGAUUAUAUGAUACUCUCAUCCGGUUUACUUAUUCCCUGUCGGACAUAUUUAUCCGUGCAUCAAAUGCAUACAAGCACAAAACAUCGAGAAAAGGUGCAAUGAGUCAGCUCAGCCUCUCUGAAUUCAUCUGGCAAAAACACAUUUCUCUGUUUUCACAUGCACAGAGAUGUCAACACAAGCAUUCUGCAGUGUUGCUCAAUAACCAUCUCAAGCACGCACUGCAAAUGUAGGCAUGUGAAAGACACCUAAGGCCCAUGACCCCACAAAUGGUAUUUGUUCCAGUUACAUGCUCGGAUGGGUGUGUGUGUGUGUGUGUGUGUGUGUGUGUGUGUGUGUGUGUGUGUGUGUGUGUGUGUGUGUGUGUGUGUGUGUGUGUGUGUGUGUUAAAAGGCUAUUCAGUGUCCCAAAGUAAAUUUGGACUCAUUUCUCCUUAUGAAGAGGCUUUAAAUAGGACUGAGUAAAGUGACAAGAAAAAUAUGAAUGCAAUAUACUUUUCUUUUUUUCUCAUUUGAACAAGAUUGAUCAUAAGACAUUAUUCAAUAGGAUUCAAGUAUCGAGAUGUAACCCUGAGAAAACCAGAUAGACCAGCAAAUAAACUUCAAUAUUUACAACAUUAAAGGUCCUGUGAAGAGUUUUUUUUGACAUUUAUGAAAUAGACUGAAAUUUAUCUUGAUGCCUCUUUUUGAUAUCCAACAGCAAACAAGAUCAUAAACAACAUGAUUGAUGACUUUUGAUUUUUUACAACCAAUGUGAGGGGUUAGGUGUCAGUGAAGCGGCUGAAAAAACUGUCCUGUUAUGAUACUUUUGACUGUCAGAAGUCAGCAGGAUGAGGUUUGUUUUCAUACAACACUACUAAUAAUGUAGAGGUUCAAAUGAGCAAAGACUGAUUUGUCCAAGAGUGGUGCUAGAUAGGCUCAAACUGAAAGUUCCUCACAGUAGCUUUAACACGUGUAGAGUAGGAGGGGCUCCAGCUUACAUUAGCCAAACUUGUUUCCUCACUUGUUUGCAUCAGGAUUUCUCCAGUAUUCAUGAUUCGAGAGGAUUUAAACAAUACUCAGUUCAAUAAAAUAGUUCUUUUCCUGAUAAUAUAAUUUAUAAAGCAUAUUCAAGUCAAAUUCAAGUCUUUUUUUUACUGCUUUACUGCAGAUAGAGUCUGUCUUAUCAGGACUUUUAGCUAGGAUUCUGUUCAUUUCUUAAUGACUGAUGGUUUGUCCAUAAUUACUCAUGCACCGUCAUCAACACAGUUACAGUAGUGUUUUGUAGACUGUGCUCAUAAAUGUCCUCAGAAAACUAUAGAUUAAUCAUCUGGUCUGUUAUUUGGUCUAAAGAUAUCUGCUGUUUGUCAUCCUUUUUUCAAUGUGGACUUUAUUGUGAUCCCCGAAGAGCAUUACUGUAUCGUCAAACUUUAGCUCAAACAUAAAAGACUCUAUUUGUUAUUUAUGCUGGCAUGUUUUAAUUUUCACAUAUUUUAACAUUAACAUAGAGACGAGAGUGGGUGACUCAUCCAAAGUACAUGACGAGCUGUAAAUUUACUCUAGUUGACAAACAGCGUGAAGUCGAGUAGAAUAUUGAAGUGUUAUGUCACAGCCAGGCGUGCAACAUGAAGAAUGUCAGCCUGUCGGAAAGAAGACAGAGAUUUCAUACGUGUUUCUGAGGGUUUUGCGAACCUUUCAUCAGGUAUUCUGUUUUGGCUGCGAUAGGUGCGGUGAAUGGAGGAAGCGCUUCCUCAGCAUUUCUGCUCACAAGUGCCAAAACUAUUGGACGAGUCAGCAACUCAGCUGUGGUUUUAAGCCCGCACCAGAGAGCUAACACUUUUGCCUCCAGUAAGAAACUUACUGGCUUUCACACAUUUAGCCUUGAUGGGGUUUGUUAGGCUGUUAACUGCUGAUUUGGCAUGUCUCCGGGCAAAAGGCACGCGUUUGACAAGUACUGUAUUAAUGAGGAGUCUAAAUCCUGCUCUCACUCUGAGACGUGAAUUAUUCUGAGGAUGAGACCAAUAAAAUAUGAAGAGGAAAGGAAAACUGGAAGUCAGUGUCACAUAAAACACAUGAUAAACCUUUAAUUAUGAUAAAUAUCAGUGGAUUAUUAAGUAGGUCAACUGGUUGUAGCCACACCUAAGGAUAAAAUCAGUGUGUUAUUGUUCAUUUUCUUGCUCAAUACCCAACUUUAUACCCCGGCCAAUCUCGGUGAAGAACUAUGACAAUCUCGCUCAUGGUUUCUCCCAAUUAAGGCAUCAGAAAAGAUCAUCCAAGGUAGUUUUAUAUGCUGUUUGAUGGCUGAUAAGAGCUUUGCUUCAAACACUCUGACCCCUGAACAUUUACUUUGAUGCUGACAAAAAUAUAACCUCCGUCAUUGCUUAUGUAGGGCCCGUAUGCUCCUUUCCAACCUGCUAUAAAUCAAAAAAACUACAACUUUGUGGUCUCUUGAUUACUUGAGAUAUUAGGGAUGGCUUUGGAGCACCUAUUUCCAAUUUAAAACCCCAAUCUUACAGUGUAAAUACUGUCAGAAACUAGACAAGACAAUAUGACUUAUAUAACUAUACUAACAGAUGAGUCAUUGAGGCAGAUUUUUAAGUGGUAGAAUUGAACUCCAGCCUGGCAGCUUCUCUACGUGUUCCCCAGUCAGCAACAGGGACUGAACGGGUCGUUUUCAGACAACUUAAUCUGACGAGACAACAAUGAAACGGCUUCUUAUAAACCCAGCUGGACAUAUUAUUAGAUAACAGCAUCCUCAUAGACUCAAAUCUCAGUCAUUGUGUAGUUAGAGGAACAUGAUACGUCACUUUGCAGACACAACACAUGUUGGAAAGGAUAAAAGGGAGAGACUCUCAGCCAGGGCGAAUCACAUCCUCCGACUCUAAAAAAGAGCUGUUCAAAAAGGUCCUUUGUGACAGUCUCGCUUCAUUUGCAACAAAGACGACGACUGUUGUACAUUCACGCUGAUAUGUCACAGGACUGUCAGCUCUGCCUUCCCUCCCCUCUCAGGAUUUCUGCUCUUAUGCCUCCAACAAGCCGAAUCCCUUCGCAGCACUUAUGAAAACCAAACCUCAGAGAGAUGGCACAACAUCCCCAGACCAGGCCUGUUUUUCUUUGCCUCAUGCUGAGAAGGAUGCCCAGGGUUUUAAGGGAUACAAGACCUCAGUCUUCUGUAAAUAAAGCAACUCUGAGAAAUUCAAGUAUAAGCUCUUUGCCAUCCUCCAGGCUGAGAGUGAGCAGAUAGGGUUUGGGGAGUGCUGAAAGGCUAGAAGGUAGAAAGUGUGACUGCUCACUAGUGCGGGCGUGAGAAACUGAGGUUGUGACCACACAUUUAAGUGAACUUUUAAAAGGGAUUUUUCCUCUUUUGCCUUGCAGUAACCCCCACCCCCCCAACCUUCUUUGUCUCUCCAUCCUUCCAGAACGUUUCCUGGGGUAAGCAGUACUCCUACGCCCUCUUCAAAGCCAUGAGCCACAUGCUGUGCAUCGGGUAUGGUGCUCGGGCGCCGGUCAGCAUGUCGGACCUGUGGAUCACCAUGCUGAGUAUGAUUGUAGGCGCCACAUGCUACGCCAUGUUUGUGGGCCACGCUACAGCACUAAUCCAAUCACUGGACUCUUCACGAAGGCAAUAUCAAGAGAAGGUAAGGACCAGACAGAAACACUCAAUUUAUCUGAGGAGCAGAAACAGUGUGGUGUGGUUUACAGAUCUUGAAUGUGUUGUUUAAGGUAAGUAAAAAAACCCCUGGACAGUCUUAAAGGCAUGGUUGACGAUCUGAGAAGCAGUUGAAAAAACUGAGGCAUUGAGGCAGAUUUGAAAAAAAGCACGCCAGCUCUGCUAGCGAGAACCUUCUGCAGCUGCCUGGACAGCUACCGUGUUGACAUUGUAGAGACUAAUACAGUUAUUUAUGUAACAUGUGCCACGAUAAAGGGCAAAAAUUACCUGUUCAACAAAAACUCUGCUGCCUCAGCGUCCAAUUAGAUUCCUCGCUUGGUCACAUUUCCUCUUCGUCUCUGCCCUUUCUUCCGUUGGCUUGCGUUUUCUUCCCAAUUUGGUGGUAGGGCAAGCAGAAGUGUUUUUUUUCCGUCCUUCUCCAACACAGCUCCUGUAGCUAAGCUGCUACGCUACUCUUAGCCGCUCAGAGCUCCGAAAGGCCCAAGAAAGUGAGAGGGGACGAGUCGGAACUAACUGGAGAGGGGUGUGUCCAAUACAGCAAGGUGAUUGGAUGGAGAGGCGGAGCAGGAAAUUUACCAAUAGGAGCUGUCCGGGACGCACAUUUUUUUUUUUUGUAGGAUUAUAGUGGAAGGUCCCGCCAUCGUUCGCCUCUGAAUGGCUUGAAGUGGUGGGGUCCGAUUGGUUAUAACUUAUGGCUGUGAAACGUCAUCGUCUGUUGGGUUAGGGUUAGGGUUAGGAGAUUGUUAGAGGGUUGGAUAAUGUUCUGUAAUGUUCUGUUUGUUGUACAGAGCCAACAGCCCGCGUUUGGCUUUAGCAUGUGAUGACGUUUCCAGCUUUUCUAGCCAAUCAGAGGCGAAGGAGGCAGGACUUUCCCCUACCAUCAUACAAAAAAAAUUGCGUCUGGGAUGGAUGGCUCCUAUCGGUCAGUUUGAAAGAAUGGAUAUUUUCCAUUCUUUUUUCUCUUCACUUUGUGGAGAUUGCACUAUAGAACCAUGAUCGCCAUAGAAACGAGGUUCAUAAUUACCAAUUUCUCCAAUUGUCAGCCAUGCCUUUAGAGUAUUAUUCUAAGGGAUUCUGCUCUUUCCUACCGCAUAAAAUCCUGCUCAUGGAGCUGGACUUAAACAAAUUAGGUGAUCUCGCAGUGGCCCCGUGGACCAAUGUGUUGAGCUAUACAAUCCACUAUAUCCGGGGCAAGGACUAGGAAAGAGGAUUUUCUCUCCCCGGGGCAGACCAUACAAGGUCAACGGGGUGAAAAGGUCUUCGAUAUGACCGGUCACCGCAUUGUCUGAACGCUGCCAGUGCUCACAUUUUAUUCUUUACUUUCAAUUCAGCCCCGGUUACAUCACUUUUAUUUUUGUUGCAUGGAGAGUGAUUAUCCAGCGCUUCAGCCGAGCCACCAUCUGUGAUCUGCUCUAAGGGGGCCUGGGCGGUUCCCAGAACACAAGGCCAUGACUGAUGUGCUCUGCGCUCACACGCAAGAGCCCGGUUUCAACUCCCAAACUUUUCCUGUGCUUAUGCUGUCCACGUGCAUACAGCAUUGUAAUGCAAGGGAUUACAGAUCUCUAUGGUAUGUCUCCAUCGAAUUAAGAAGAUACUGUAGUUAUGAUUAAAACAGGGAUGUGAUCUUUAACCCUAUGGGAUUAAAAAGAUGAUGCAAGCUUGGACACACUGAUUUAUCUAUGUGGAGUUAUCUUAUACAAAUGGAAAAAGGAGAUUUGGUUUGAGUUCAUUUUGGGAUACAGGGUCAAUUGAAGGAGCAAUGAAGAGGAAUUUGCCAUCUUACAUUCCAAGUGUGCUUUUUUAACCUUUAAAUUCAAUAAGACAAACAAAUUAUUGGUAAAUAAAGCGAUUUGUGAAAUGUGUGAAAUACCAAGAGUUGGCCCAUGUAGUUCCUAUGAGAUGAAAUUAUAGAAACAAAACAACUUAUCAGAUGAUCACUUGAUAGUUUAAGGUGACAAGCAAGGUGACUCCAAGAGCAUGUAACAGCUGUUGCCCCACUACAUUUAUGUUCACAUGUACAGAGACAGCCGCACACACUAAUGCAGACCAGAUUUGACACGCAGCACACACAUCAGUUAUCCUUCAGAAGGUUGUUGCCAUAAUUCUUAUCAAGGAGUCUGCAGAGUCACCUUGGCUGCGACUAUAACGGGACAUGUUAAAAUACCAGUUCAUUAAUUUACACUUGCACAUAAAAGCAUUUAGCCGUCAUCAAUUCACCCUAAACCGACGGCCUGACCUUGCCAGCUGCUACUUGGCUGAAGCAAUUCAGAGAAACAACCUUAACAACCUUUCUGUGUGCUUUUACUGCAGUGCUGUAAUCACAGUAUAUAUAGAAGCGGGCGAUGUCCCUCGGUUUCAGAGGAGAGGCGUAGCAUGUAGAGGCAGAUUGGACUGGUCCCAAGAGGAGACUCUUAAAUAAUGUUCCUAUGAGUUUACAGUAUCUGACACUGCACUGAGGUCUUUUUAAACACAGACGGGUCUAGUUUUUUAGCCAACUGUUGUGAUGACGUUAAAAUUGACUUUAAAGAUGUCUAUGUAGUAAGGAUUGGCCAACUGCGAUUGUUGAUUCUAGGGCUGGGCAAUAAACUGAAAAUUUACCGAUACCCAAAUUUAUGACAAUAACCAAUGUCAUUUUGCCAACAUCGAUAUAUUUGGUGUCAAUAAAUAAAUAAAUAAAUAAAAGUUGGUUUUGGAUGUGAGGAGGUAGGCUAUGGUCUCAUGUCCCUUUAAGACGCUGUCCUACGUCGGAGAUGUGACUCCACCCCAUCCAGUCUGUAACAAAGAGGGUUGAAGUAGACAAAGUUAAUGUGGGAGGGGGUGAGCAGCUUAUGGAGUAGUUAUCGUCCAUUUACUGUUAUUGAGGUGAACUGCUCAAUAUAUAGUGAUAUUGAUUUGAGGCCAUAUCGCCCAGCCCUAGAUGAUCCUGUAGACCAAGGUGACCACGCCCAAAAUGCCAGACUCUGAAAAGAGGGGUUCAAACACCAAAGGGUGAUAUUAGCAUGGCUACUUCCACUCCUGAAAAUAGUUCAAGUUUGAGUAUGAUUAGUAAAACAAACACCACUUUAGAUCUGAGGUGUUUAUGGAUAUUAAACUAUCAAAUCUAAAUGUCGGUGUGGUGAGAUGGAGAAGGCUCAGAAAAAGUCUGAAUAAUUUAUUAAAAUUAGCGACAUGGGUAUUUAACUCCCAGCACAGGGUUCAUUUCCUCAUGAAUUUCAAUUCCCCAUCUAUAAUUUUCGGAUUGAUCAGACUCAGAUGUCGCAGCACAUCCCUUUAAAAAAUUAAUGACAGCAGGUUGCCCAAAGCAAACGAGUCAGCCGCUCUGAGUAUGCAUCAGUGACAUGUGUCAUGCUCGCUAUGUAUGUACAUCUGCUUCCCAGCAAAUCUGCUUAAUCUACAUCCUACUUUGGCCUCUCAGCAUCCCUCCAGACAUCGAAGUGACAGCUUUGAGGCUGUGAAUGGCAUGUUCGUGGUAACAGAGCCUCAGUGUGGAGCCAGAUUCAGCCAGGGCUGAUUUGCUGCACGGCUGUGCAUAUCAGUGGAGCAGGCUGAGGAGCAGCAGGGAGGAGCUCAGGGAGCCCAGUCAUUACAUUUAUCACUGCUUCAGCUUGGGGAGCGGAAACACAGACGCAGAGAUAGAUUCUUGUGUGAGGUUAGAGGUUAGCCCAGGACAGAGGAUGUUUAUGACAAGGAUGGAAAGAUGAGGAAGAAGGAGGAGGAGUGAUUGGAGUUAUCUCUCUCAUCAAUAAGUACGACUUACAUAGCAAACACCCUGCCCUGAGCUGACUCGUCGUCUUAUCUCUUUUAAUGCUGCCUUUUUGUUUGCGAUCAGAUCAAAGAAAAACUAAACAUGAACUAAGCCAACAAAGAUGUACGAAAAGAUGUAAUGAAACAGACGGAGAGAUAACAGAAAGAGGAGAAUCAGAGAAAUCAAAGGAGAGGGCUGGGGGAAGUGAUGAUGUAAAGCAUGCAUAAUCUGUAGACAUGCCUGCUGUGAUGCCCCGGUGCUGAAUCACUGUAAGCUGGCAUACAGCUGUGUCAUCCAGCAGCUGAAGAGCUGCGCCUUAUCUUUUCUACAGGGCUAAGAGGCUAACGUAGACCAGAUUCAACCACUUGUCUGCCCUGAAAUACUGUAAGAGUUAAACAUGAUUUAAGAUAAUAAGAGCGUUGACAAGUUGGUCUGUCAUCUAUAGCGCUUUGAAUGUGCAGCUAUCAGUGUCAAAAGAAAUGAAAGUAACGCUUUAUUUGACGCCUAUCUCUAUGUAACCCAUUAUAAAUAUAUUUAUAAUGCGUUAUAAUCACGUUAUAGCACUGUACAACUAUAGUUAACAGCAGUUGCAAUUAAUUAUCUAUAUGGGCAUUGUCAGUGAGUUGUAACACAGUUAUAACACAUUAUAAUACCUGAUCUUGUAAGUCAUGAUAAAAAUGCUUUAUAACAUGUUAUGAUUAUUGCUAUAAAGCAUUAUGAUCAUUCAUGAGUGUUUAUAACUAUAGUUAUACAGUGCUAUAACGUGAUUAUUACGCAUUAUACAUAUAUUUAUAAUGUGUUUCAGAGAGAGGCAUCAAAGAAAGUGUUACUGAAAUGAAAAAUGAAAAUACUACAUUCAACAUACAUUUGUGGAGUCAGAGUUACAAGCAAGAAAAAUAGAGUUUUUAGUUUAAAACAGGAAUGUGACAAUAUCAGAUUUUCACCUCAGGAUUAUCAUGGCCAUUAAAUAUCUCUAAAACAAUAUCGUAAUAAAAUCGGUGGGAAACUCGAAAUUCAAAACAACACAGUAAGUAAAAUUGAGAAAAAAGAAGACAAAGGAAGAGCAACAUAAUAUACUUGUGUGUUUAUGUCUAUGAUGUGUUUUUUUCAUUUUUGAUAAUUUCUUUAAAGACAAUUUAGGAGUCCAAACUAAAGAGAGUGGAAACUUCAUCUUGUUUUAGUCAUCCCAUGUCUUCCCUCUUUAAAUUUUUCUGCCCAUCUUGAGCAGAAUUUACCCUAUUUCACUUUGAGGUUAAAUAAAAACACAUUUCCAGGGGAUGCUGUUGCCUUAUUUUUCACACAGAUGACAAAGUUUCCCUCAGGGCUUAUUAUUAUCAACAGUAAUGCCUGACAGUGGCACUGGCACUCAGACAUGUGAGUUAAUUUUGUACCAGAUGGUUCAUGCCCUGACUGCAGUCAUGUCCAUCUCUGGAGAGAAAGACUGACAGAAACAAAGAGGAAGAGGAAAGGUUGGGGACAUAGUCAGCAUUGAUCCUGCUCAUGAACGCGUAAAGUCUGGAUUUGGGUGGGAGGGGGAAUUAUGUCAUCAUGAUAAAAAGCUGACAUAACCCUAAGCUAGAGGCCGACUUUGUACAACUCUGUGCUCAUUGACCAGCCUGACAAAAUGACCUGGUUGAGACUUUUUUUUGGAAACUCUUUCAUAGAAUCAGGAAAAGAAUCAAUGAGAGAGGCAUUCACUGUUUGAACACGUCGAUCAUUUUUCUCUGAUGUCACAGACGUGGUGGAAAGCUAUGCGGUAAUAUUGUGUUGUCCUUCUGGUUGGGAGCCCUAAAAAAAAACGAAACAGGAAAUUUGAAAAAUGAUUCUCUGCUUCUAGUCAGACGUCACUUGGAUUUGAAAAGAGAAAUACUGAGAGAGAUUUCCCCCAUAUUUUAAUCAAAUAAUGAUUUGUUUGAUCACUCAACUGCUGAUAAGACAGCAGUUUAUGUUAGCAGCCGACCUCUUCUUUCUUAAAACAAUUAUAGAUAUAAAUGAUAAAAGAUAUGAAUAUAUAAAGCAUUAUUUCUGACAUCUAAGAUAACAUUGAAGUUCAAAGUUCAACCAAUACAGAGUUGUUAGCUUUUAGCCUUUAGCUAACUGACAUUUCCUUGAGUUAUCAAUUAAUGCCCUGUCUUAAUUUUCCUGUUUCAUUAUUCACAGUAAGGUGAGCUAAGUGUGGACUGAACACUACAUCAGCUGUUAUAUAACACUUUCCUCUGAGCUAUACAUGGUGAGAAAAACACAGCUCUGUUAUUCAGAUACUAAAUGAACAUGCCCUUUUACUUUUGUAUGGAUCGAGUAGCAAUGAAAUGACGAUUUCUAGCUUUCCCUACUUUAAUGUUUCUAUACCUGUUGUACACCCUGGGCAUGAUAACAGAGGAAAAUAGCUGCCAUUGAAAUAUGAUGAAUCGAAACUCGAUAAUAUUGAUUUACUUGAGUCAAACUGGUCAUAUCUCGAGGCUGAUACUGGGCUGAGCUUCCAACCUGGAGCUGCUGCUGGCUCCAACCUCCUGUUCUGUGAUUACCAAAGGCAGUGUGAUAGACAGGGUUUUUUUUCCAGGUGUCACUGACCUCAGACUGUCUGAGUAGAUUGUUUUCACAGCCUUGUCUGUGGAAAAAAAAAACCUGCAUGAGAAAACAGAGACCAAUCAAAGAAAGAGAGCACAAGUAUUUUCUUUCCCCGUCUCUCCUUGGGGCUGACACUUGCCUUUCAGGUUAAUGUGGACAGAUUUUUUUACUCCCUCUAAGAUUCAAUUAAUUACCAGGAACAGGGCAUCUUUAUUACUGGCAGUGUUGCACAACCGGAAAAGUCCUGCAUCCAGCCAUGCAUGCACAGUGUGGGGAAAAAACUGUAACAGGCCAUCUGGCCUUCAGAUUGUGUUGCCAAAAUAUCUUUCAACCUUUCCUUUAUUUUGUUCCUCUCUCUUCAUCUGACAAAUUCCUCUAUCCCUCUUUCUCUCCUCUAUCUCCUCAGUGGAGGAAGGAUUAACAACAAUGGUUUCAGUGUUAUACUCAAAGUUCAAUCAACUUUUGUCAGGUAUAUCCCUCUCAAACAAAAGAUAACAUGGAUGGUGUUUGUUUGGUGAAAACUGCACAGAAAAAGAAAAUGUAAUCUUAUGUAAGAUUUAUGUUUUUAGGAUUUUUUAAGGUCUCUAUAAACAAUUGAUUCUUUGCCACAGUUUCAAACUAAAGUUAUCCCAGAAGUUUAAUUUGAGAUAUUAUGUCUUGUGCUAACAAACCAAAGGCCACUGGAUGAUUUUCUGGCCAACAGCAUUUAGAGUGUGAACAUUGGUCAGAUACUUACGCCAUUUUAUAUCCCUAAGACAUACUCUGUCACACAAUUUCAAAUGUAUGUUGUGAUGACUUUGGUUUCCUGGAGAAUAAGUUUCAUUUCCCCAAAUUGCAAAUCCCAGUUAAAGAAAUGUUUCAAAGUUGAAAUAUGUCCACAAAAAGGUCAAAACUUCUACCUUGCUGUUUGAUUUUUAAUCUUAGAAACAGCAAAGGACACUCUAAAUGUAAUAACAAAUGUGUAUUAGCACCCAGAGUUUAUGCCCUUUUACUAUUCCAAAAACAAAACAAGUCAAUGGCACGGCUAAAUGAUUUGUUUAUGCAGAUCAAUGCGUCCUGGAUGGGAAGUUUCGGAUCAAUAAACUGUAAUGGCGACUCAUUGAGAGCUUGUCAGCACAGCGAGUUUGACUGUACAGCACCACUGAUACAACAGACAAUUUUAGAGUGAUUUGCCAAAAUUCCGGGGGAAAAUACAAACAAGAGGACAAGUGGAGGAAGUGGAUCAGUUUGGACUCUGACGAGAGAUACUACAGCAAAAUACCAGGGUGAAAUCAUGCGUAUAAUCAUCGCUUCAACACUCAUGCAAUCUGUUUCACUUCGUUCAUAGUUUUUGAAUUUCUCCAGCAUAUGAGGUGAACUUGCUUUAAAUUUGCAUCAGGUCAUAACUCAGUUGCCUAUUAAGACGGCGCUUCCUGCAUGGGUGAGAUAAUCACAACUGCUACUUUGGUCUGACAUAGCCUCGGGCCUGUUCUCGUUCUCGCUCCACCUGCCUCCAUCGUUCCAUCUCAUGCCUCCACACACAGAACCAGGACGGGGGACUGUGACUGUGUGAGGUUAAAGGUUGUCCUCAAUGCAGAGGCGUGAAGAGAAAGUCUGUGAGGACUACAUUUUAGCCGAGCUCUGUUGUUUAUUUAGGUGUACUAGCCUUAAACAUAUGCUCACUUGACCUGAUAUCGAUCUGUUUCUGUCUUUCCAGUACAAACAAGUGGAGCAAUAUAUGUCCUUCCACAAGCUUCCAGCAGAUAUGAGGCAAAAAAUCCACGACUACUACGAGCAUCGCUACCAAGGCAAGAUCUUUGAUGAGGAUAACAUCCUGAGUGAACUCAACGACCCGCUCAAAGAGGUGAGGCACUUUCACUCUAACCUAAGUUCAAGCAUUUACUCAUGUAUGUGAUUACUUUUAUAAAUCUCUUUGAGGAUUCCCAUUUGAAAGUUUUAUUUGGAGCAGAUAUAAAAAACACCACAAGUCUAAGAAGAGAAGGACAAACUUGACAGGUUGGCUGGUUUUAGUUUGGAACAUGAAAGAAGAUAAAAAGUGUAUUUACAGCCGUUAUCUCCUCUUAUGAGAUCAGACGGAAGAAGAGUAAAAACGGAUUCUCCUCUGCAUCCUCUGUGAACCCAGACUGACUGAAAUAGGAAAAUUUUCUGCAGAAAACAGUCCCGCAUUUUCCUGCUUUAUUUGCAAGUCUCAGUGUGAACACAAACAACUCACAUUGAAAAAAACAGAAGCAAAAUAGGGACAAAAUUCUACAAGAAAAACCUUUUGGAAACCGAGCAGCAUCCUGAGAAAGGAAGCCAAUGUAUAAGUGCUAAAAACUGCAGUUCCCCCAGUGCCCACUGGAGGCUGGCUGCAGAAUCACCAGAAACCACAUACACACUCAUUCAAAAAGAGCCAUUUUUAGGGCAAUAGAAGAAAAGGUUUACAGCCUGGUUCAAAAAACAAUUUUGGUCUGAAUAACUCAGUUUGUACACACUUUAUAAUGGUUGAUUUUUUAAAAUGACUUUGUUUCAAAGAUAUUCGGCUACAAGUUCGGUGAAUGUUUAUCGAGGAGGUUUUAGCCUUCCUCUAAGUUGGUUGACUGUAAGUUAGAUUAAUUCACCAUUUACACGAUGGCAUAUGCCGAUGAUUGGCUUCAGAAAUCCAUUCCAAAAAUAAAUGGGUGGCAUCAUUAAUAUGACUUUCUCGUAAAACACAGUCUUUGCUGGAAACUUUCUACAGGCGUAAAUAAAGUAAGCUAACCUAUCCUAACUUUACUAAACUUAACCUAACCUAGCAUAAUGUAAUCAGAUCUAACCUAACCCAACUUAACCCUACUUUACUCUAGUUUACCUAACCUGGUCUGACCUAAACUAAACCUAACUAACUCUAACUUAACUUAACUUAACUUAACUUAACUUGGUUGUUGGGGGGAGUUUUGCAAAUAUACUUACAAUUCUUUCAUAGCCUAAAUGUCGUCAAAAUAGAUGAGUUUUUGAACCUAUUAGCCCUUUACAGUUUUUACUAAGGUUACGAACCAAAACCAUUUACUGAACAGGCUGUAAACAUGGUCAAGUGGGUUUAUAACAGGGGACCUUAUGGGGUUUCCUUGGUUUUUGGAUCCAAACUGAUACUUAAGGAAAGGAAGUAUUUCGCACUUUGUUUCAGCUUAAUUUUCACACCAGAGGAUGUACUUAUUAAACUAGACACCAAGGAGAAGGAACCCAUUUAAAAAGACAUUAAUUAUAAAAAUUAAGGUGAAAAUGUUCCAAAUCAGAAUUCACAUUCAAAGAAAUUCUCAAAUUUCUUUUUAAAACUCCAAAAAUAGCCUUCCAGUUUGAUUCCAGAGGCAGAGUUUUCAUGAUUCAGGGGCUUAAAAAUAGAAGUUACUCUUGCUGGUAAUUAGUUGGAAACAUUAGGAAGACUCGAUGAAGAAGCAUUAGAGGAACUUUACCAUCUGUCUGAAACAAAAGAGGAAAGCAGCAAAAAACAGUGACCAGAGUAGUGUUUCAUGACUAAGGGCUGUGAUACUUUUGGUAACACUUUAUAACAACCAUAAUUUAUAAAUAAAUAGUUUAUUGAUGUUUAAUCAUCAUUUAAAAACAGCAUAUACAACAAUUAUAAAUGGUAAAUAGAUAAUGUAUUAAUGUCAGUUAAUAGUUACUUUACCAUUAACAAGCAAUGACUUUAUGAUUAAGCAUUUUCAUUAAUGAUUAAUGGACUAUUUAUCCAAGGUUUAUAUAGUAAAGUUUAUUGUAAAGUUGCAACUGAUGUUUGUAAUACUUUGUAAAUGGUCAAUAUUUGUUUUUUAAAGCAUCUAUAAACAUUACUUAGAUGGUUAUUGUAAAGUUCGCGUUAGGGUUAGGGUUAGGUUUUUCAAAUUGUCUACAUGCUAUUUAUAAAUGAUGAUGGAACAUUAAUAAACUAUCAGCUUACUAUUUAUAAAUGGUCUAUUUACCAUUUAUAAGUUAUGGUUUUUGUAAAACUAAAGUGAGUUUGGGAUUCGUGACCAUCCCUCAUGUAGCCCCAUUAAGUCACCUUGCAGAGUAGAACGCUGAGGCGAGGGGAGUCACUGCACAAUCCCAGACACUCACAGGGAGGCGAAGGGAUUUAAAGGUAUGACUUACUAAACAGAAAAAUCCUGCAGGCUUAGUUCCCUGUGCAGAGCAAGCAAAAUUAAAAAUCUGCAUAGAUACAGUGUCACACAAUGAAGGCUUUGUGCCCACGGGAUCAUGGGUAAAAACAAACUGAAUCGCGACGGAGCAAACUAGGACACAGGAACUAGCUUAGGUUGCUAUUUCACUGAUAACUGAGGAUGCAUCAGUUAUUGGAUUAUUUCAGGAGUCUGCUCCUCCAGGAGGAAGCAGGAGAAGCAGGUUGAUUUGUAAACAACUUUAAACAUCCAGGCAAAAAUCCUCCCUGUGACUCAUUUCCACACGUCAACCAUUUCCUGCUUUAGACUCAAAGUUACCUUGAGGUACGGCAAAAAUUCAAAAAUUUGCCUCCUGUUUUGAUUUCAAAUUAGGUCCCUGUGGUUUUCUUACUUCCCCUGCAUGUUUACGAGAUUCACUGCACCUUUUUUUUUUUUUUUUAACCUUUGUUGGCUCAGUGUUUUUGAACAGAAAGGUAGAAAAACCAGAACUCUGUUUGUACAGCCAACAAAGCAACUUUUGGCUGGUUUUAUAAUCUUGUUAAUUGGGGAACUGCUGCACUGUGCUACUUCAGCCUGAUGCAAGGGAGUUGAUUUUUUUUUUUCUCGCAAUGCAUCAAAGAAUUAGGUCACCUGAGUAUUGAUCCAAGGAUAUUUCUACUUUUUUAUGUGUAGUCUCUCAAUUCAAAGUAAUAUCUACGGAAUAAAACAAGAAAUCGAGGAGUUUAAAAGAAAUAUAGUUUGCAGUGAAAAUGUCAUGGCUUUAAAAAGGUCCAUAUUCUUUAUUUAACAUUCAAGUGCAAAAAAAUUCAAGACUGCAAAUAAAAAGAUAGAACGCCUCAUCUUCGAGCUGCCAUUAUCGUCAGGUUUUAGCUCAAUUGCUUUCUAUCACCCCAUAAAACGCUGUCUUCACCUCUCAUGCUCUCAGGCUAUCUUUUUGAAAAGCCUGAUGACUCAUGCCAACCUUCAUGAAUAUGCCGAUUCCACCUCUCUAACUGACCUUUCUCUCCAGACUAAAAAGUAGCUUAUUAUUGAAGUAUGUUAACUAACAGAAAGAAAUUACAGCUGACUUAAUUAGAUACCUCAGGAUUUGUGAGCAUGGCACAGCUAAAGGCACGCUCUCUGCUGUGCACAGUUCAGCCUCUUUGACCUCUUUGACCUCUAGAAAAGCGGCCAGAAGUUUUUUUUUUUUUUUUCUUUUUUUGGGAGCGCUACAGAGAGCACCAGGCUUUGUUGUGUUUUUGUAUCCUCGGGCUGUGUCCCAGUCCCUCACCAUUUAGCUGCAGAAAUCAAUACUUCUCUUCAAGCCAGACUCAGUUUUGUAAAAAGGGCUGGGACAGUAUCAGAGCAAGGCUGAUUGCAGCUGAGUGUCCACACUUUUUGUCCCUGCGCCAUUUUUUGGGGGGGUGUCGAAGGACCUAUGGGUCAAUUCGGGAUCAGAAUCAGCCCCACUCAGCAGCACUCAUGCUAGUUUUGGUCUAAAGGAGGGCUGUGAAAUCAGUCCAAGUAUACUUCAGCUGAUUCUCCAAAGUCUUUUGUGCCUGUGAACCAGGUGUGCCUUAUUCAGGCUGCUGUUGGCUCAAGCAAUUAUGAUUAUAAUAACUGUGCUUCAGCGGAUGAAACAGCUCUGGGGUUUGGUGAGUGGUUUUGGAAGGUUAAAGGUAAUGAAGCUUACAGCAGAGUCUUCAGGUAAUCAUGCUGGUGGGCCGAGAUGGUAAUGGUAGAGUGAAUUUGAAACAGCUCUGCAAUGAUAUGAGGCCCGACUUUACUUUGGAGAUGAAUUGUUUAAACUUUGAAGUCCAUCACAGCGUCUUUAAAUUCCACCCAAUAAAACAAAGUUUCAAAGGAGAGAACACCACAUAAAACUGUUACUUACUACCUUGAAUUUCCCAUUUUGAUAACAAGUUUUAUCUUUGAAAGGAGACCAUAUGUACUUUAUCGAAAGGUUUUGAUAAAGUUUGAUGUAUUUGUAUCCUUCUGUCUCUGUUACCUGCAGAGCAACAGGGUAGAUCAUGACAUGUUGGCAAUGAGUACGAGUAUAUCGAUGUCAAACACUACUCUUAAACAGACCUAAUAAAAAGACAUUGAUGAAAUAGUUGGCAAAUACAUCUUGACAGCAGGGCUGUGUCAAGAGUGAAGGCCCGAGGUGGCCACCCCCGGUGCCACCCCAGAAUCCUAAUUCCUGCAUUAUAAUUGAUAUUUGCGUUGUCAAAUUUGUUGGAAAGGUUUUUAGAGGAAUCAGUCCACUAAAAAUUGCAAACAAACUCCUGCAAUUCUUCUAACUGUCAAAAACACAUUCAUUGGAACAUUUCAGAAACUAAAACUUUGCCAGUAAAUAUAUUCUCGUUAGUUGGACAGUGUGAAAAAUGAAAGUGUGAAUUGCAGGAAAACUCGUGACGAGAUAUUGAAUACAUGGCCAAUGAAAACUGACAAUAACAAAAUAACAGAGAUGACUGAUUAUAUUCAGGACAAUUGUGUAAUAAUGCAAACUGAUUUUUGAUUAGCUGGGGAAUAACAUUAAAAAGGGCAGUCAGUGCCCCGGGUUGGGCCACCAUAGUCGAAAAGUCUGGACACACCCCUGCUAAGAUGGUCACCCAGGGAGACAUGAUAGCUUUGAAUAAAUAAGGACCAAAGCAGGAGCCUCAAAAAAAGUAUUUAUGAUUCAUUUUUUAGAGGUAAUUCAUUUUUCAUCUAACCGAUUUGAAUCGUCUCAUAUGUGGACUGUUUUUCAAUCGUCUUACUCAUACACAUAACCCUCUCUUUGUAAAAAGCCAUUGAGGCAGGUAAUCCAUCAGGCUGAACAAUAUAUUCUUAUUCUGCUACAGUGGACAGAAACCACUUGAAAGACUCUCUGUAGUGUAACUUUCAAGGGCACUUUAAUGUCCAAGAGAUGAUUGUAACCUGGAAGAACACAUAUCAUUUAUAUGGUCUUGAAUCAGAGAGGCAUGAAGAAACUCAGGGUCCAAAUCAUGAGGGGAAAUAAUGCAUAAAGUGACAAAGUGGUAUACCUGUCUUAUUCACAAGGUGUGUGUGUUACUUUUUACACAGCUUAGCCGUUGUGGAAUAACCUGAAAGUUGUGCCUUUGGAGAAAACAUCUGAAACUAGUUGUUAGUGCCCACUUCACUCCUCUUUUAGCCACUUAAUGUCUCUGCAAACCCUGGAAACACAGUCAGGGAUACUGCCAACAUCCGUGUAUGUCAUUACUAUGCAUCUUUGCCAAAGUCUGAUAGAUUGCUGUAAGAUGAAACAGUAUGUAUGUAAUUCAGUACAAAGCAGCUUAAUAGGUCUCCUUUAUAUCUUGCAAGUCGAUAUACUUAUCAGGAUGUUGUCAGAUGUAUACGGUUUAUUAUCCGUGGGCUAGCAUGUGACAUAACUUCCAAGCUGUUCCAACUGUUCUCUCCCUCCUCCCCACACCCCCGUUUCCUUUCUUCCGUCUUGUCUUUAUUCCCCGCCAUAUGACAAAUCUUUAAAUAGGCAUAGCCAAAGAUUGUUUCCCCACGAGGCCUCCUGGCUGGGCAUGAAAACUGCUUACUCUCUAAUUCAUUAGUUCUGGUGCAUGAUUGAGGUCAGAACCCCGUGGCAUUAGCUGACACCGGCAUCUGAGACUGUGCUAACAUCUUCAGCAAGCGAGCAUCCCCGGGAUUGGUUAUCUCCCCGUCAAUGUCCUGUUGUCACUGGAGGAGAGUUAUCCGUCAAGGGGGGGAUGGGGGGUCAACAACACACCACCACAGGAUGCCAAAUGCCCUGUGCUCCAUCUGCACAGCAACAGAGAUGUAUGGGUAAACAGACAACACGCUCCUAAUCUCCUGCCGGGUCUGAGGGGACAGGAUGAGAGUGGAGCGUGGCCUGCAGCCGGCCCCACAGGGCAAACUCAUCAGGAUGUGGCUCGCGUGCCAAAAAGUUUCUUCUCAGGGGCGAUGGGAAGUGCUUUAGAAGUAUUAGGGAUAAGCAGCAAUAUGCAUCCAAUUCAUUUAUGCCCAGAGAUAAAAGAGGCAGAGAUGAAGGAUUUGUGCUGGUGUUUUAUGUCUGACUACAUAACUUCAACCUUUUUUUUUUCCCGGUUUAAGAUGCAAAUUACUGAAUCAUUCAUAUUGUUUUGUCAUCUUCUUCUUUAACCAAACUUCUUUGUGUCUCCUGCAGGAAAUCGUCAACUUUAACUGCCGUAAGCUGGUGGCCACUAUGCCUUUGUUUGCCAACGCCGACCCCAACUUCGUGACGGGGAUGCUGAGCAAAUUGAAGUUCGAAGUCUUUCAACCGAACGACUACAUCAUUAGGGAAGGCACGGUGGGGAAGAAGAUGUACUUCAUUCAACACGGGGUCGCCAGUGUCAUCACAAAAUUCAACAAGGAGAUGAAGCUGACGGACGGAUCCUACUUUGGAGGUAUGUACAAAAGCACAACGAUGAAGUGUACAUGGAGAAAAAAAUGCUUUUUAUCAAGUAAAAUUGUUAAAAUAUUAUAAUAGAUUGGCCUGUUUAUGAAAAUGUGAAGGGAUUUAAAGGAUGACUCUUAUUUUUCUUGUCUAAUUUCCUUGUUAAAUAGCAAAUGUGAAUUAUACAUGUUGGCACUGCCAUACGUGCUCCAUACAGUCACACAUGCAUUCCUGCUUUCUGCUCGUAUGAUUUAUACAUAUAUAUAUUGAGACUUGAGUCUAGCCUGAGGUCGUGCGUUUGAUGCUGUUUGAAGUGAACUUAUUGUGGAUGUAGAUUCUCAUUAACCAGCAUUGGACGUUAGUCAGUUUCUGCAGUUACAUAACCUCUCAUCUGGCUGUUGGAGUAGGCCAAGGCGUGGAUCAGGCAUCCCUUAGGACACACAGAGGAUCCUCCCCCACCCUCAUCUUCACCCUCACACUCUCAUACACAUGCAUGAACUCUUCUCCCCCCCCCCCUCCAUACGUCCGCCCUGCUGCUGCCUAUACUCCACACUGACAAGAGCAGCAUGUUGUUCAGGAGCCAGGAGCUGUUUCCUCUCUCCUCUUUCAUUCUCUGUCUUCUUCUAUCUUUCUCUCUUUUUUUUUUUCCGCCGUGUCCACCAGUCCCAUUACCUCUCCAAAACAUUCCAGACAGCAUUAAUGUUUUAAAAGUCAAAUGUAAUUUCAUCGCAAGUUGUUUACCCAGACGUGAUGUUGCCUGCCUGCAGAUUUUGUCAAUGUGAAAGCAAAGCAAAGGUUCUUAUUUUAGAGGUUCUUGCAUAUUUUAUCUCAGGAGUUCAUCCCCACUAUGGAGGCAGGCUGAGGAGUCUAAGAAUACCUUCACUUUGGUGUGUCUGCUGCAUGCAGCGCUUGUCUCACAGGCGAGCUGUGGAAGGCAGAGUCAAAAGAAAUGAUCUGUCUUUUCUGCUUCUUGUCUUGUUCACAAAACAGAACUGCUGUCAAAGUCAGCAGCUUAGAAUAAGGGAUUCUCAGAGAAAAAGGGGCGUUUUAUAUUCUACAUAGAGUGGACAUGUCAUGUAGGAAGAUACGAGCCAACAAUUGAUCCUGUAGGACUGCAGCUCUGGAGACAUUUCUGCCAGAGAGCCACUGUGGCACAGAGCAAGUGGACCGUGUUAAAGAAACUAAGCAGAAAUGUCAGGACAAAACCUUGGGCAAAAAAAGCUUUGACAAAUGGAUCAUAAUGGCAGCGAAUGUGGCUGCAUUCAUCAAACUGUUUCAGACAAAUAAAGGAGUCCGACUACUUUUUGUUCCCAGUUAGAGAACAGUUGAAAUGAUAACAGAUGACACUCUUACCUACUAAUUUUGGACUCAGAGCAGAGAGAAGCCUUGGAGAAGACUCCAACAUACUUCUUUUUCUGUUUUUUUUUAAGUUGUUUUCAGACUGUGAUUUUUAGCAAACUUACAUUUGCAAAAUUCAGAGUAAAGGUCCUUACACACCGGGAACGAUGCAAAUAUAUGACGAAAGCGAGAAGACUGACACAACAGCAGACUGACUGUUUAUCAGUUCUGAUUAGACACUAGUGUUAAGAUGGUUGUCUUACAUGAUAGCAUGUACUGAGUCGGGGCCAGUACCAGAUAAGAACAUGAAACUAUAAUCCAUAAACGUAAGGUUACAUCCGAGACCUAAUGGUGCUGUGACAACAACGCGAUUGAGUUUGAGUGAAAAUACAUAUGGUAUGUUGUAUCUGAACAGGUUAGCUUACGAGCUAAAGUAACUUAGCACAGAUAAAAGUUAAAACAAAAACGUUUAGCAAACUGUUAAAGCACACAAACCAUCGUCAUGUGAGAAAUCCGAUCCACAAGUUGUCCUUCAGGUUGUUAUCUUUGUAAUGUGUGUGUUUUUUUUAUCAAAAAGCACUCUGUUCUUUGACACAUGAUCGAUCAGCCGGUCUGCCAUGUUGGAUAUACCGGUGAAUCUGACGUCGCAACAACACGAAAUCUGAUUGGUCAGAAGUGGACACACAGUAUGCGAAACUUUAGAAAAUUUGACCAUGAUCCGAAAAAAUGAAUGCCGCAAUAUCGCAGGACAGGAAAACAUCGCUGAUGUGAACACUUGUAUUUACAGGAUACAGGUUCGAAAAAAAAUAUUGACAUCUGAAAUAAUCGCACGACAAAAACUGUCCCGGUGUGUAAGGACCUAAAUAUAUAUGACUGACCAGGAUGGAAGAUUUUUUAGAUGAAUACAUUAAUGAAAGAUCACUUUAAAACUGGGUCAAUAAAGCUUGCAGCCCUCUAGCAACAAGGGUAAAACAGGUAGGUCAAAACUUAAAGCUACUGAGAGGAGAUUUUAGCUGGUAAUGAAAGAGACUUAAGUUAAUUUUGAUGGCCCUUUCUGAGCUACAAACCAAACUAUCAGAGAGGAGAUUCAAUGUUUUGAUAAAGUCACAACAACGCUUGAAAUCACUAAAAGGGGGCUAAGUGUCAAACAAGAAAGAGUCUUACUAUACAUUUUCAAAAACUAAGUUUUCCAAUGAGUGUGCAGUUUAAGGUCAAGAGACAAAAGGGUUACAUCAAUGUCAGAAAACCCUGACUAGAUAUGUCCUUGAAAAAACAGCAAGGUCACAGUACAUACCAGUUUGCCCACCAAAAGCUUCUCACUGGAGCUUUAAUAUUUAGAAAACAGAAUAAAAUUAGCAGAAGCGUACCCUCAGUGUGAAGAGUGAUUUGUGAUUAAACUUUGACAGAAAAUUGAAAAAUUUCCCCACCUUACAGAGCCUAUAGCAGCUGUAUCCUUGCUGCCAUCUUGUGCAAGGAUUAAUUCAGGUUAAUGUGUACAUCCCUGUGCUUGUUACACAAUCGUCCAGCUGAGUGGUUAUAUGUUUAUUCAGACAGGGUAUACAUGCAACUUUAUCUCCAUUUUCUUAAUCAAAAUACUGUCAAUCCGUGUGAGGCUUCAAGACACCAUCUGUGCUUCUUUACAUCCAAGUAUUAGAGCCUUAUAGCAUCACGGCAAUAGCCAUUAAUUAGAGCCACAAUGACAGGUGGCUGCACUACGGCUCGGACACAACAUACGUUGUAUAACCAGCAUUUUUGGCUUAUUUGGAUAUUAAUGUGAAUAGACUGUAUAUAUGUAGCAUUCUGUCUUGUGUCGAGUCCAUUCAAAGUGCUUUCACAUUACAUCCACACUGCUGACACUGCCGAGGGGAGCAAUUUGGGGUUCAGUGUCUUGCCCAAGGACACUUUGGCACCUUUGGACUUUGAAUCCAACCACCAGUCUUCCCAUUUAGACGCAACCGACUCUACUACUGAACCACAGCUGCCUCACAACUACAUGUUGUUUAAAUAAUAAGCAAUGACUAGUGAGGGUUAUAUUUUAUUGUUUUGUCAACCAAUCACGGUCAUCCCUAGCGUUUAACCCAAAAGACAACUGGACUCGGUUCUUGAUGACCUAUCUGGGCUUCUUCUUUAGCUUUAAACUGACCGACCAAUGGGCAGAGCCAUUUCUGCUCCAUUAACAGGUCCACCUUUUGAUUAAAUGUACAUACACUUCAAUGUUAAGAGGUAGUGGUCAACCAAUAUGGUUUUUCAAUGGCUGAUGCCCAUUCCAAUGAUUGGAGGACAGGAUGGCCAAAUUACUUGUUAAUUAUUAAUGUAUGCUUCAUUUUCUUGGUAGAUAUUUGUCAAAACAUGGAAAAAUGCUUGACUAAGGACAUUUUUUCUUAUCAGACAUUUUAGACGUUUUUGUUAAAGCUCUGAUAAAAACAUCGCAAAGGUCAUUUUUAGCACAAUCGUAAUUUAUUUGUCCUUUCAAUUUGCUGUCUGACGUGAGUUCUCAUUAUGAACGGCGAUUCCCAAAUUACAGCUGAGUACAUAUUGAUUCAGCAGAAUACAAUAGAAGUUCAUGAGUGCAAUUAGUGCGGCAAGAAGCUGAAGAGAAUCUCAAAUCCAAUCAACAAAAAGAGACAGCAGUGGAUGUCGCGCAGAGUAGAUGUUGUCGAAGGCUGAAUCUUUUAAUCUUUUAAUUAAAGAUGUGUCCUGUCCGUGUAAUAAUGCUGCACUUUUCAUUUUACUGGGCUCUGUUGGUGCCCGGCCACCUGCUGUUGCCUUCUGCCCAGCUGGUAUUUUCCCCCCGUUUGUAUGGCAUCAGUUAUGAGCCCUGAGUUGGGAGCAGCUGGUUGUGCCAGGCACCUCGCUCUUCUCCCCUUUUCUCCAAUGAUUCACACUCUCCUUACAACCGGGCCAAAGCGUGGCCAGAAUAAGAAAUUAGUGAGAUAGAAACAGAGGGAGGGAGAGUGGGCAACAAAAACCGAGCUGAGGCACAUGAAACCAUUAGCAUAGUAAUGAGGAGGACAUCUUCGAGGACAGUGGGUCAAAAAGCACCUCCAUCCACGGUCAGCGCCACGCCUGCAUGCUAAAAAGAUAUCAUAGUAAUCACUCCCGGGCCACCGUAGAUGGGAUUACAUAUCGCUGCCACACAGCUCUGCAGUGAAGUCACUUUGAGAAUACGCGAUUAAUAGAGUGUAAUGCUAGGACAAUGACAGACAGAAGAUGAAAAUCCCUAUUGGGCUUGAAUGUCUGAGUCAUGUGGGACUUCCUCUUCUAAGUCGCUGCCAUGAGGGGAGAAGGGCAACAAGGAAGGGGGGGAAGCUGGUUGCCAUGAGAGUACGUGACACAUGAAGUGAUGGCAAAUUAUCAGCAAUGCUCCCGGGGUCAGCGGUGACGCUCUGUGGCGAGGCAACUGACACGUGUCAAACUGCAUUAUGGGGGGUGUUAACAGGGGUCUAGUCUUAUACAAACACACACAAACACUCAUAGGAGUACAGAUGUGCUCACACGUGUCUUUUAGAUGACAGUGCAAAGAGGUUUAAAACGUCAGACUGCUCCAAGUCUGCAAUUUUGUCAAUUUUGUCACCUGCCAGUCACAGCAGAGGGUAAAGUAGGCGCCUAAGUGUGCCUGGAUGCACCAAUUUUUACCUGCUUAAGGAGUUGCAGUCGGAGAGAGAGAGAGACUUGGAUUUCCAAACUUAACUAUCACAGCCAGUAGAUGUUGGAAAGCUAUGACUUUAAAUAGCAGACCAUGCUGUAUAGACUGUACAUCAUGCAAAAACCGCGAGGCCCAAAAAUACAAACUCCUGCUCUUUGUCUGCUCUCUGUCAGCUCAUUGUCAGAGUGAUCCCUUCAUGUUCCCAAACAAUCACUCACCGCUGGAGUUCGGUAUGGCCUGUCAGAGUGAAUUAGCACAGUUUGAGACUGAUUUUCCAACAGAGGAGAGCAAAAUCUGAAAAAAGAAAAGGUUUAUCUGCUGCUGUUACUCAAGCCAAUAAUCUGUUUCUGCUAAUACUCAAAUUCUCUGACACUGGCAGAGAGGCCUGUAGUAUGACUGUCUGUGUUUUCAAGUCUGGGAUGCAUUGACAGGUAGGAAGCUGGCAAGACGUUCUCCAUCCUUGUUGUUUUAUUAUUGAUACUCACUGGUAGGUCAGGGUCACCUUAGCAAAGCUGUUCUGCAUGUCAUAGCUAUUUUAUCUUUUUGCAAAUUCAGCAGGGUUUAGAUUUAAAGAAACCUGUUUUUUUAAGUGUCUUGUUAACCACUUGGUUUGGACAUCAGCAACACUGAAGUGUCUGAUACUGAAAAGAUGAAGCUUAGCUGAGCUUAGCAUAAAUUUUGGUAGCCAGCUCCAUUCAAAGUUAAGGAGAAUCUGCUGACCAGCAUCUGUGACGCAUUUCAUAGCAUCAAAAGAGUCGUGUUUUGAACUUAACUGCAAAGCAAGCACUGGAUUAAGAUUAAAAGAGUGGCCAUCAAAUUAAAAGUCAUCAAACAGACAGACACAUACUACGAAAUGAAUGAUGCUUCGUCCCCAUGACUGAAUUUGAUAAGUGGCUUUUUACAAGUUGCAAAUGUUCAAUAAAUCAAUUAAAUAAGUGCACUUUCCAGGACUCAGUAAACAGUUUCCUCUGCUGGCCUGAAAAUCUUUGUUGUUUUGGGUGAAAUCGGAUUAGAGCCACAGCUAGGGGUGCAUGAUAUGGCAAAAAUAUCAUGUCCCAAUCCUUCAUGGCUAAAUGACGACGAUGACAUCUUCAGGACCAGGAAAGCCAAACAAAUUUCUACUUUUAGGGAUGAUAAUACUUGAAGAAAAAAGGAUGAUACACUAUCUCAGCCAAUUUGGCCAAAUCUAAGCCAAGAACAGUUCAUAAUGACCACGAAUUAUUAACAUGGACAAGACUCCAUCUUCAUCGUUAAACUUAUCAAGACCAAACCCAAAUCCACUCUUUCUAGAACCAUUUAACUCCUCAUGGCCCAUCUCUGAUUUAAGUAUUUUAACACAAUCUUAAUUAAAAUGAUUUAAACUCAGAUAAGCAUUUUAGUGUGGGGUAAUCCUGUUCUUUCAGUGAGACUGUCUUUCUGUUUACCAUCUUUGCAGUGCACCCUGUGUCGCACAGGAAAACUUGAAAAUACUUGCCCAGAAUUUCAUACUCGGCAUGCAUAGUAGUGGAUUUUCUUUUCUCACCUGUGGUCUGCACCCAAAUGCUUGGUCUGUAACACCAACAUGUGCCAAUGUAUGAGCAAAGAACUGCAGCAGAUGACGGCAGAUCAUUCCCAUACUAUGAUCUCUCUGGAUUUGCAGAUUGCGAACAUGUUAUAAUCCUUCACAAUCUAAUAUCCCAUCGAGCAUCCCCAGCUGCGACUAACCGUCUUUUUUUUUCGAUUUCUAAAGCUCUUGUCCACUUCAGAACGCCCAAACCAAACCUCUAAAUUACUUGUCUUUUCUGAGCAAUAGUGACUUAAGUCCUGGACUAACAGGAGUCUGAACAAACUGCUCCCAUGAAACCUGACCUCGGGAGGCCCUAUUUGUAAAUCCAGGAAAUUAUUUUAGGCAGCCAGACAGUUAGUGCUCCUCAGGGAUUUUUGGAUUAUCUCUUCCAGCUUUGUCUAAAACAUUCUGAAGGUUAUUUUGUUGUAUCCCAGAUGUCACCACAGAGAGGAGGCAAGAAAACAGCAAGACUCUCGAGAUUGGUAAAGAAAACAACAUAUAUAUUUACAAAAUUUAUAUAAGAAAGAUUUGUACCAUAAGAUGAAGACCAUAAUACAACCCAACAUUUUCUCAGCUCAACAUAAACAUUAAAAGCAAGGAAUAAAACCUUAAUUUACCGUAUUUCUGAGGCUCAUUUACAACUAAAGCGUAAAGAAAGACCCUGCCGAGCUUGAUAUUAGGAAGCCGUGAAUAGACUUCAAUCUUUUCACAAAAUACCAGUGAAGGCAGACAUUUCUAAGAGCUGCAAAUGAUUCCUCUGAAAGAUGUUUUAUGCUAUGAAUUUGUAUGCUGUAUGUCAGCCAAACAAAGAUGGUUGCAUUAAGCUGCAGUGUUUGUAUUUGUAUUAUGCAGACUUAUGGUCAAACUCUUUGUGUGCCUUCCUUUCCCAUCAGGAGAAAUUGCAAUUAACAAAAGAUGUGUCUUUCUUUUGUCUCUUUUUGCAUAUACGAUAAUAGAGGUGCUGCUUAAAAGGGAGGUUUUCCAUUUUAACGACACUAACACCUUAUUCACGCCCUCAGCUUGAUGGCGAUGCUCUCACACCUUGCACUAUUUUCAUGACGGCUCAUGGCAUGGCUGAGAAAGCUCGCACCAUGACAGGUUAACAUUUAACGGUUUAAUGAAGAUGGAAGUCGCAGCUGUAGAUCGGACGGAAGUGCAAAACUGUGGGUGGAGGUUGUGUGGUGUUGGCGGUUGAACAAGACCGGAGAGAAAUCGAGGGCAAAGAAGGAGGGAUAGAGCAGGAUCAAUGGGAGGUUCAUGAAUCACUGGUGAGAUAUUGUUUAGACUGAUAAACAUUUUCUGAUAUGUGUAUCAUGUUUAAGAAAGACACAUAUUUACGUAUUUGAAGAGUCAUAUUUUAAUAUUUGGAAAAGUACUGCUUUAUUUACACACAAAGUAGUACUCUAUCAGUCGCUGUAUCUGUAUUGCUCUAAAAUCAGCAUUGGCAUCGGUCUUCAACAUACAACAUUCAUCAGGCUUUAGCCACCAUCACAUACUCUGUACAGUAACAUGCACUCUGUCUCGUAUAAGAUUUUAAUUUGACUUCAAGGAAACAAAAUUUUUUCAGCUGUUCGCAUCAGUUGCGAAACAUUACUUUGGUCUUUGAACGUCUUGUAAGCAACCAUAGACUGUAUAUAGAAUGGACGCCGUCUGCCUCCUUGCUGGGUGAAUCCACUCCGAGAACAGCACCCUCUGGUGACGGGCUGCAGUAUAGGUCAUAGAUCCCGCCUCUGCCAGCAAAGCUUAUGGCGUCAUGGACAAACUUUAGAAAUUUAUCACACAGAAUAUACAUUUUUCUCCCCCCUGCUUGCGAUGUUUACAUGUAGUUACUGUAAAACUGGUUUGUGCUCAAGUCCUCUUUUUUCUGUGAAGCUCAGUUUUUAAAAGUUAUUAGGGGAUUCAUGUUUUCUUUGAUUGACAGCUGAUACAGCCUAUGGGUGUACGAAGGUUGUAUAGCUCACCCAGGGGAUACGCUGUUUAAGCCAAGCAUCAUCACAGCGACUCUCGGUGACUCUCCCGCUAAAUGCGUACAACGCUAGUACGCAAUGUUGGUUUCAGGAAAUGAAGAAAAAUCACGGAAAUACCGAGAGCUUUUUCGCUUCUAAUAUACUGACGGAAGGCGGAACCAAGUUGUCCAUAGUGUAUACAGUUUAUGUGGGGAACUCUCCAUUUGUGUCAAAUUUGGCGCCCCCUGUGGACAAAGCAGUCUUUGCAGGUUUUAGCCAUUAAAAAACAGUGAUGUAUAAAUUGCCAGUCUUUUCUCUGAUGGUUUUGUUUGUUUUUGGAUGUCGUUGAAAGGCAUUAAUAUGAAUUUCGGUCUUUUUGUUAAAUCUAAAAAAAAAAAACUCCUGAUGGGAGCUUUAAAGCUCAUGCUGAAUAAAAAGCAUGAACUUUUCCUCUCGACAUGAGUUCCCUUUGUAAUCAUUUAAUUGCUGUUAGGAAGAAUUUGGGUUUUAAAUGAGUAUUAGCAAUAACAAGCACCCUACUCUGAGAUAAACCCCUGACACACUUAACUUCCUCCUGAUUGAGUGACUUGAAUUAGGCUUUGCAUGUAAGGUCAGAGUGGGGUCCUGUUUCAUUCCAAACCCCGCUGAGUAAUCACAACAUUGCAAUUUGAUCAGCCAACAUGUCAUCAAAAGUGACAUUUACACCUGUGAUGAGCCUGUAGCGUCAUUAUUACUGAUGAAUUGUUGUUGAAUUAUGAGGAGAGGAUGCCGGGUAUUGUUGUGUGUGAAAGCAAAGACGAUGACUGAGCUGAAUACUGGAAUGCUGUGUAACUGUACCCACGCUUGGAUGUAUAUUACAUUAGAGAGCUGGAGCCGAGUAGUGAUGCAGCGAUGCAGCAAUGCCUGACAGGGUUUUUUUAAGCUGACUACUGUAUCAUAUUAUGAGACCAUUAGGCCUCGGCUGGAUGAUGAAUUAUCCUGCUAGAAUGCAAGUGACAGCACCACUGAUGAGCUUCUCAUUUUAUUUACAUUGCCAUUAGCUUCAGCUCCUGUACCUUGUGUUCUUUAGGUUCAUCUUUAUGGUAAUCUCUAUUGUGAUUACGGGUGAAAACUCCCUGAAUGUCUCUGUGCACUCUCUUCCUGUUACUGCUUUUUCAUCUGUCAAGCUGAUCUUCUUUUUUUCCUGCUUUACAGAGAUCUGUCUGCUCACCAAGGGCAGACGGACAGCGAGUGUGCGUGCAGACACCUACUGCCGACUCUUCUCCCUCUCUGUCGACCAUUUCAAUGAGGUGCUAGAAGAGUACCCCAUGAUGCGACGGGCUUUCGAAACUGUUGCUAUUGACCGAUUGGACCGCAUUGGUAAGACCUGCCGACAUCUAAUCCUUGUCCUGAUUGGUCGAACCUCUUGCCUGUCAUCGUGCCUUGUUGUCUUGUCUUUCAGUAUUUGUUUGCCUUUUCUCAUCACAAAAGCAUUGUGUCUGCCAUCUUGUGCUGCAUGACCUGUAUGCUCUUAUUUCUGUCUCUUUUUUGUUGUUGUUUGUUUACUUCCGUCUCUUUGUCCUGAAUAAUAUAGAGGAAAAUCUGUUGUAACCAGCAUUAAUCCUUCUAAAGAACCAAAGUGGCGUUUUGUGGUUGGAUUAACUGGAAGGCAGUGCAUGUCGCUGUCCGGGAGGGAGUCAGUUCGCCCCCUCGUUGGUUUGGUGUUGACCCCCCCACUGGAUGUCAGCGAGUGGAUGGAAGCUAACCUCACAUGCAUGUGUGUCCGGCCCUCUUUCCACUCAUCUGCACUCCUGGGUAUGAGCAGCACCCCGCCCCGUAUCAGAGCUCUCCAAAUCAACCGGGCCCUGUCGAAAGACAAACAAAGUGCAGGGCCAGGUGGCAUCAGGGAGUUGUUUCAGGCACUAGCAGCCCGUCAUACAUCAGGUCCGGCCUGGUUUGCCAGCAGGCAGGACCCGUUAAAGUGUAAUCCUCCCCCAUCCAGAAUACUCCCUUAUCUUCACUGUCUGAUACAACAGUAUUAUCAAACAACUUUCUCAUGACAGAUCCCAGCUGAGGUCAAAGACGUGAUAAUACUUCUCACUAACACAGAUCUGUCACAGUUGAAAAAAGGGGCACAUGUAUGUAACACAUCAGGGCAAUAAUUGGUUGUAUUGACCCUUAUGUUGCACAUUCUCCCAAUCCCUCUGUAUCUGUCUGCUGGAGCACAUUUAAUAGGACUGACACAUUCAUAAAUAAAACAUGUAGAAGAUGCUAAGUUGAUGUGAAAGUGUUGUCUAAAAGGAUUAUUUUUUUGAGUUGCAGGCGUAGAUCGUAUGUCUUUGUCUCUGCUUAUGUUUUCCUGUAUUAGCUUGAUGCAUCUUUUUGAAAUGAUAAUGCUCUCCUUUAAUAACCUUUUCCUACUCAUACGGUAUAGACACACUUAGUACACUAUCGGUUCAUAGUGACAAAUAUUUUUAUCAUGUUUUUCUAUCAGUUACUGCAGUGCUGUACCCAUUUUGAAAUCUGGUAUCACCGUCUGACUCAUCCAUAUCUGUUACAACUGAAAACACUGCAGUAAGAACACAUGUGAAAAGCACAUAUAGUGCAGGAUCUCUUGCUAUGGUAAUUUUAAAAUGCUGGCACAUUACUGAUGUGCCUUACUGGCACUAUGUUGGUGGUAUUCUGAAGUUGGUGUGCCAUGAAAAUUUUGAAUAUCACUUCGCUAGUUGUGUGCAGAUUGCCCAAAUGAGGUUGGCAAAAAAAGAUAAUACACAAUAAAAAUAGAGUGAAUUCACAUUCAUGCAAUUUGAAGUCGCCGUAGACAUAUGAGGAAAUGGUGUAAAAACACAAUAAAACAGUUUAAUAGUGGUUGGUACGCACUGAUUUACUGAACAUUUACAACACUUGAAACAUAUGGAUGCAGCAAAGUCUCGAAACACUUGAAAUUGGCUAAAUAGAGGUAAUUUUUCCUCAUCAUGCUCAGGCAGGCAACAUAGUUGCUGUAAUGAUGUUGCCAUGAUGUUGUAAUGCUCCGUUGUAAUGCUCCGUCUGUUAUUUACAUAGACUGUGUCGAACAUGGACCUUGUCUCGGUGAUUAGUUUCUGGAGAUUUGUUCUGUAGCCUAAAUGUUGGUGAUCAGCAUAUUGGAAGUGCUGACUCGGCCCUAACGUUCAAUCAAUCUAGAUUAAGCAGCAACUUCUGAUGCUUAAAAGAAGUCAAUACUGAAGGGCUGGGAACUGCUCGAGGCUGGCCUCAAAAGCUCAUGAACACACAUGCUUAAACGUCCAUCUUUAUAGUUGAAAUUAACUUGUUUACAACUUGGUAUAAAAAAUCAGUAAUGGUCUGAGUGGGCCAUGUCAUACACACUUGAGGUGAAUUUUUGUUAUCACCUAUUAAGGUUGCAAGUCAUGUAUUAUUAGACUAAAUUAAUGGUUUGGCUGACUUGACUGUCAGCUGGGUGCACUGCGGCUGUUAGCAAAGAGGGCUAAAGCUCUGCCACAAUCCUGCCUCUUUGCCCCUUUGCCAGGUCAACCAACAGCUAGCAUGAGUCAGCAUUUUAAAUACGGCAUCGGCCCACUUCAUAAUCCAGAAUUCAGAAGUCAAUGAGUGAGGUUACUGAGAGUAGGCUGUUUUAUAGUGUCUGUGAUCUGGAGUCACGCAAAGAUAUGGAGCUUAGGCAGACCUUUAGCCUGCAGGCAAACAGCCACAGUGAUAAUACCACUAUUUUUCAUAAACACAUACUUGUGCAACAUUAUCAACAACACAUACUUACCCAAAACUAUUUUCUAUUGUUGUGUUUUUAACAUCAACGCUGCUGUACAAAUUUACGUUUUCAUAUGGAACCCAAUGGAGAUUCCAUUGCUUUUGGAGCUAGCCUCCAGUGGACACUUGAGGAACUGCAGUUUUAUUGUCACUUGCACACUGGCGCCACUUGUUUAUUUUAUAUGAUAAAUGUGAGCGCAGUGAAUGGUAACUAUAUCUCAGAUUCCCUACUUAAACCUUACUUCGAACAGAGAACACAACAAUACUGCAUUAUAACAGCAUAUAAUGUUUACCACCCUGAGCAUGACAUCAGAGGAAAUUGCCUGCCAUAUGACGGUGAUUGAUGAGACUUUGAUGACUAAUUGUAAAGCUCCUGAUAACUGUUAACAGCUAAGUACAAGUCUUAAUUGUUAAAAGGGGAUUUUUUGAGAAUGCCCCCUUUACGGGUGUUUUACCUCAUUUUUGCCUUGUAUAGCAUAAAUCAGCCAAACUGUCUCAGUGUGGCUGCCGGCUAUACCAAUAGAGAUGAGUCCUUGUUAACAAAUAUCUAUGCCUGCUAAUUAAACUACGGAUGAUAAUGUUUGGUGAUUUGUUUCCCUAUUUUAUUUGCUAAAAAAAAUCAACAUUGCUUGAAUACAAAAACUAAAGUUGAAGUUGCACAGUGACCAUGUGUCGAUGUUGUCUCACAUCAGUGGUUAAGCUUGCAUUCUGUAUCUACUUCUCUAUCUGUUAUUGUCGCUUUUCCUUUGUCAUGGCUUUGUAUUUGUGUGUUAUUUUGCACCACACAGGCACAUAUAUAUACAUUUUGAUAUAUUAGCUUGUCAGGAACAAGACCACUUUAAGUCAAAUCAGAAACUUAGACCAGAUCGGUCACUGUUGAGACAACCUUUUCUCCUCAGAAUUACAUUCAUAUGAAUAUUGUUUUCAGGGUGAAAUAAUGGUAAAUUGAAUCACUGAUAUAGUAGUUAGCUAAACACUAAAACCAGCCUGUCUGCAAGAGUUCAUAUAAUAAACAUAUCUGCUCACUAUUAGGGCUUUUAUUUCUACAGAAUCUGAUUACUUAAGGGCAAAUAAGUUAGAGGGAUUUUUAACAAAUUUUUUAGUGAUUUGUUGCAAAAGGUGGGGCAGAAACUUUCAUCCACCAGUACAACACUUUGUAUCUAAGCCUGUUCGUAUAUUAUCACAUUUCUUCUUCUUCUUCUCAGCACUAGAAACUGAUCACGAAGUAGCUGCAUAUGAAUGUUAUUCACUGGAGACAAGGUUGCGUGUUUUGGCAUAAACUGAUAAAAUUAAACACCUUUUAUUUUUUGCCCUGCAUUAAAAUGUAUGGAUCUUUACCAUACUAUAUGCCCUUUGACCUCAACAGUCAAAAUCUACAUUUGCCCUUUUUCUGAGAGCUACCAGCUGAGUUCACUGCAGCCCUACAGUGAGCUUCCCAAUCUGACCGACUCCUCUCAGAGUGACAUAGAUUUGAUCCAUCCUUCCAAACUAACCAUGAAGGGGGUUUUGUCUCAUACGAGGGAAGACACUUUGUCAUGAUCCGUGCUGGUUGUAUCGUUUCUAUAUAUGAACUGCAUUUGGUAACAUGCUUGUCUUGCUCAAAAACGGAAAGAAAUGAAACCAAUAACAUGUUGCACAUUUGACAUUAUCUUUUAUCUAUCUAAAAAUUAUUUGACCAGGAGUCCGUCUUGAGACGAGCACAUCUCGUUUUCAAGAGUGUCCUGGCCGACGAGUAGGCAUCAGGUAAACACUUUAUUCCAAUUCCAAUAUUCGAACAGGGACAAAUUGACCUAUAGAGGCUUGCUUAAUGGAUCCGGUCUCAAAUUCAUCCUCCAAGACUUUGACUUAUCACUGAUCAAGGUUACAUUAACUGUUUAAUUCCUGCAUCAGUAAUACAUAACUCAAGUCACCCACACCAGUCCUGCAGAUGUUUUGAUGGACACAUUCAAAAUGUCAACAACUAAGACAAUCAGAGAAACAAAAACAAUCCCAUUCAGUGUCACAUGCCAUGUUUAUUUUGUGGCAGAAUAAUCAGCUGGAUUAUAAGCACAUGCUGGUGUGACAUUUUUUUAGUUCAAUCUUUGAACGCUUUGUUCAAAGUGUAUUCACAAAUGAAACCAUUCCUGCAGAUUAGUAAAGACUUUACUAAUGCAACUCCAUAGACAGUUUCUGUUACAUGCAGAUAUCCCAUUUCAUUUUUUUAUUCAUGUUUCCAUCAAAAGAAAAGUUUGUUUCUGAUUGUCUGACUUUGAAUAGGAAGUCUGUCUCUGUGUAAAUGGUCAGGGGGGAACUACAAACUGUACACAACUAAAGACAACACAAGGAAAGUCAGUGUGAUAUUUAACAGAGGUAACAUCAGAAAUCAUUGUUUUGACACAUUAACAGCAGAUAAUUCUCAAUGUUGAACUUCAAACCCCUCAACAGGAGGAGGACUAAAGAAAAAACACUUUCCAUGUGGUGUGUUUUCAAAGAAAAGAAACUUAUAAGACUGUUUAUCAAUUUAUCCAUCAAAUUACAAUGAGUGAUUUCACUGUUAGUACUUGAUUUCAUCCCAGUAUUUAUGUAUUUAUAGCCUUUAUUUUCUCUGACAUGUUUGUUUACAUUAUGAUAUUUAUGUUUUGCUUGUUUUUUGUGUUUGUGUAGUCUGUAAGUUGACUUUUUGACUGUUUAUACUAAAUUAUCUUUUGGGUUUCAGAUAUGGGGAUUACUGGAUUAAGUGGUAAUAGUGGAGAAAAAAGAAAAGGAUUUUGAUGGUUGCAGUUUGCAUGUUGAACACAAAUCAGAAGUUUUCAUAGGAUGACUAACACAGUUGUUUAUUAUAAUGAUUUCAAAAGCUAAUUCAACCCAUAUCUGAUCCAUUUCUAAUGUAAAAAAAAUCUUCCUCAAAUACUUAUUGGUGGUUACAUUUUGUUUGUUUGCAUUAUGUUUUAAUAGAGCAAUAUUUCUUUUUAAGGAAGGGUUUAUGCAUUGUGAACAGGUGGUAAUGUAAAUUUAACAUUUGGCAUUGUUCAAGUGGGACCUAGCGGCAAAGCUGAGGGGUUUGAGUUUGCAUAACCACCUGUUCAUUAUACACUUGACCUCUUAUUACUCGACUUCCAAUCAAAGAAACAAAAAGUAGACAUGAAAUACUGCUUUAAAGAUGCUUUAUUGAUGUAAAAUGAUUGAUUUAUUAAAACAGGCCCUCAGUUUCCAUAGUUACAACUGUAACUUAGAGAUACUGCUGCUGCAUGGAUUGCAGGACAGGAUGUCGCUUCACUUUCCCCUAUUAGAGAUAGCGAGGGCCCAGACAAUACCCUCUCAACUAUCACAAAAUUUUACAUUUUUACUUCAUUAUUUAAAAGUUAAUGGAAGGUCAUGUUUUUGCCAAAGUGUCAACAGGCAAAGGUGAAAUGUGCCAGACUCUGUCUGCAGACGGAUUACAAGCAUUUUGUGAUCAGGUUGUCCCCCUAGUUGCUUUUGUGAGUUAGUAUGAAGUACCAAUCAGAAUGAAGUUUUCAAAGAGAAAGAAAGCCGGGUAAUAACUGGAGUAAAAACUUUCUAUUUUGUUUAGAGAUCAGCUUUACUGCAUUUUCAAAACUUGUUUAAUUUUGACACUGGGAUACAUUAACUGAGAAGAUUAUACCUGAAAAGAAAAGGUUCCGCAUGAGUUGAAAGUGUCCAUUUUCCUCUUCUUUCUGAUACACAACAGACUUUGACUUCUGUUCCUCUGUUGCUUAUUUUGUGAUAAAAACUUUGAUAAAGCAGCCUUAUUGACAAAGUGUCGGAGCCUACAGGAAUUAAGACCAAAGCAGAUUAAGAAAUUGUUUUGUAAAUUAAGAUUUCAUGCAAUUCUCCUUAUAAAACUGAUGACAAUUGUAGACACUGACUGAUGUUUGUUGCUGUGGAUUUCCUAACUGCAUCCCUCUCUCGAACCCCCAGCAGACGUUCAGAUCCUCACAGGUUAUUUUGGGAGAAAUAAAAAAACGUUUCAUUGUUCUUUCAAUUUACAGAGUUCAAUCCUGUCACUUUUAAAAAUGCAAUUGCAGAAGCCAUAUUGUAAGUUUUUAGCAGUCUGUAUUUGGUGCUAGUUUAGUUUUGAACUCCCCGACCCUAUAGUGAAUGUCUCAGUUAAAUUGAACCAUGUCAAAAUGGAGAGCUUGAUUCUGAGAAAUGGUUGCAAAAGUACAACAUCAAUCCGCGUUCAGCACUUACAGCUGUGAGAGUCUUGUCCACAGCUCAGCAGCCGGCUCGCUGGCAGCCUUGAGAGGAGAGAAAUCCGUCCAACAAAUGCUGCUCGACUGUAAACUCUGUGCAGAAAUCUUCUACCCUCAAGGACGCAGCUUAAUGAUUGAUUGACUGAGGCUAAAGCCUUCAGCGCACUAAAGUCAGCUCUGUCUUCUUUACUGACAAAUAACGCCUCACAGGCUGUCCAGACACAAGGUCAACAGUAAUUACAGGAAACACAUCCUCUAAAUACAUCAGGACUCAGUCAUUCAGAGUGAACAUUAUAAACAGAUCUUUAAUAUUAGAGUCAAAUGAGGAAAUUCUUUCCACUUAAGACCAGUAUCAAGACGUCUUUCAUGCUUUUAGAGCCACUUAGCAUUUUACCACAGUUUGCUCCCAAACUCCCAGAGCAGCAUGAGUGUUUGGUGUUUAAAAACGCCAUCUGCCAGGCUUUUAUUAACACGCCACAUUUCUUUUAACAGGCUGAGAAAGAUUAUCAGACCUGGAGGGUUUUAAAUUCUCUUUGUAGUGCAUAAAUACAGCACUUGUAAAAAUAAUUUGUUUACACCAAUAUUAAAAAAAUUAUACCGAUUAUCAUGAUGAUAAUAAAACAUAACAGGAUGUGCACUUUAGAUCGUCAGUGCAGUUCUCCAUGAUAAGAAAUAAUAACGCAGCCUGUGGUAAAAUAAGCAAGAUCAGUUAUUAAGAAUUGCAGACUGUUUCCUAUAGCUGGUGUGUUUGUAUUAGAUUUGUGUGUAUUUCUAUACUUGUGUUUUUUCUUUGUUUGAUUCUUUUCAAAGUUAGUUUUUAGUGUCUUUGUGUUGUGGUUUAGCAGAGUCGCCUUGGUUUAAAUAAAGUAGUAUGGAUCUUUGAAUUUACUCAAGAAAGUAGACGUUUUUCUCAUUGUUUAAAAUAAAAAGUAAGCUUAGUAGCUUGAUGUGUGGGUAUCAAUAAUCUUCUGUGUUUCAUUGUCCACAUCAGCACCUUCACAGUCUUUGCUGUCACAUCACACUUUCAGUAAUCUGUCCCCUUAUGUGUCCCUCACUCCUCUCAAAAUGUAUAUUUUGCAUAGUCAUUACCAUUCAAUGUCCUUUAAUCUUUGUAUUCAAUAUGACAGAAGUUAGUAGACGUGAAAAGAUGCAGCUUGUAGGGGUUCAAAAAGGGGAGGGGGUUAUUUCAAUCAAAGUAUUGGAGAUCUUCUUUGGAAGAAACAAAAAUGCAAAUAUCCAAAGUCUUCCUGCAGAAAACAAGCUGCAUCUUCAUCUCUGCUGUUGUAGCUCCUGAUGUUUUAUUGUGGUGUAGAGUAACCAGAGUUUGCCACUUCUUUCCAUGCUCACCUCUCCUGACUGUACCCCAACAGGGAAGAAGAACUCCUUGCUGCUGCAGAAGUUUCAGAAGGACCUGAACGCAGGCGUUUUCAACACGCAGGAGAACGAGAUAUUGAAGCAGAUUAUCCGCCAGGACAGGGAGAUGGUGAUGAUGGUGGACCGCAAGCAGUCAGUCACCGGGAUGAACUCAACUCCAAUGUCAGGAAACUCAAUCAUUAACUCACCAGCUCAGCCGCCCUUUCCCACCACCUUUGGUACCAACCAGCUCCAGCAGUCCUCCGUGCCCCUGACCUACAGCGCUUCAGCUAUCGCCAACGCUUCUGCUGCUCGCAUGCUGCCAGCAGCUGCCGCUGCCGCCGCUGCUGCAGCACAAGGAGUCUACCCUGCUCCCAGUCUUUCCCAUGGCAACCUUAAUUCUUCCGCCACCAACCCACAGACCCCACUCCAGCAGCAGGGAGCCAUCAUGUCACCAUGUUCCUUCACUGCCGCAAUGUGUAGUCCACCUGUCCAGACCCCUCUGGCUAACCGGAGCUUCCAGUACGGCUCUCGCACAGGCUCCCAGCUGUCACUUAUCCAGCAGCCUAUUGCCCAACCAUCUCUAUCCUCACAGCCACAGCUUUCACAACAACCUGCAGUGUCAACCGCCGCCGCAGGGUCAGCAGCACAGCAGCCGCAGCAGCAGCAGCAGCAGGCGUCGCCUCAGCAGCAGCAGCAGCAGCAGGUGCCGUCACCUCAGCGGGGAGACAUCCACAAGAGCACACAGGCUCUUCAGUCAGGCAGCUUGAGCAGGGAUGUUAGACAUUUAUCAGCCUCCCAACCAUCACUGCCACACGACACAUCUCUGGGGCCCAGAGCACACCCAGCCUCAGGAGACUCUCUGGCUUCCAUUGUGCCCCCAGCGGCGGCGGCAAUCCCAGGAAUGAGUCUGCAGAGCGGCAUCCGCACCACAGUCCCCCAGAGGGUCAACCUAUUCCGCCAGAUGUCGUCGGGAGCGCUGCCCCCGGUGCGGUCUGCCACGGCAGCAGCGGCGGCGGCGGCAGCAGUGGCAGCAGCAUCAUCAACAUCGUCCUCAACACAGCACAGGGAAUCGCCCGGAUCUAGGAGAGAUUCAGUGCUGAGCAGUACGGAGACUGAGCAAGACAAAAUGCGUUUUGCAUCUAAUUUAUGAUCCCAUUUUUUUCCCCUUUUCAUUUUUUAAACCUAUAUAUAUCUUUCAAUUCAUUUUUAAAAAUGAAGAUACAAACAAAAGAGAUAAAAUGAGGAACUUCAGCGUUUUUGUUUCUCUUCAAUCUUCUUCUAAAAUAACCUCAUAGAAACCCUGUACAUACAAGCCCUUGUAUUAUAUUUUAGACACAUUGUCUCCCCUAACUUAAGAAUGUAUAUUAUACAGAUACAUCUCUUUUUUUUUCUUUUGCGCUAUAUAAUAAAAUAUAUAUGCACACAUAUAUUUAUGUAUGUGUGUGUAUAUAUGCUGCUGUACGUAUGGGUGUGUGAGCGAGUGUGUGCGUGCGUGCAUGUGACCACGUGUGUAAAAUCAAACAAGAAUAUUUGGCAAUGGCAAUUCAAAAGCUGUAGUAUAAACAUGAGUCUUCCUUUCUGAGAAAUAUAAAGAAUUAUAUACGAUGUAUGAGUAUUUUUAUUUCUCUUUUUUUUUAUUUUAAACUGGAAUGCAUUGUGGAUUCUGACAAUGACUUUUCUUUUUUUCUUUUUUUUUUUACCAAUGAGGAAGAGAAAAAUUAUCUUCUCCUAUUAAGCAGCUUUAGGCACCACUGUGGAAUAAUAAAUGCAAGCGACUCAAAAUGACGAAUAAUCUCAAAAAGCACACGCACAUAAAACGAAUCUCCUGAAUCCUCGUGUCAGAACUCAACACAGAUACUGUAACUGAGUGUUAUGUUGCUCCUGGCAACAAAAGUACAGUCUGCCGAGCCACUCUGCCCCCACAGCGGCUCGCAUACAAACCAUGACAGUGUUAUGGGUCCAAAGGGAAUAGAUAAUAGAAAUGCUGCUUACUUUUUGUUUAUUUUUGAGGAGAGCGUCAUGUGGAGGAAGAAAUGGAUGGAUGCUAUUGUUUUCUAUUUCUGAUUUCAGAUGGCUGAGAUGUUAUGUAAUGUUGCUUAAAUUUCUGUGUAUAUUUAUAAUAUUUAUAAACUAAAGAUUAUCACCAUUAUGCAAUAGACUGUGACAUAAAGAUUACCUAUAUGUGUGCUGUAAAUAGUUUUGUAGAUCUAGUAUUUACAGAUACUGUGUGGUGCAUUCUCUAUCAUAACAAUGUCUUACUUCUAUCAGGAACCUGGAUAUCAUCUAUAUGCGAAAAAGGUUAAGCGACUAAAUACAUAUGUUUCAUAAGAGAUGGACAAACCUUAAUGCAAUAGCUAGCAGGACUUGAUGCUGAGAAAUGCCUGAUUGGAGGACUUUUAAGAACCCCUCUCUUUCUCUCUCUCUCUCUCUUUUUCUGUAUACUACUUCUCAUCCUUGUGUAGUUUUUAAUUUCACACUCACACAAUAUUGAACUAUACACAACUCCAUUUAAAAUCAUCCAAUGAAAAUGUGUCUUCUACAAAACCGCAACUCUUUCUGGCGUGUUCCUCAUGUAUUCUUCGAGGACUGACAUGAGGCUUUUUUUCUUUUUUAUCCAUCACACUUUUUUUCCAGAACUACAAUUUAAGUAUGUGCUCACGCAAAUGCUUGUUGAGUAAAACUGUACUGUACGCUGUCAUAUCACAAUCACUGUAGUUGAAGAGCCUGGCACAGCAUUUUUAUAAACGCACGCUAAGGUUAAAGACGUCAGGUUUGCGGACAUUUUCACCCCGAGGUGUCAGAAAAAGAAAUGCUGGUUUGCAUUAAGGUUUCUGUCUCAUGUAAAUCCAUUAAAUGGGCUUGGGUACUCUAAACUGACCUGGACUCCAGUCAGAGGUAGGAGAUGCAAGGUCAAGCCUGAAUAUUAUGACUCUAUCAUAAAAGGAUAAAAGCUAUUCGGAUUAUUCCAAUCCAACAAUAGCCAACGACGACUCAGCAAAAUGUAAAGAUGGCCGUAAUAGCUGACGGGCCAUUUUCCUGUGCGCACCGCACAGUAGAUCGUGGAUGGCCUUUCUUUGGUCUUAAAACUGCUGUUUAAAAUGCAGAAUUUCUCCUUUUUUUGAGUCAUACUUUUCACGGCAUGAAGCGUCCAGUCAGUUCAAAGUGACGAAGCUCUUCAAGCUGCCGUUUUAAAAAGAUUACAGAGUCUUCGCUACAGAUUGUGUCGAUAGUGUACCAAUGCAGUCAACCCACCAAUGUCAUGAAAGCAUGCACUGUCACAAAUACUUAAAAAGAUACUAUCUCAAAAAUGUUGACGUUAAAUGUAAUGUUAGAUUCUGUUUUGUUCAUUGUCUGUCUGCCUAGACGUUACCUGUGUGUGAACAGAAGCAUUGACUCUUCACAUGGACAUUUCUUAAGUAUUUGUGCCUAAACUAUAGCCAUGUUCCAUCCUUUGUUAUGAGUGUGAGCUCGGUGCGUACGGGGGACACUUCUGCACACAACUGCGCAUUCAUUCUUACUAUACUCUAUGUGUUCUAUGUCUCAGUGUUUCUAGACAGGAAAGGAGUAAGCAAUGAUGAUGGCCAAAUGUCUCACUUUAUCCAAUUGGUAUCUUUACUUACAAUGUGAACUCCUAGAGGCAGGUUUUUCUCACAUCGUCAGUCAAGCUAUAUAGAAUAUUCCAUGAGGUGGUGUACAGUUUAAAAAAUAAAAAGUGCAAUCUUUAGACUUGCAGUCAUAUCACGCUCGAUGAGACAUUGUACAAAUUCGGAGCACCUUUAUACCUUUCUUUGUAGCUAUAGCCACUGAUGUUUGGGUUGAAUAUUGAUGUGUGGAAGGAAACUGGCCAAAGCAACAUUCUGAGUCAUUGUCUUUUUUUUUUUUCUUUUUUUUUAAAUUGCACUUUCUGAUUUACUAAUAAAAGAGUGUGGAUUCUAGCAGCUAGCUUAGAUGUCGAAUGAGUAUGUACGGGAGUUAUUCACCAUAUUUACAAAAGUGGGCGUUUCCUCUUGAUGUCACGGUCAGUAUUAGUAGCUUAAAUGCAGUUAACAUGUCACGAUACAGUCCAAACAACCCUCAUUUUUUCAAGGUUAUUCUGUAGGUUAUCCACUUUUUGGUUAAGUUUGAGCUAGCGAGGAGUGAAUGUUGUUACUAUUAAAAUAAAUGCCCUGAAAUACAGCAGUAGACUAGCAUUUCAGCUUCUCAUCCUGAUUUUGAUAUUAAAGGAAAAUGUCUACUGAGUUUAUAUGGUAAAUAUCCCAGAGACUUAGUGCUGCCCUGAUCCUUUAUGAGGUUCAAAAUGGGGGUGGGGGGUGGCGGGUAGGUUUCUAUUUACAACAGAGAGCGCUUAAUUGUGAAUAUGCCAUAGUGUAUAGGAACUAGUUCACAGUGGAGAUGGAUAGCAGCACUGUUAGUUUGUGCUGUUCUUGAUACAUGCCUUUGGAGGGAGAGCUUCCCAACUAUGUGCUUUUUUUCACUUUACCAAUCACAAAUAACAUACCGGAAUGGGCAUUAAUGGUGAUGUAAAACACAAACUUACAAGCUUACAUAUUAGCAGUAUAGAGACUCAACAAACCAGCACAUAUAUUUGUAUAUUUCUUUUUUUGUUUGUUGUUUUUUUUUUCUGUUGGUUUGAGAAUAAUAAAAGAGAUGCAAAAAGAACUGAGGAUAUUGCCCAGGGAGGACAAACCAGAUGUUCAUUUGGUUUGUGUGAUCACAGGUUUCAUAUGUUUACUGAUGAGAUGCGUAGUGGAGAGAGAGGCAGAAGCUACAAGGAGCUGCUCGGUCCUCUUCAACCCCACUCACAUGGUCAUUGUUCAGCUCAUUUAAGUAAUCCAAGGCUUAGACAAAACGAACUUUCAGUUGGUUACUUGGUACAGACGAAAGAAAGGUAAAUGUAAACUUUCUUACAACAAUAUGCAGACAAACAGUGUUUGUCAAAAAAUCUUUUUGAUUUUUUUUGUUUAUUUUGUUUGUAAAUAAUAAACCUUUAAAAUAUAGAAAAUAAACGACAUAUUGUCAUCUAAGAGUGAGUGUGUGUCUUUCUGUUGUGAGGCUUUUCCGUGUUGGACAUGCUCAAGGGGAGAGAGAUUUUAUUCAUCCACAAUUAGAUCUGUACGGAAGCCCAAA